CAGGAAUUUGUUGUCUCAAGCUUUGAAAGAAGGCUCAUGGAAGAAAUUGAAUACCGAGAAGGCAAGGUGAAGCUGCACUCAGAAACUGAGACAGAGUAUGACACUGACCAGCCUGAGGAGAGGAUUGCCAGCUCUCAGGCCCAGGCCCCUCAGUUUGUACAACCUCUCAAGGACUUCAGACUCAUGGAGGGCACAGACGUGACCUUUGUCUGCAAGGUUACUGGAAGACCUAGGCCAAAGGUGCUAUUUCUUAGAUUUUAGAUAUUUGUUCAUAAAAAUUGUAUUACAUUUUUUAAAAAUUCACUCCCUUUACUUGAAUUGCUUUCCAACUUUAAGUUCAAUUGGAUAAGAGUAUGUUUGUAAAUCAUGUUCAUAUCCAUUGUUAGAUAUGUCAGGAGUAAUUUUAUUUCUUUUGUUCCUAUAACAGAUUGCCUGGUACAAGGAUGGUAAAAGAAUCAAGCGCUCCACUCGCUAUGAAAUAAAGUACACCCAAGAUGGCUACUGCACGCUGCGUAUUCAUACCGGCUUGGCUUCAGACACUGGUCACUACACAGUCCUAGCAGUCAACUCUGUUGGAAAAACAACAUGCUCUGGACAGCUGUAUGUUGAUGCUGUGGGCAACAUUGAUGCAACUUCUUUUGUAUCACCUGAAACUCUUCAAAGGAUUCUACGCAGGUUAGUCAUGUCUUCUAAGAUGUAGAUCUCCAGCCACAUAAAUGAAACAGUAUUUUCAUUAAUUAAGUAGAGGAAGAUGUAAACAAAACUGUGAAAGAUCUGUAAGAGGCUGCACAUGUGAAUAUUUGAUGAGUUAAAAUUGUAUUGAUACUUUUUUCCCCUGGAUGCUACCAUAUACUAUAAAAUAACUUAAUGAUUUCAUAAUUAUGUCAUAUCUUACACCUCUGCAAUCUUUUAUUUCUCAUAUCUACAACAUUAUCCUUGUCUUUGUAUCUAGAGACUCUGUCAGAGGCUCCAGGCGUGGCUCCGAGGACCAAGGGGGUGUGUUUGAAACUGUUUCAAAACCAGAGUUCAAGAGACUCCCGGAGGACCUGGAGGUCAGGGAAGGUAAUCCCGUGAGACUGGACACCCUGGUAUUGGGACGUCCCAAUCCUGAGUUAUUCUGGUACAGGAAUGGAGUACAAGUACACAAUGAUGACAAUCACAAGGUAGGCCAAUGGACACUGAUAUUUUUAGAUAAUGUCUUAUGGAUCUAAUUAUAUAAAUGCAAAAAUAUACCAUCAUAUCUUCAUAUAAAAAUGUAAAUAUAUAGGGUCAUAUGUUUACAUUGAAAUGCAAAAAGAUACUAUCAAAUCCUUUUAUAGAAUUUUUGAAAAGAUAUUAAAAUUCAGAAAGAUGAUAUUCAUUAAUUACAAAUAAGUGUUUAAACUCUACUGUGUUCUUAUCAUAUUUAAGUUAGGUUCAUGUGGUUUCAUUUUCGAUGGACCAAAAUACACGACUUGCAAAACUAAAUCUCAUCUACAUGAUUGUGUGUUAGUAUGGUCUUUCUUCCCUUUAUAACUUUGUUUCCUGAUUUCUGCAGAUUGUCAUCAAUGAGGAUGGCGUUAACUCCCUUCUCAUUGUGUCAGCUUCUCGUAUUGAUGCAGGGACCUACACCUGUGUAGCCAAGAACCGUGGUGGUGAAGAGACUUUCACAGUCAACGUGUCUGUCCUGGGUAGGUGCACAUAGCAGCUCAUGACCACUUUGAUCAUCAUCUAUAUAUAUUUGUUUGUUAUACUUGCAUUUACUUUCAUUCUGUCACGGUGGUGCUCAUUAAAUGUCAAAUCCUACAAUCUUACUAGAAAACAUGCUGAGUGUUAAAAAUUGUAAUUUAAGCGUUUAAAUUAUUUAAAUUUUCAUUAAAAAGUGUCUGGCUUAUACUUGAUGCCUUGAACUAGUUCCGUUCUCCUUUUUUUCUUUUAUGGGCAGUAGAGAAUAUUAAAAGAAACCAACCAAAUAUUACUUUAUUUAAAGAUAAUUUUGCAUUAUAUACCAAUUCCAAAAAUAUUGUAGGUUGACUGGGCUACUGUAAAAUAAACCAACUGUUAAUAAAUAGUUUACGAACUGUUCACUCUUCUCACCACAGCUCAGCACAUAUCGCAAUAUAAAAAAAAGCAUUAGAGUAAAGAAGGUGAGAUUAUGCAAACAUUUCUUAUCCUUUGUUUCACAGAGAAAGAACAGAUGCAGCCACCUCGCUUCAUUGAUCGUAUGCAGAACUUUACAGUAGGUGAAGGUCAACCUGUUGCUCUGACCUGUAUGGCCACAGGAGUUCCAACACCAAUGAUGAGCUGGCAGAAAGAUGGCCGCAUGGUCAGUGACCUGGAUUACAGGUAUGUCUCUAACAUAUAAGUUUUCCUCAACUACUUUCCCAGUUAUCUGGUCACAUGCUUGACAUCAGCUAUUGUGUUAUAAAUGUAAAUAUUUUUUAAGUGAAUUAUUACGAUGAGGUCACCAAAAUCUGGCAUCAAUAUAUUAAAGGAUUUAAUUCAGUAUUAAAAAUGUUAUGAUCUUCUAUGGAGGAUUUUUUUAAUUCAUUUUUGUAAUUUUGUAAGAUUAAUAAUGUUAUUAUUCAUUAAAUUUUUGCAAAUAUUACUGAGAGCUUCAAGUUAAACUAUUAAUUAUUUCUUAGAAUUGAGACAGAUCAAGGGCGCUCAACUCUGAUCAUUGACAGUGCAGAGCCCAGUGACUCAGCUUGGUUCCAGUGCUCUGCCGUCAAUGUCGCUGGCACCGCCACCACUCGGGCCAAGCUUGCAGUCCAGCCAGACCUGACGAAAGACCAGAAGACCAGACGCAUUGAAGCACCAAAAAGAGUCCUCUCCCCGUAAGUAGUUGAAUGACUUUGAGCAGGUUAAUGGCUAUAAAUGAGCCUCUAUUUUUUUCCCUUGACUUUUACACUGGGUUCAGUCUUAUUUAAAGUUUGGUGGAAAUAAUAUUGUGCCCACAUUAGAUAACCAGUAAUGGUUUAAUACUUUUAUUGACUAUCAGACUGUAAUUGCAAUAAUUGAAAGAAAAAAAAAGCGAAAAUAAAAAAUAUAAAUUUGGAACAAGGCACUUAGCCUAAAGUAUUAAAGAGUUGGCAAUCAGUGCCAAAAUAGAGUGGUUAAAACAAAAUAUCCCACAUUCACUUCAUUUACUAGCCUUCAAACUUUCUGUUUACUAUCAUUCAAUGAAUCAACUGUUUAUUAAAUUCGGGUGGAUUUGAUUUUAUACACAUAUAUUAUAUCAGAGUCUACAAAGAUUACAGAAUAUUAUUUGAUGAUAAAAUAUAAAGAAAUCACUGCAACACUUUUUGAAUGUGUGUUAUAUUGAAAAUGCCUGAACCAAUAUUUUACCCAGCCAUUAUGAGAUCCAAUCUGAGGGACCAGUGCAACAAAUCUCGUACGUGACAGAGCACGACAGUGCCACACUUCGUCUGAUCAAAGAGGAGCAGCUUAAGAGGUGGAGCUUGCAUGUCAAAACUGCAUGUCUUACCACAUUCUUCCUGCACGCUUUAUACAUUUUUAUGGUCACUCAGAAAUGAAGACGUUUAGAGAGUUUUUAUUUAAUCACUUACCGUUGAGGAAGGGUUAGGUAUUUAGGAAAUGUGUAAAUUGAGCUCUGACUAUCCUGUGUAUCAAACAUGUAGAUUCUAUCUUUAAUAAAGGCUCAUGAAAAACUCAACAACAAAGUUGAACUGAAUAAUCUUUUCCAGUGUUUUUAAAAUUUGUUUCCAACACUUACUGCAUUUGGAUUGUCAAGCUUUAAAAAAAUUAUUUUUGAGGCUAGGUUGAAAUUUUAUUACAAUUAUUUUAAUUUCAACCAAAUGCAGACCACAACCACCGCAGCAAAAACCAGUAGCACCAAAACCAACACCCCCCGUGGCAGCCAAGCCUUUCCUACCAAAACCCAUCCCUGCUCCCCCGGCACCUACCCCUGAGACCAGCACCCCAAUGCUGACCGAGGAGGAAGAUGACUACCAGCGUAAGAGUGUUAUUGAUGCCAAGAAACUGUUCAGUAAGCCCGACGAGAUAGCCAGGCCAGCUCCAACCAGACCACACAAACCAAUUACUGUUCUCUUCAAACCCAGGGAACCAUCUCCAAGGUGCUUCAUCUUAAAUGCAUGAUCCUUUACAGCAAUGAAGAAAUGCAUGCUAGGAUGGAGAAAUGUGUUCAAAUUUGUUAUUCAUUCACUAUAACAGAAAAUAUGGGAAUCUCCCACACAAGGGAAAAUUUAUUUUUCAUGACUAGAAAUUUUGAGGCAUACAUAUUCUUUGAAAAGACAAGUCUUUUAUAUCAUUGAUGAUGUUAGCAAUGAAGAAAUCAAGAAUGAGAUCAAGUUUUAGAAAUGCUUGAAUUUUCCUAAAUAUUUAAUGAAAAUUUGCAGCUAUUUGAUGAUAAAAUUAUUGUGCUUAAAAGAGCGUGUUAACUGGAAUCAUACUUACACAUUGGAAUCUUAAUGGCUUCUUUUUGUGAACUCAAUUCAGUUAUGACAUCCAGAAAACAGGACCAGUGCAGCUCAUUAGCUAUGCUUCUGAUAAUGAGCGAGGCUACUUGCGACUUAUUGAUGAACAAGAUUUGCAAAGGUUGGCAAACUAUGCAUGGAGUGUCUUCAUUUGUUCAAUACCAGCAUGAAAUGAUGCAAUAGUGUUUGUUGAAGUUAUUAUUACCACAACUCUAUAUGGAAGCGCUGUAGCUACCUAACACCUAUUGCAAGUUUCUCUCUUUUGGUUUAUCUCUGGAGAAAUCUCCAGCCUAUUUGUUGACAUAUCUAUGUUAAUUCUGUUUGUGCAUUUAAAUUUAUUUUUUUUCAGGUUUUUUUUAUAAUUGACUCUUAGUUUUAUUUUUAUAUUUUUCUUCUCAAUAUUUUUAGCUUUCUUAUUGAUGUGCCUACUUUAAAUAAAUUCAAUUUCAGAUUUGUGUGAUGAUAAUGUUCACAAUAUGAUUGUCAUUUCAAUGACCCCAUAACUUCAACCCCACGCAGAAAAUCAUUAUUUAAUUUUAAUUUAAAAGACAUAACUUUUAUUACAAAUACUCUCUAGUUUUAAAGUGAAGUUUUAAUUAAAUCUAUUUAUAUUCAUUUCAUUUAGUUGUUAUUUUAGCUUACGGUCAGUGCCAAUAUUAAUAUUUCUCCUCGUAUUGCAUGGUCGUCUCAUUUUCUAUGAAGUAUUUUAUUUGCCUAAACAAAGUCCAUAGAUAAAACUGUCAAGGUAAUACCUGUUUCAGCUCACAUUAACACAUGUUUCUGCAAACAAUAAUCAGCCUGAUGCAUACAGUAAUAGGCGGGAAAUAAAUAUUUCACAUUUUUUAUUUUAAAUUAUUAUACUUUUUCCCCGCUCUUUCUCUAACAGAAAAGUUCCAACAGAGAGAUCGGAACCUGAACCAUCUUACAUAGCCGAGACUCAGUAAGUCCCACGCUUUCUCAUCAAAUUCAUAUCAGCACACAGUAGUAGUAAGAAUAUACUUGUAUACUAUCUUGUUAUGCAUUGUCACAAAACAUAUUAGUAACCAUAAUAUUAUUAUCAACAUGCAUAUUAUAAUUACAUAUUAUGUAUAUUGGCUCACAUACAUGUAUUAAUGUCGUUAAUAAACAAUAACAUUAAUAUGAGCUUUUAUUAAGUAAGUUAAGCUGUAAAAAGCUGAUUUACCCAUCUAUGUGUUUGCUGUUAUGCUGAACUUUGAUUCAAAUAACUAAUCCAAAUUUAGGAAAGACUUUGAGCCGAAAUUCAAACCAGUUACUGCUAUUAUAAAAGUGCCACCUCCUGUGGCCCCUAAACCAGAGAGGGUUUUAUCCAGGUAGAAAAUAAAGAGCAAUUUAUUUGUGUGUGUGAGAUCUUCAUUAGCCUCUCUUUUCAAACCUGGAGUGGCUUGCACUGUCUCCAUUCCCUCAUGAAAUUUUAAAUUUUGAAAAAUUAGAGUAGAUUUCACUUCUCUUCCUUUUAGCUUGCACCCUAUUAUUUUUGUUUAGUCUAGUUGAAUCCGUGUAAGGAAAUUUAAAAAAAAAAAAUGUUUUUUAAUUUAAAAAGAAAAUUACACUUUUAAGAAAUGAAAUAAUCUGCUUGAUCUUAAUUAUAUUAAUGAAACAAAACUUGCUGAAAUUUAAAUUUUGCAAAAAGUUCAUAUCUCCAUUCCAAAGACUUGGUCAAAAAUUAUUACAACUAAUGCUUACUUUUUUUUUUAUACUUAGUUUUAUUAUCUUAUUUUUGUUUUAAAUACUACAUAAUCAAAGACAGCUUCAUCACAAGCUGGUUUCCUAAACACAUUUAAGGGUUUCAAAUUUAGUCAGCUCUGAUUAAAAUCAAAUUUAUCUUGAAAAUACAUUGCACCGAUGCAACAAGGGCUCAUCUUUCUGCUUUAUCUAUUUUCUGCUGGACGUCUCUCUGCAACCAAUGAAAACUCUUGUUAAAACGUUAAAAGAGAAUAAUUUAUUAUUUUUGUUAGAUGCUUCUUUUAGUUGAGUGUAGCUUAGCAUACUUAUAUUGGAAUCGUUUGGGAUUUGUAUUUUUUUUAGACGAUAGUAGAGGCUGGAAUUAAUUUAUUGAUGGUUGAAGUUUUAUUGACUCUUAUUGUGUGCACAAAAUGGAAAAGUGAUAAUUCUGGCCACUUAAAAAUUUAACUAGACAUGUGUUGCAAAAUGAAGGACUUUCAAAGAUAGUGUGCACUCUUAUCUUCAAUGCAUGCUUUCUUACCCUCAAAGGACUUACCUAUGCCAUUUGCUUUAUUUUUUUUUACCCACUUUAUGUUAUUAAUUUUAGAAUAUCUUUUUUGUUAUUUUUAAACUUUACAUUCAUGCUUAUUUAAAGAAAUAUUUUAGCUUAAAGUUAACCUAAGUUAUUACUUAUACUUAUAAUUACAUGUAGGAAAAAAAGUUAUGUAAUAUUUGACAUCAGAAGUGAAAAUUGCAUUUGAAAUUAAAUCUUUGUAAUAACCUCAAAGUGACACACUAAAAUUUUUAACACUAAAGAAUUCUCGAUAAAGAGACUAUUGUUGCAAUUUGCAAACUAAUGCCUACUGAAGGAUUUGACAAAUAUUAAUCUUUUAAAGAAUGAAAAUUAACAGCAAGUAUUAACUUAACAAAUGUUUUUUCUUUAUUUAUUUUGUAAAAUUAUUUACAUUAUAAGUCUCUGAAUUGAUAUAUAUUUUAAGAAUUAAGAUAAAAAAGAAAUAUUCUAUGAAUUGUCUAUGUUACAAAAAGCGCAACUAUUAAUUUCAUCUGUUCUAGUGCCACUCCAGUUGCUACGACGCCCAAACCAGAGCUGUCACCAUUUGAAGCCACCAUCCCUCUUGUUCCUAAACAGAAGGAAUACAGGUGAGUUGAGAAAUACUAUUUGAACAACUAAUCCUUUCAAAACAAUCCAUGAACAUUCCUACAAUGUUUGCUGCACUGUCUUUCUAAGAGCAAAGGUGAUUUUUUUGGUUUUCAGAUUUGAUUUCAAAAUCCAAAUAAAACAUUAAAAAAAGGGCCUUUUAUUUUAGGGAGGGAAAAAACAAAAUGAAAAUAAAUUGUAGGCCUAUUAGCAUGUUCUGCUCAUUCUUGUUUGGAUCUUGUUUAUCAACUAAUGAUGUGCUUCAUCAUGAUCAUUGUGAAAUUGUUUUGAUCACCCAAAUUUCUCAUUGAUAAAUAACAUUAUUUUGGCUUUUCCUUCGCUACUUAUAUAAUGUAAAUUGAUUUCUUGCUGUGUACUCUAGACCGGUUGCUCCACCUGUCCCAGUUCCAAAACCAGAACCAAAGAAAACGGAACUCUACUUGCCACCCAGGUGAUUGAGAUCUCUUUUGCAUGGAGUGGCAUUCAAUCAAAUUUAAUUUUGUUCCAUAAAAACUUGUUUUAUAUAUUUUUUUGGGGGUACUUUUGUUUUUUUUGCUUGCUGUUCACUGGAUGUAUAUAUUUAUUUUUCAAUCCUUUAUACAUUUACUCUGUUUUAUUGUGUGCUGUGACUUUGCUCUUUCAAUGUAGCCAUUAUUAUUUCUUUAAACAAAUAGUGGAAAAAGCUAUUUUUAGGCUUGAAAAGAAAAUACAGGACAAUUAAACUGACAUUUUGGCAAGAUGACUUCUUCAGCAGACAGUACAAAACAAGAAACAAUGGAUACUUUCAUUUAAAAGUAGAAAUAAAAGCAUGUUUUCGAAAAUCAUAAAUUUCUCAAAGAUGAUCAUUUUUAGUUACCGUCUCUGUCUGGAUUUAGUGUACUACUUAACCAAUGGGAGUUGUUUUAUUGAAUUUAAGUAUUUAAUUGUAAACUUCUAUAAAAACACUAUUCUAUUCACAAGGGCAGUCAUUUCUACAGCUUACCAACUUCUCUAUUGCAAUGUUUUACAAAAUAGUUCAUUCUUGCUCUGUUAUUACAUUGACUUUAUCUUUUUGAAAGUCUUCAUCUCUUAUCUUAUUCAACACUUCCUCACCAGCUUAUUGGCACACAUUUUCUAACGUAGAAUUUCAUCAGUUCUUUACCUAAACACAAUUUUUUAAUCACAUUUUUUUUUAUUGAUCACUGCUUCUAUUCCAGUGAGCCUAUCAUACCUCCACUCCUUUCUCCCAAACAAACCCCUGCUGUCACUCAAAAGACAGUUGCCCCAUCCCCUGCCCCAAGACAGAGGGUGCGUAAAGCCCCAUCUCCGCCGGAAUCUAGGCCGAUUGUCUUGCGGCAGGAGCCCCACCCAGAGUGGGCCCCUGAAUCCAUUGAUGUCCCAGCAGCAGCUAAAGCUGUGGAAGACAGGUGUGGUAUAUUGUCAGUUGCAGUUGUUGAUUCUAUCCCAUACAGCCUGCUCCACCUUUGUAUUAAUACCAGUUGUUUUGACAUGCUUGAGAGUAGUUUUUAGGCAGCACUAAUACAUGGCUUAAAAACAUGUCUUGUUGGUCCUCAGUUCUUUGGUUUCCUUACUUCUUUAUGUUUAUAUUUAUUUUCAUAGAUCUGUACACAAUUACUCAACUAUAUUGAGUGUUGAUGGCACACAUGAACUACAAACAUGUUGUACUUUAUUUUUAUAUUUUAUUUCACACUUUUGUGAUACACCGCAAUAUCAAACUUAUACAUAGUUUUAUUUUCACUCUGAAGCUUCCUUCAGUGAUGAUAAUAAUAAUAUUAAACAAUUGAUGCCAACAAAGACUUAAUCAUAAAGUUCCAUCAUAUUCAAAAAGGACGUUUAAAAAAGAACAAAUUUGCACUGUUGUUUUUUAAAAUAAAAAUGCCCCUACGGUCAAUCAGUGAUGCUUUAUCCAUGACUCUGUUUGAUUUUGAAGUUGUUAUUCACUUUUCUAUUUUUUCUCACUGUAGUGUUUAACAAGCUUUUAUUUUCUACUGUUUUUAUUGAGUUGUUUUUUAACUUUAAAAUUUGAUUUAGAUUUGCACAUCUUUUUUCUUUUAGAUGUCACUAUGUCACAUAUUUUUUCCUGUUAACUUUCUCUCCAGUGCAAUGGACAUAGUUAACAUUUCUUAGCCUCUGUGCUCGAUACUUUAUUGUAAAGCUGUCCUAUUUCAGCAACUAUAUUUUGAUUUUGCUUGUGGAUUUGUAAAUUAUUUUUUGGGGGCUUGAUGAUUAUGUAGAUCAUUUUACUUAUUUAUAGUGCAUAAUUGUAGCUUUUUUUAUUGACAUAAGUAAUUUCAUUCCUUAGAAGUAUAUUUAUUAUUUAAAUAUACAUUCAUUUUGUAAUAUUGUGUAUUCUGGUUAUAUUUGCAUGUGAUUGAUUUGUUACAAUAUUUAUUAAUAUUCAAGACUAUAAAUAGCAUUGUCUCUUAGAAGGUAGAUAGGCGAAACUCUUUUAGAAUUAGAUAAAGAAAUGACAAUUUGAGCAGGAGAAAAGGCAUUAAUUAAAACUGUAAAAUUACCUAUGCUGUCAGAAAUCAUUCAGGAAUCAUUCACCUCCCCCAACCCCAAAACACACAAGAAAAUAUUCAUCAUAAUGCCAUUGACUUUAAAAAAAAUGAGAACCACUGCUCUUACUGGUCAUUGUAUGUUUCAUAUCCCUUGCCUUGCUUGAAACAUGUCCCAAUAUUUUCAGCACCGAGCCAGUCGCACCAUCAGAUCUACCUAGACGGGUUUCAACAGCAGCUAUUAAGCUUGUUGAGUGGAGGUUGGCAAAUGAAUGCAAUGUGUUUCACUACCAUUGAUUUGUCUGUUAUGAUACUAAAGAUUAACAAGUUUCUUUCAGUUACACAGUUCGACAUCUCGCUGGCAACUUAAAGCACCAAUUUUCUUUAUCAUCUUUAAUAGCAAUAAAUUUUUUUUGAAUGCUUGUAGUACUAUCUGUCAUUGAAAAUGGAUAUCUAAAAGCAUGAUCUUUUUAAAUGAAACAAAUAUGUCUCUCUUAAUUUAAAUUCAUUUUAACAUUGAGAAAUCAAUUUAUUCUACCUUAACAAGUGUUGAGUGUUUUGAUUUAUUUAGUUUCAACUAUCAUAAGCUGUAUUUUUUGUUUCUUAUGAUUUUAUUCUGCCCAUGUGGCAUGAAUUUAUUGGCAUUCAUUUUUGCUGAUUUUAUUAAUUUCCUUCAGUUUGUGUACAUAUUUUUAAAAUAUAUUUAAGCAAAAAUUUUAGUGGUCAACAACCUAUAUUAUCAAUUGACUAAAAAAAAUUUGUUUAAAGGACUAGUGAGUGAAAGUGUAUACAACUUUAAUUAUUUAUUUAUUUAUUUAUUGUGUGUGUGGAAUUAAAUAUUAAAUUUAACAUCAAAUAAGCAAAUGCAUUCUAGAACUGCAGGAAAUAAAACAUUUUUAUUUGAGUUUCAGCCAAGUCUUUGACACUUGCUUAAAAUAUAAUUUAAAUGUUUUGUUUUAGUUGUUCUUUCAUUUAUUCACUUAAUUUUGCACGCUCUUCAUCCACUGUGUGUUUAUCCCUCUUCUUGUUAGGAGGAAUUUUUCCCAUUAUUUCUUUGACACAUUCUAUUUGAGUCAAAAUAGUCCCUAAAUUAAACAGAAAUAAUAAGUAAUGCUGCCAAAAUAUUGCCCCAAUAAUGAAUACAUUAAUAUGAUUUUAAUUGGCUAAUACCCAGGAUAGAUGUUGCAUACAAGAUUUGAUUUUAGACACCCUGCUUUCAUUAAUUUAAUAUUUAAAUUCCUGUUAAAUAAAAUCUAUGCUUUGCUGCAGUUCAUUCAAAGAAAAACAAUCAGUAUCCCUAUAAAGGUAAAUUGUUUGAAUUUUAGAGCUGUUCACAUCUAACUUCAACAUUCUCAGGGAGUACCAAGACAGUGCAGUCAGGGAGUACAUUCGCCGUGAAGGGGAGGCCCCACCGAUCGAAGACUUGUAUGACAGAGAGAAAAACAGGCCAGCGCGAUUCAAGACACACAUCAAGGAUUUGUCGCUGAAAGAAAAUGAUGCCGCCCAUUUUGAGUGCAAACUCUUGCCACUUGGAGAUCCCACCAUGAAAGUGGAGUGGUUUAAAGAUGGGGAACCAUUGCAUCAUGGUCAGUGCUGAUGUGCUGUUUGAUCUCAUUUCAUUAGUCUUUACAUGGAGUAUGGUUUGACAUUUACAACUUCAGUCAAUAUAUAUAUUAAAAUCAAUUAGUACAAACAUGAUAUGAGGGAUACAGCAGUUGUUUGUUUAUGAGCUGUGGUUUAGGAGAUCAAAGAGAGGCAGGACGGUAGCAUCAGAAGGACAGCUGAAUCAUAUUGCUAAAGUGCAUUUUGAAAUGACUUGGAGAUAUAUUGGCUCAUUUAAGUUAUUUUUUGGUGGCAUAAAUUUGUAAUUAACUAUUUGAAAACUUUCUUUUAUUCUGACAGUAGCCAUGCUAUAUAUAUCCUUUUAUAAAUAUCUUUAUUCAAAAAUUAUUUUUCUUAAUCCCCUUCAAUUAAAAUGUAAAAUAUCCGCAGGCACGCGAUACAUCCCAGCCUAUGACUUUGGUUUCGUUACACUGGACAUCUUGUGGAUGUACCCAGAAGAUUCCGGUGUGUAUGAAUGCCGAGCCACAAACGACUUUGGUGAGGACACCACUACUGCUACAGUUGUCUGCAGGCGUAAGUUACUAAGGGAGCAAUUCCAUUGUUAUUUUACUUGUAGAGAUUAAAUGCGCUUUACUUGUCUAUGGUAAAAAAAAAACUUUGUGUUAGUCUUUUGAGCAAAUCAUUAUACUUGAUCAAAUGAUGAGCUUUUAAAAUAUUCUGAUUUGAAAUUAAGCAACUUACCACUAAUAUUAUUAUCACUGACUACCUCUGCCACUUCAGUACUAUAAAUGUAUCACUGAAUGAUAUGAAUGCAAAACUUAAAAGAGCUUUCUUUGAACAAGGAUAUUUCUUUUCCACUAUUCCACUAUCAUUCACUGAAAAGUUGAGUUACAAAAUAUUAAUUUGUUCUAUACAAUGAAUGCUUUAGCUGCUCCCCAUUAUUAACACCCUCCAUUUAAUUAUGUGCCUUCAUCAAGUGUUGUUUGGAAGUGGCUAACUUGAAUAUGACAUUACAUUUUAAUUAUUUCAGCUCUCCGCUCCAUUAUUAUGGAUACACAGCUCCCAGGAGAAGGUGCUGUCAGACUGCAAGAGAUGGAAGAACAUUGGAGAAGGUAUGCUUGCUUAACUAGUAGGAUAUCAAGAUUAAAUAUUGGUUUAACAAAUACAUUUGCAAAUAACCCAAGUUUACCUUCAAGUUAAAUAUUUUAAUUUCCUUUUUCCCCUUUCUAUAAUAGCCACAUGAAUGUGGAAGAAAAAAUCAUUGAGGAACCCAAGACAAAAACACCUCCGAGCAUUGAUCUGAAGCCUGAACCUGUUGAAACCGGUGAGGGUGAACCGGCCAAGUUCCUGGUCAAAGUCAGUGGCUAUCCAAGACCAAGGGUCAACUGGUGGAUUAAUGGGAGCCUCAUUGUUGGGGUCAGUUGUGAUGUCUUGUAUUUAUUAUGGAUCCCUUAUAUAAGACAUGACAUAGUAAAAUUUUUUAUUUAAGAACUGCUAUCCUUGCUGUUAUGGAGAAUGCACUCAAAUAAUACAUUUCAUUAUGUUCCCUUAACCUGGCUCUUACUUAAUAAUGACCUAUUUUUAAACAAAAAAUUACAAGAUGUCUCUACUAUGUAAUUAAAAAGAAUAGGGUUUGAAUAGGUUUUAAUUUUUACACUCUUAAAUACUAGAAUUUCAUGGUUUAGAUUAUUUAAAGAAUAAAUGUACAACUGUACUGCUGUCUCCAGGGCACAAGGUUCAAACUGACCUAUGAUGGAAUGAUGCAUCACAUGGAAAUCCCAAGAUGUAGAGAGUAUGACGCUGGCCAGAUCAGAGUGGUGGCCAAGAACUCAGAGGGAGAGGAAGAGUCCAGCACCUCCCUUAUUGUCAUGCCCAAGGAGGACUGGAGGGCUAAGCUGAAACAAGCCCCCAAAGGUCUGGAGUUCAACAAACUGUAUUUGCUUAUUAAGCAGAUCAACAAAUUGUGUACUCAACAGCAGUGUACUUAAGUCUUGGGUGCAUGGGUAGACAUUUUAGUUUAAAAUGUUUUUAAAUUUAAAGAAAAAUCUAACUUUUUACUCUUUUCACUUAAAAAGAAUAACAAUUCCUUUAUCUCAUUACUGAUUUGUAUGACUACUAUUUUCUUUGUUUUCACUCUAUAAUCCAGGAGUUUUCACAUUUUACACUAGGCCCAUAUUAAAAAAAUUAAAAAUUAAUGCCACCCUGUGAACUAACAGUCAGUCAGCAUAUUUUGAAAUGGUAAUGGAUAAGUUAUUAGUAUCUUAUGAUGUUCUUUGUGCAGGAGAACUUGAAAUUGAGCUAGAGAGAAGAAAGAAAAUUGAGCUGAGGACUGUUGAACUAGACAAAGCCUUGAAAAAGCCUAAGGCAACAGAAUAUGAACUUAGGCAAAUGGAAAAAGGUUAGUUGUCCUUUUUAAUCCAGGAGAGAAAAAUGUACAUGAAUUUUAACCACCUCUGGAACAGGCUUUCUCUAAUGCAAACAUUUUUAUAGAACACAAUCAAGCAGGCAGAGCCGUUGUGUGGAUCCAGCAACACCCAUGGCUGCAGGGGUGACUCAUAUAUUUAAGGGGCCCAAAGUUGUCAUAUGGAAAAAUUUAAUGGAAAUUGCUUUGAAUGGCUAAAUAGAUGAAAAAACAUGAAAAGUUGCAGGGGGGCCUCCAAAGGUCAUGGGAUGGCUCUGCAAUCAAGGAAAUAGAAUGGUAUUACUGAGAUAUGUUUUUUUUAAAUUUAAUUUAUUUUCAUUCAAUGUGUUAAAAUUAAAAAGGUCAACCUGUGAAAAUAGAUAUGCAUUUUAUAAAUUGGAUAUUUCAUAUACUCAUAAGGCCCUCAGCCAGUCAGAUAAACUGACAACGGAAAAUUUGGAACCACUUUUCUAAGUCACACAAUUCUAAGUCAGCACAUAAUUAUUUUUUAUAUAAUUUUUUUUUGAAGCCUCAGAAUCUAAGGUGCGCAUACAGAAAGACACUGAGGUUAUCAUGGCAGAGCAACAGUACAUCAGUGUUCACACCCAGCUCAGACGUCUGGACAGCGGUGUUGUCUCCGAGCCUGUCUUUGUGGAGAGAGCUCGGUUGGUACCCAUUGAUCAGACCCAGGCCCCGCCAGAAGAUAAGCAGCUUGUGGAGCAACAGAUUACCCUCCAGAGAGGGGAGCCUCCUGUCUUUACCAAACCCCUCCGGCCCAUAAGAGUUCCUGAGGGCAGUUCAGUAAAGUAAGUAACAAGAGAACAUACCAUUUUACUUUCAUUUUCACAUUAGUUGUACAUCAAUCAAGUCUAGAAAUGUUUAUUAUAUAAUCUCUAAAUUUUUAAAUUCACACAUUAACUAGGAUUUAUAAAAACAAAACUUUUUUUUCUUUUAGAUAGACAGAAAAGUGUCAUUUGAUUUAACUUAAAAAUUAAACUUUUAACAUAAAUGUAUUGAUUUAACUAUUGAGAUCUGUAUACACUAUUUUUCUACUUCCUUUGAUCUGAAACAGCCUUGAAGUCCAAUUCAAGGGCAUUCCACCACCAGUUAUAACCUGGUACAGAGACAGCUUUGAGAUUCAGCCCUCCAGAGACUUCCAGAUCUCAACCACCGAGACAUCCAGCACACUUCAUGUCCCAGAGGUCUUUGCUGAAGAUGCUGGCCUCUUCACUGUCAAGGCCUACAACAAAUUUGGCAUGGUUCAAUGCAAAGCCAAGUUGACAGUGGAAGGUACAAUACUUUGUCACAGAGAGUGAAUGAUCAGUGUCCUCCUCUCCGUGUCCUUUCACAAUGCUGUCUUAAGAUCACACUCCAAUUAUGUUUUUAAAAUUCUUUCUCUAAAUGAUUGCAGUAUUAACUUAAUCCCUGAACAAUUACAAUGUUUCAAAGGCUAUAAUUGGACUCGUUAAAAUUAUUAUAAUUUUUAAUUAUUCAAUUAAAAACUUGUAGCUGUUAAGAAAAGAGAAAUAAAUAUUGCACUCCAUUAUUUCGAUAUCUCUUACAUGAAAAAAAUAGAUUUAAUUUUCAACAAUGAUCAAUAAAAUUAAAACUAAAGCAGUUGGAUGAAAUUGCACUUGAAUUAAAUAAGUAAAUAAAGGAGGCUUACAAGUAAAGUUGGCAUUUCUUAAAUAUAGUUUUAAUUGAAUAUAGUUAACAAAGCAAUGUCCAGUAGUUGACUCAUCAACGUCCCAUUCUUUUGUACCCUCAUAGAAGGUGAGCAGCCAGAGAAGGAAGUCCCACCUGAGUUCCGCAGCUUGACCAGAGACACUAAAGCCAUCCAGGGAGAACCAGUUACAUUUGACUGUCAAAUCACAGCCUCACCUCCACCUCAAGUACACUGGACAAAGGUCAGAGCCUGGUUAUCUUAGUGUAAUAUAGAUACACUAUAUACGAGAUACAAAGAUGGAAACAGUUGCUUUAUAUGAUAGUCUCAGACUGGCUGGUGCAUUUGAAUGUUAACAAACUAAAUGUUUGAUAUCUUUGACUACAUGCAUAUAAAUGUCUGGUUUUCAGGAGGGCCAACCUAUUCCUGAUUCUCCAAGAUGGAAGUUUAUCAAAGAAGACAACAACUACACACUUGUCAUCUAUGAAGCCCAACCUUGGGAUGCCGGUGUCUAUGCUUGUGUCGCUAUUAACACAGUGGGCAAAGCCACCUGCACUGCAAGGCUCACUGUGGAAAGUAAGGGCCGCUGGCAUUAACUCUUUUAUAGAAGUCUAAUAGCUCGGAUUUGUGCUAAUUAGUGCGAUGGUGUGGAAACUAUUUACUAGAGCAAAAAGAUUUGAUCAAAGUUAUUAAAAUGUAAGAUAGAAAAAUAACUAAGACUUAGCUAAAUUAAGAUUUAUUGUUACAGAACCAGAAAAGCCCAUUGAGCCAUCUGCUGCUCAGCCACCUCAAGAAUCCUCCAUUGAGCCACCUUAUGUCAUUGAGGAGCCCAAGAUGGUAGAUGUUGAUGAAGGAGAACCUGUCCGCUUUGAAUGUGUAAUCAAAGGAAAACCACGUAAGUGUUGAUUUCAUCGUUCUCUAGUUAAAGACCACUUCUUUAUUUCAUCUAAAUUAAUUUCAAUUUAAGAAUUCAGUAGCUAUUUCUAUAAAUGUAAAUAUUUCUUUAUUUAUGAGAUGUAAAAUAAGCCUGUGAUGUUUUAAUUUUUAAAAAAUAUUAUUAUUAGUUCAUUUUUUUAAAACCUAUUUAAGAUUAUAAAUCAAAUGGGAAAAGUUGAAAAAUAAAUAUUUUGACAAAAAUCCUGUGAUGGCUACCAACAUUUAAAAUAGUUUGACAUUUUUCAAAAGCUGUAUAUAUUUUUAAAAAAAAGAAAGGAAAGCGUUUGAAACAAAGGCUGAAAUGCAUGUCUCAAGUCAACCAGAAAGGAAUAUAUCCUUUCAAGCAUCAUGUAGGCCUACACAUUAAAUAAACCAUGACUGAUGACUAACUAACUUAAAAAUCUUUCUAGAUCCAGUUGUUACCUGGUAUCGUAACAAUCAGCUGGUGAAACCAUCGAAAUACUUUCGCAUGGACUCCACCCUGGAAGGUGUGCACACUCUUUCUAUCAUGGAGGCAUUCCCAGAAGACACUGGAACCUACAAGUGUGUUGCUAGAAACAAGGCAGGGGAGGUCACUGUUGUUACUUACCUUAAAGUUCAUGGUGGGUAUUGUACUAGUUUUAUAAUUUGCUACCUUAGAUUCAUUUUGUGCUCAGAAAUCAAAGAAAAUACCACUUAAUGUUCUUUCCAUAUAAACAUUAAAUUUUUACUAUAGAAGUGUUUCAGAGCAUUGAGUUAAUUUUGCAUGAUUAAAUUAUUCAAUCUUAGCUAAAAAUCUUCUGAGUUUUUCCAUUCGUCGUCGCUGUGAUAUGAUGUGGCAUCAAGUAACAUAGACCAUGUUAUUCCAAUAAAUUCCUUAUAUGUAGUGACAACAAAUCUAUAGCCUCUAAAUUAUAUGACACUGACAAACCCUCAGGUACAGAGAGUGAGCCAGAUCAGCUCCAGCCUGAGGCCUUCGCUCAACCUCCCAGCUUUGUCCGACCUAUCAGCAACAUGAUGGUCACUGAGAAUACACCAGCUAAGUUCGAGGCCGUCUUCUCUGGUGUGCCUACACCUGAGAUUACAUGGAUCAGAAAUGGAAUACAAACUCUUCAUGACUCUAGGGAAUACAAGGUGAGUUACCUGUAAUGUUACCUUUGUUCAGUGGUUACCAAACUUUAUUUUACUCUACCUCAUUUUUUUUUUUUCACACUUCGACCACUCUGCCGCCUCCCUCUUGAUUUCACAAAGGAAAUUCUUGGCAUUUAUGUAUUUAUAUUUUAUAUAUAUUUUAUUUUAUAUUUAUAUACGCCACUUUGAUUUAUUAUGCACCUCUCAGAAACAAAAAUGCCUUUGCUUUUAAAGCCAUAUAAAAAUUGUUAACUUCUGGAGUGAAAAAAUUCUGCUGUAAAGAAAACUAUUUAAAAAGUGUGUCUUAAAAUCUGUUAUAAAAUAAAUAUUGAUCUUAAAAUGAAAAGUAAGCAUCUUUAGUCACUACAAACUAAAAAUGUCAUUUUGCUAUUGAAUUGGUAAUUAUAGAACUUUUUAAUGAUCUUUUCGAUUCAAAUUUUUCUCCACCAGAUUGAAACUAUUGACCGCCUGACAACGCUGACCAUCUAUAAAGCCCACCCUGAAGACACAGGCAUGAUAACCUGCCGGGCAAGGAACCAAGCUGGCACCACCGAGUGCUCUGCUGAGCUCUACGUGCAACGUAAGUCAUCAUCCUUGUACUAUUUCACACCCCUCGUACACAUUUACACAAUUGUACACAUUUUGUCUGUAACAUAUCUAAUGAAAGCUCAUCCCUUUCAGGUUUCUAAUGGCAUACCCGCUAUUUUUUUUUUUUUUUUUUUUUUUUUUUUUUUUAACCUGUAGUUUAAUUGAUUCAAAAUGUGUCAUUGCAAGAAUAUAAUUCUCAUUUUCUUUUACAUCUUAAACACUAUUAGAGGCUUUUUGUCCUGAAUGCCUUUACUCUUUUUAUUGAGAUAUGCAUUUACUGUUUGUCAGUAAUUAUCACAUGUGAAUUUAAAAUUUAAUGACUACCUUAACCAAUGAAUGUGUGAGUCCCAUCAAAAACUAACAAUUCAAUGCUGUACACAAUUAAUGCCAUGAAUGCAUACCUUUUAAAUCAUUAUUUGUUGAAAUCAAAUGUCUGCAUGACCAAAUUAUUUCACCUGGAUUGUUAUUUGCUUAACACAUAACGUAACUUAUUUAUCAAUGCCCUGUUAUGAUAAUAUACCCUGUAUUAAAAAUAUUAGAUACUGUGAAGUUGGUAGAUUUUAUUUUCAGAGCAUGAUCCUUGGUGUUUUUCUAAAUUGAAAUAUGUAAAAAAAUUAAAUGUUAACUCUUCAUUUUGUCAAAUGAAAUCAAUGUUUGAAUAUGUACGUUUGCUACUUGAUGAAAGAACAAAAUGAAUAGAUUAGAUUUGAUAACAAAUAGUCGAGCUGAUCUUAGCACUGCCAUCAAUGGAGAAUGGGAUGGAAGAAUGAGCGAGACGCGCUGACAGAAUCGAACCAGCUCAAGACUUCACAGCAUGGCUCUUCCAUAGCUUGAUUGACUUUAGCACUAUUUCCCUCGCAUGUUGAACUAUGAACCUCAACCCAUGGGACAGGUGAUGGUGCAUGUCAUUAACCUGACCUAGUGAGUAACCUGCUUUUGUAAAUUGCUCAUUAAAUUAUGCAGUUAUUUAAGACUGUAAAUAAUAAAUAAAAAUAAAGAAAGAUGAUUUAUUUUCUUUUAGGGCUAAUUCUUUUUGAUUUUCACUAUUACAUUCAUAUCAGAUAAUUAAAUGAAUAGACAAAUAGUAAAUUCUACCUUCAGGAAUGAAAUAAAAUAAUUACAGUUUCAACAUUUUCAAUUCUGCAGAUUUUUAAAUAUCCAGGAGUUAUAACAAAACAUAUUUUUUAUUCCCGCAUACAGUGUUUAUAGAAAUGAAAAACUAGAUUUAUUAAUAUAUUUUAAAUAUGAAAAGUCUGAAAAUAAUUAUCUAAGUACUAAAAUAACCAUAAAAUAUACAAUAGCCGUUAUAAACCACAGAAAUUGUAAUCUUUUUUGAAAGCUGUUUUUCAGAUUUAAAUUAAAAGGUAGAAUAAAUUCUAGGUAGUAUAGUAAAAUAUCUAUCGGAGUGCUCUAUCCCUGCAUGUCUGCUAACACAGAGUUUUCUUGAAGAAUCUCCUCAAUUAACAUAUUUUAAAAUCUAAAUGAGUAAUUUGAUACGAAUUUGAUUUGGGGGAAGGGGGCAUUUCAGUGCAUGUAUCCCAUUGUGUGAUUAACAUUCAGUUAUCAUCAUCUCUAGAAAUGGGUGUUUUAAGCAAAGGGAUCAUUUAAUUUAGCUUAUUCAGAUUGACAGUUUAGAAAUAAAGGGCACUGCACUGCAUUUACUCCAUCCUAGUUAUCCCCCUCUAAAUACACAGAAUAUGAUUCACAUCUCACAUUGCACAAAUGUAUUGUAUGGACCCAUCAAUUAACGAACAUUAUUGAAGUUUAUUGUAUUGAUGAGUUUUGUCAUUGUGGAUAUGUUGUCUAAUAAAUUGUACUUUAUUCAUAUACCCGAUUUUUGUCUUUAGUUGUGCAUUAGUUACACUUUUGAUCAGCCAUGGGUUGACCUGUCAAUUGCCCUAUUUACAGCGGAAGAAGAAACCAGGCAGCUCGCUAGACAGUUAAACAUCACUGUUGCUCAGAAACCUCCAGAGUUUAUCAAGCCAUUGUUACCAUACCAGGAAUACACUAUUGGACAAGUUGUCAGGUGGGUGGAGUAUACUUUAUUCUUGAAUUCUAUGAAAAUAGUAAAUGGAAAAGGUGUUCUUUCAAAUAGGGGAUUGCAUGCUGCUAGGUCUCAUAUUUAACACAUUGUUAUUUAACUGAAUGGUAUUUGAUUAGAUAUUAACUAGAUUCAGAAACUCACCAAAACAAUACUUUUUUUUUUUAAUUAAGUUUUUUUUAAAAUUUAAGCUUAAUAAGUUUUAAACUAUUUCAUCUUUUGGCUUGAUCAGUCUUGCUGGUUUUUGAUUGUGCACAUUUAUAAAUGAAAUGUAAACAGUUAAAUAGUUUUCCUUCUUACCCUGAGGCAUUCUGAGUGGGGCAUAUGCAAUUCACAAAUUCCCUCUAUUUCCAUCUGUUUUGAGCCACCCCUUCCACAUAAUUUUAAUUCUUCCCGGACUUAUUUCUUCUUCUUCUUCUUAUAUUUGAGGGGCCUACGAUCAAUUUGUUGAUCAUUCUGGCUCCUGGUUUAAAUUCAGAGUUUGCCUUCUCUUAGAUGGGUUGCCGUCCAAGGCUAGCGAGUCCCAUCCACCCGGGGUGCUUGGGAUGGCUUUGGUGGGGAUUGAACUCCGGACCACCGGCUUUUUGGUUUGAGACAGUUUAGACCGCUCGGCCACCCAGCACCCUGGGUGCUAUAUAUAUUUAUAUAGAUCUCUGUUGCCACGUUAAUGCCCCAGAGUCUGCCACUUUGUUAAAUAAUGCUAAUCAAUAAUUUUUGUUGUUGUCAGGCUGGAAGCUGAGAUCGUAGGCGAACCCCAACCCCGGGUCACCUGGUACAAAGACGGCAUUGAGAUCCAAGUCAAUGAACGCAUUAAGACCAUUCACGAUGAGCACAAAGCUGUCCUUAUCAUCAUUGACGUGUCACGUCAGGAUGAGGGAGAGUAUGUGCUCAAGGUUGAGAAUGAACUGGGAGAGAUCACAUGCAGGACAACUCUUAUUGUCAGAGGUAAUAUGUUUGGUCAUGUCUCCUCUGUAUGUCCAACAGGCUCAUUCAAUACAGUCAUGAAAUCUCUAUUUGAUAACUAUAUUUAUUUUAAUAGCUUCUACCUAACCUUUAUGUUUUAAAUGUUGAGGAAAUCUUUGUUGAAAAUUUUGUAUGUUAAAUGAUGAACCAAAAAAAUGUUUGUAGCCUUUUUAUUUUUAGUAAAGAAAGAAAAGAAUUGUGCUAAAAUCCAGAAACCUAUUGCUCUUGAAAUAAUAUCCAAUGUGAUAAAAAGAGGUAGAAAACAAAAAUAUUUCUAAAGAUGCAACUAAUUAAUAGGCAUCAACAUGGUAAUCCUGAUCAUUCAAAGUUAGAUCUCCUUAAUCUGUGCAAAAUUUGAUUAAAAUUGAUGUUUUCCCCACAUUUGCACUAUAAUUUUACAUCUUUUGAGCUCUGUCAUUCAUUCUUUUUACAAAGGCCGUGAGAAAGAAAUUGAAAUUCCAGGCAUGGACAUUGACCAAGUUAUGACCAUUACCAAAACAUUGACCACCAUACAACGGGAAGAACAUGUUGUACUCCAACAAGUCAAGCCUGUGUUUGUGGCACCUUUAGAGCCAGAGAUUUAUGUGAGAGAAAGAGGAAUUGCCAGGUAAACUCACUAUACUAGCUGAAAAUGGAAAAAAAAUUAAAACAGAUUUACAAAGACAUUUGUAAAAUCAACUUCUUUUAAAUGUAAUGUCUUGCUCUAACUAGGUGUUCCAAAGAUUUUUAGAUUUAAGGAGCCCAAGAAAAAAACCUGAUCCUAAAUACCGGCCUUUGUUUUACAGUUAAGAAUCAGAUGCGAAAAAAGUCUAAAAUUUCCUGAUGGAGCCUAACAAACUACGUGCAGCCUAAUGCUGUGGGACCACUGUUUGAAAACUCUGUUUUAACAAUCGAAGAUUUCUUUCAGUAUAUGUCCAGAAUACACUGUUGAUCCCCAAUAAAUUGGCUUUGUCCUUAUUAAAUCCUUUGAUUACCACCAGACUGGAGUGCCAGAUUGACUCGCACCCACCGCCUCUCGUCACCUGGUUUGUCAAUGGUAUGGAAGUGAAGCCAUCGCCUCAUUAUGAAAUUCGUUAUGAAGAUGGCAGGAGUAUCCUCCUUAUCAUUGAAGUUGGACCACUGGACACUGGAGAGUACACAUGUAAAGCUGUCUCUGAGCUUGGGGAGGCCAUUAGUUCUACCACUCUAUAUGUACAAGGUGAGUCUUCACAAUUUUAGAUAAGAGUUUUUGUUCCUGAAAUACAAAUAUACACAUCUUUAACUACAAUAAUAAUGUGGGGCUUUUGAUUGUAUGAAAUUAUUUUAUAAAAAAACAAGUGGUAUUUAUUCAUAGGAAUAUCAUCUUUUGAAAGUCUGCAUAACACAGUUCAAGGGAUUUUCUAUCAUCUGAUCCAAAUCACCUUAUUACAAGGAAAGCUAUUAACUUGACAAUGACCAUUGCAAAGAUAAAAGCUAAAAAUAGUGAUUUCUGACUUAAGAUAAAAUAAAGACCUAAUCUUAAAUGCAUCCCUUUUAAAACGUUUAGCUAACAUCAAGGUAGAGAGAGCUCACAACAUAUUAAGGUUGUUAAUCAUUUGUAAAACACUAGGCGAGGGUAAAUAGAUCAGGACAGUCUUACUGAAAUACAACAAACGGGGAGAUAUCAUGUAAAAAAACAAACGUUCUUUUUCUUUUCUCCACAGAGCCUGCUCAAGCUGAUAUCUUAAGGCCAGAAGACACGUCUUCCAUCUUGCCUUCUCCAUCACAAAUCCUCUCCCCGCCUGUGUUCCUUGACACCAUGAAAAACACAGAAGCUGUGGAUGGUCAAGAGCUUCAGCUGACCUGUCGUGUCAGUGGAACACCCAUGCCAACAGUUUCUUUCUUCCAUGACAGCAAGAACAUUGAUGACGAUGAGGAGUUUGUCAUCUCAUACAACCCUGAAACAGGAGAGGUACGUUCUGUCUUCCAGAAGCCUUGAAAACAAAUUGUUUCUAUUAACCUUGUAACUGUAGAACUUCAUUCAAUUACGAAAUUGGUCUUCAUAAUUACUGUGACGUGACAUACGUUGUCUAGGGGUCGGUCCCCUCUGUACUAGCCACAGAACAAUUUUACAAGGGUCUAGAACCCCUUUAUUUCCAGCUCCUACAGAGCUGACUCUUGCUCCAAGUAUCAACAAACAAUUCAGGGUUUCAGGUUUUCUUAUUUAUUGGCUAUGUGUGCCUAUAUGCCACUACACAAAACAGUUAAAGUUACACAAGUCCUCUUCCAUCCGUAGAAAAACUCACUGCCUUUUCACAAGACAAAAUCAUACACCAUAUCCACAGCACUCGGCACUGUUCACUCCUUAAAAACUCAACUCACACAUGUGGUUUUCCCCGACACAGCACACCGGUCAUACCUUGACCGAGAAAAAUAAAAACUCGUGGGGCACACGGGGAAAAUAAACUCACCCACGAUUGGUCAAAUUAACAUAUUAGAAGUUGACACAGAAAAAUUCAUGCGAUCUGACCGUGACAAUUACGAUUGAAAAAGACACAUUUUGAGCAGCCGUGUCUCUUUGAGACUAAUCUAAUAAAAAGAAUCUGAAAUAAACUUGAUCAAAUAAGUCUUGUCUAUGUUACAAGUAAUGUUAGAAAUGUAUCUCUUAGUUUAUUUAUUUGUACUGUCAUAUAUUUUAAAACUAUUUCUAUGCAGGUGAGCUUGAUCAUUGUGGAGGUGUUCCCUGAAGACCAGGGUCAGUACAUUUGUGUGGCCAAGAACCCUGCUGGUCAAGCCACCACCUCAGCUUAUCUUACAGUCCAGGAGGCUAAGGAGACAAGCUUGGAACUAGACAUGGAGCAACCUCAGGUAAUUUUCUUCGAAUUGGCAAUGUUUAUUAACAAAAAUGUAUAUAAACCUCUUAGAGAAAAGACCAAGACAUUCAAUUGUUUGAAAAUGUAUUUAAACCUCUUAAAAAGACAUUCCCAUGUUUGAAAAAUGUUGAAGAAAGAGUAACCAAUAUGUAAUACAUGGUUGUUCCCAACUACAAGAGAGGGUGUGCUCACCUUCAAUAAUUUACUUCAGGAUGAAGUGUUUCUUGUGGACACUUCUGCCCCACAGCAGAUUGAGUUUACCAUCAAGCCUCAGGAAGAUGGGACAAUGGAGGUUGAGCACCCUGAGGUCCAGGAAGAUUCUGUCAUUCCUGAUAUCAUAGAAAGACCAAAGGUAGCAAGAUAACCUAAUCACUAUCAUUAAAAUUUAGUCUGAACAUUUUAUUUUUAAAAAAUGUAUUUUUUAAAAAUUUGUGUCAAACUUUUAAAGACUUAUUGGGAAUGAAAUAAAAAUUGAGAUUUCAGAUUAUUGCAUCACAGUUUAAAUUUUUAAGGCAAUAGGUCAGCCUGUUAAACGGAAAUAUAAAUGAAAAUUUUCAAAGACCACACAAUGCAAUAAGAUAUCACCUAAUGAAACUCUUUAGUAAAUAAUAAUUUUGAGGUUUAUUUAAGUACAGUAAAAAUUAUGUUGCUUUUUUUCUCCACAUAGGUUGAACCAAUAGAUAAGGAAGAACCCAUGCAGGAAUCUCCCAUAUUUUCUCCCAUCCCAGACUCGGUCACGUCAGUGGCCGGGUCAUCAGACGCAUACUACACAGCACAGGAGGACGUUGAUGAGGAAAUCACUGAGGCCGCCAUCCAGCCCAAGACCAUUGAACGAGCCAAGCUGGUGGCCAUUGAGCCAGAGGAGUUAAUUUUUGAAUCUCCAGAGCGUGAGAUAUUGGUUCAGGACAUGGAGGAGGAGGAACGGGCUACACCGACUCCUCAGGAAGAGGUCAGUUGAAAGCAGACUGAAGAGCUUAGUUUAAACGUUGCAAUAAUUUCAGGGUGCCUCGCUUUUUGAGAUCUAUUAACUGUUGUUUACUGAGAUAACUGUCUUUGUAUUACUGAUAUCAAAAGAAUCUAGAGGCUAGUUUUUAAGUGCUGUAGAUUCAUAUAUAAUUGGUGUACUACAUAAUUCAUUAUUGCACAUAAACAAAAUGUUAGAAUAGAUUUUAUAUUUAAUACUAUUCUCACAGUAGGCAGUGGUUCUCAAUCCAUGCUCUGUGGAACACUGGUGCUCCUCAUAACCACUUCAGGUGUUCUGCGAAAAAAAUAAAUACACAAUUAAAAUUUGUUGAAAAAGAAAAAUCAACUCAGUUGGAAAUCAUUUUUGGAUGGGAUUGUAAUCUGCAAACGCGAAUGGCAAUUACAUUAAUUUGUCCAUUCACUGAUUGGUGUGCCUGUGCAGUUCACAUAUGGAUAAUGAGCAGUCUGAUUUGCAUUAAUUAUAUCAAUUCAAUUUUACGUGGAUAUGACAUCGGGCUGACUUGCUCAAUAUUAGUGUUACAAGACGCCGCCAAAGUUUAAAGUUGCGUGGAUAACAAACUGGUCUGUUGUGCUAAAAAAAUACAAUGUUCUUGCUUACUUAAAUACUGUCAAUAUUAGUAUGUAAAGAAACAAUGAAAAUAUUCUUACGUCGCCUGCCUAAUUAUUAUUUGCAAUGAAAAAAAUUAAAACUUUCACUAUGGCAGAGACAAGAAAGAGAAACAAACAUCGAAAUGUGCAGGAUACAAACAAGGCAAUCAUUUCUUUAAGAAUAAAAUAUUUAACAAUAUAAGAACAUUUUGAAACAAAAUUUCCAUGGUUAAACACUGAACAAUUUGAUUCGAUAAGAAAUCUGUUUGUUUCUUCUGAAUUUUUUAAAAAGUAAAAUAAUUUAAGUAAUUUUUAAAUAAAUAUGUUUGCAUCAAUCAAUAUCGGUAUAUUGGUCUUUUAUGAUAGUAACACUUUUAAACGGGUGGCUAACACUAAACACUAUUUUUUUGGGCUGAAAAUUUUUACAAUAAAACAUAAGCUUUAAGCAGGGGCAGCCAACCUUUUUGGAAUCAAGCGUGCCAUAUGUUUAUGAAAAUAACAAUACUGUAUCGUUAGUGUUCAGCGCAAAAAAUAAAAUAAAUCAGAGUUUAGUGUUCCCCGACUUCCAAAAGCUUGAGAACAACUUCCUUCAAAUAUUAAAAUAGACCACUCGGCUUAGCCUUCAAUGUUAACAACUUUCUCACUUGCCAGGUUGUUGAAGAAACUGUAGAAAAAGUGACUCAGGUGAAAGAGAUUGAGAUCCCAGUGCCCAAGGAGCAAGAAACAUUUGAGGUUGUCCUCCAGGAGGACACUACCACUGAGGAAAUUACCACCACAACUGAAGAAUUCACAUUUGUUGUCCAGGAAACUCCAGUGGAACAAAUUCAGGAAGUCAAACCCGAGGAUCCAGUUGAGGUAGAUGGUUUUUUUCACACAUUCCUUAUUUUCUCACAGAUCAUCUCAGUGUGAAACUGAGAAGGGGAGUAAAAAAUUGGUUUAAAUUAUAAUGGUUUUAAAAUAAAAUAAUUCAAAGAUCUGAAAAACUCUUGAAAUAUUUGAUCUUUAAACAGAUGAAGUAUGUUAUAUGUGUGGUCUUACCUUCUUCUACACAAAUUUGAAUUGCAUAGCUACAAUGGAAAUAAAGUUCCUUUCUUUUUUUUUUUUAUUAUUACUGGGAGUUGAUCCCUUGCACCUAAUUCUUUUUGAAAUAAUCCUAUUUUAUUGACUUAUUUGGGCUUGAUUUAAAAAUCUUUUUUAAGCUUAAUGUAAUUUUUAGAAUAAGAGACAAUUUAAGCUUGACCGCUUACAUCUCAAUGACCAACCUGUGGUUAAAGUCCACUAGUUUUAUCUGGAAUUAAAAACAUUUUGUCAUCAGCAAGUUUGCACACUAAAUGUUUCUUCCUCUUCUUGCAGGCAUUCAAAAUUGAUGUGGAUGUGACAGACACAGGCAUUCCUACACCCCCUGAUGCUGGUCCAAUGGAAGAAUCCACUGUAGAGGCUGUCUUUGGUACCAUUACCGAAGUGCAGGACCUAGAGCAACCACCACAGCAGAUGAUACCUGAGCAGGCACCAGAUGAAAUUUCCCCCGAAUUUGUGGAGAUGCUACAACCUCAGGUAAAAUCAGAGGCGUCAUGUAAUGUCUCAAUAGUUUACAUGCUGUUAUGUAAACUAUGUAGCAUUAAUUGUUAUUUGUUAACCUUGUGAUAUCAGUGUCUAUUAUAAUUUCAUGAUAAUGUGAAGGAGGACACGUAUACUUUUCUCACUGUUUGCUUUCUUUUUCCUCACAAUAGAGUGUCAGUUUUAUUGCUCCAAAAUCAUGAAUUCACAAUAACUACUUAUUACUGUGAUAGGCAUUUAUUUUUCCUAUAAAUCCGUCAGGUGGUCCAUGAUGGUGACAGUUUAGUUAUGACCUGUCGACUGAUAGGCUCCCCAACUCCUGUGGUCACAUGGUACAAAAACACCACUGAAAUCACCCCUGGGCCAGACAUUCGAUUGUAUUUUGAGCCUGAUACUGGCGUCUGCACCAUUGAGGUCGCAGAAGUCUUUCCAGAUGAUGCUGGAGAAAUUACAUGUCGUGCCCGCAAUCAGUUUGGUGAAGCUAUGACAUCAGCUACUCUUGUCAUUCAAGGUUAGUUAGUCGGAAUAUUGUUGUUUUUUUGUUUUUUUUCCACAUUAAAUCUCUUUUAUGGAUAACUCUCUUAUCGUUGAAAACAGCUUUUAGAAAUUUAAGCAAUUUACAUUUAGUAGUGCAUUAUAUUCUCUUAUUGUCUACAGAAACAGAAGAAUCAGAAAUCACCACAUCAGAAGAGACCAGCACCACAGAGACCAUAACAACCACAACCACCACUUUCCGCAUAGAGGAGGACAAAGACCUGGACACUGAGGUCAAGGUUGUUGAUGAGAAACAUGUGACAACCCUGGAAAUCUCCCCCAGGUUCAGCAAGCCCCUCCUGCCCUCAAUGCAAGUUGAUGAAGGAGGAACAGUAAGGUGAGAGCACCAUUAUGUCUGCAUUGAUGAGAUUUGGCAUGAGUGAUGUUAUGCUAUUGUUGGGUACCGUCUUACCCCAGUGCGAGUGAAAAGAUUAAAUUCAUUCAUUCAAUAUGCUUUCUGCUGCUUGAGCCUGAUAAAUGGGACUUCUAUCUAAUAGCUGUUUCUUUGGUAGCUGUCUGCAGAAAUGUGUUUCGAAUCUGCAGAUCUUUUUCUAUUGCUCUGUGCAAGAUUUCUUAGGUCUUCAAGAAUAUUGUUUUCACUUGGAUGUGAAAUGUUUCAGCCCUAAAAUGACAUGGCUAGGUGUUAGCCUUCCAAGGCCCGUUUGUGUUAUUUUGUUCUGAGAAUACGUUGGCUCUUUUUAGCUGCUCAUAUUAUUGACCUCACGAUGUCAGCUCCAUCAGCAGGACAUCUAAGUAAAGCCUGUAGCCAACAAGUAAUAGGAUUUCAAUAAAACUCUUUUUAGCAAUUUUUGAAAGUUCCUUCCUAAAUUUUAAUUAUACUUCGAUCAUAUUAUUAAAGUCUACAAAAAACAUCUAGAGGUAUCUCAUAAAAACUCAAGGACAUUAAAUAAGGAAACAGAAUCCAUUGUCUUUUUUUUUUUCCUUUACUAAUUUUACAUUGUUUCUCUAGACUUGAGGUUGAAGUUGAUGCACUCCCAGAGGCUACCAUCAGAUGGUACAAAAAUGAAGUCCAAAUCACACCCACCCAGCGUGUGGAGGUCACCAGGGAAAAGAAAACUCAUAUUCUCAUCAUAAUGGAUGUCCGUCCGGAGGACUCUGGAGAUUACAUCUGCGAGGCUGAGAAUGUUCUGGGCAGAACUGUUUGUAAAACAACCCUCACUGUCAAUCGUAAGUAGUCACACACACUUUUUUACCCCACACUUGUAUAUUUUUAUAGGCUAAAAUUAAAGACAAAUUUUCAUUUAAAUGAAAUGAUUCAUGAUGUUGAUUUUAAAAUUGAAAAAAAUUUCAUAACGAAGGAAAAAAAAUUCUACAAUUGAAAUAUCAUUUUAACACCAUUUGUUUGCACCACCUUUUGUUGACACGACAGUUGGUUAACACCACCAUUUUGUUUACACCACCAUUAGUUUAAUCCAGCAUUUGUUUAUGCCAACAUUUGCUUACACCAACAAUGUUUACACCACCAUUUGUUUACACCUCUAUUUGUUUACACAACCUACACAGCAAUCCAACGUAUGGAGAUUGAGAUAGAACCCGAUCAAAUGCCCAAAGAACAAGAAACCAAGCCAAAAGAGGAGUAUCUGUCUGAAACUCCCAGACCAGAAGAGAAGACCCCAUCUCAAACACCACAAGAGACAACUGCACCCGAGGAAACAGUAGAGGGACAAGCUCCCGUGUUCACAGAGAUUCUCAAGCCGCUGACUGUGAAGGACACAGAGAAAGUGGUUUUACGAGUCAGGUUCACAGGUGUGCCGACACCAACAAUCACCUGGUACUUUGACGGCAGCCCAAUCAAGCCCAGCACAGACUUUCAGAUAACAAUAGAUCUCCAGCGAGGGGAGAGCACUCUGAUUAUAGUAGAGGUAUUCCCCGAAGAUGAGGGUGAAUACACCUGUGUGGCUGUCAAUGACUUUGGAGAGUCCAUCACUACCUGCCGUCUAACAGUCAUCAGUGAGUAUGAUGUUUCAUUGAACUAAAUCAACUGGAUUUUAAAUGUUUGAAAUCUUUUUUGGAUUACACUAAAUGAGAAGUUGGUAGGGGAGAUAAAAAUGAACUGUAGCUAAUUUUAUACUUUGAUAUAGAACCAUAUAGAAGAGCUGGGAUCAAAAUUUAAAUAAAGAAACUUAUGAAAAUAGUUUGGUUUUAAAAUUGUUCUUCUUUACUCUAUCAGCUGUGUUCAAUUAUCUUUCACACUCUGAAGGAAAAAGUAUCUAGAUAUUAUCUUGUUAAGUAAGAACUGUAAGACGUUAAUUUGAAUCAUUUAUUGAAUAACAAAUCAAUGAGUCAUACACCUUACCAAGCUAUUGUUCCUGUAAACAGGUGAAGAAACUAUUGUGACAGAUGAAAUCCACAAGGAGAUGAUUGUCAUAGAUCACACCAGUGAUGAAGUUAUGGAAGGACCAGAGGAAACCAAAGUCAGAGAAGUUAUUGAAUACCAGGCACCGGCCCAACUCAAGCCUCAAACCCAGAGCUUUGAGAUCCACAUUGGGGUUCCUGUCCAGCCGGUGACAACCUCCACCACUGUCAUCUCAGAGACUUCAACCUACACCCAAGUGACCAAAGAGUUUAUUGAAGAAGUUCCCACUGUCAAAGAAGGUGCCUCCAGCCUCCAGACCACUACUAUCAGUAUGAGGAAAGAUGAGGAACUUGUCCCAGUAGAGCUGAGGAUUCAGGUCCCUGUCCAACCUUCAGGAGAGUUUCUGGACCACUACACUGAGGCAACACGCACAGUCACUCAGGAGAUCAAGUCCAUCCCCAUUUUUGAUACAUCUCUGCCCCAAGAGACCCACACUGAGACCAUUCAGAUAACUCAGCAGCAGCCAGAGCAUAUUGAAAUCCCAACAGUUUCUAGCACCACCACCACACAAAUAACAACACAAAUGGAAGCCACAAGGGCUUCAGCUCAAAGGAUUGAGGUUGAAAUACAUGAAACCACACUUCAAAGGGAACCACAACAGCAGGAAUUUCAGAUUUCCAUCGGAAAGGUCAGCCGGGCAGACAUAGAGAUCCCUGAAGUGAAAGGGACCCAAGCACCAAGGCCCACCGAAGAAAAAAUCAUAGAAAUUAGAAAGACCAUCACCAGAGAAACUAGAGUGAUUGAGAUUAAAAGGCCACAAGAAACACAGAAAGAAGAAAUCAAAAUGACAUUUGCUGUUUCAGGGCCCCAGCCAGAAGAAAUAAUACCCAUUCAAGACAUAGAGCUGAAAAAAUCAACCGAGGAGGUCAUUGAAACUCAACAAGCCGCUGUGGAUCUGACCAUUAUUUCAACCGAGGUGGAGAUUUCUAAGGAAAAGCCAGAAACAGAUGAGGCAGAGGUUGACAUGGAUGAGACUGAAGUCAAGGCUCCAUUUGAAGAAGUCAUUGAGACGGAAAGGGAAUCCAUCGAGAUGACAAUCACAACCACAGAAGUUGAAGAAAUCUCUGAGGACAAGAUGGAAGUCACGGAGGAAGAGAUUAAAGUGGAUCAGCCUGAGGUCCCUGUUGAAGAGGUUGUAGAGACUGUGACCGAGUCCACAGAGAUCAGCAUUGUACCCACAGGAGUAGAAACUGUUGCCAUUCAAGAGAAGCCAGAGAGUGCUGAGACAUUUGAAACAACCAUUGUAGUUGAUCAGACAACAAGCGUGACCUCUGAAGUGGACACAGCGGAGAUUGAGAUGGUGAUUCAGAUCCCAUCAGAAGUUGAAGUGGCCACUGAAGACAAACCUCAAGAGGUGGACAGACCCAUCGAUGAGACUGUCACGGAAACUACAGAGACGCUAGUUGUGUCUACAACAGAUUUGGAAACCGAGAAUGUUCCUGGGGAGCUCUCACAAGUUGAAUUUAUCAUCGAGGGAAAACAAGAAGAGCUUGUGGAGAGUAGACCUUCCGAGGUCGACACAGUUGUAGUAGGAGAAGAGACAACUUUGGUCCUGGAAACUCAGCAACCUUUGGUAGAGGAAGUAUCACAGGUCAAACCACUGGAAGAGGACAUCAUACAAGAAUCAACUUUGACCAUUGAUUUUGCCAAGCCUGAAGUCACCCAGACCUCUGAUGUCAGCUCAGAAGAAGUCACUUUUGAGGUCCAGAUGACAGAGGAAGCAGGCAUCAAGCCAACUGUCAUCGACACCGAAACUCAACAAAUAGAAACUACAGAAACUGAAGAGGUUUUGGAGCUUCACAAGGAAGAAAUAGAGUUUCAGAUCAAAGGAAAACCAAAACAAGCUGAGGAGGUUCAGUUUUCUAUUCAGCUUCAGCCAGAGCUGCCUGCUGAGAGAAUUGAGGUGGAAAUUCCUCAAGAAGUCCAGGAAUCAGAGAAAUUUGUUUCAGAUAUUGAAAUGACCAAAGAGGAAAGUGUAGUUGUGCCUGAAACCCACAGGGAAGAGCUCAGUUUUCAGAUCCAGGGCAAACCACAAGAGUUAGAAGAAAUGGCCAUCACUCUCCAGGUCAGAGAAGAUAAACCAGAAGAGAAUAUUCAGACCUUGUUAACAGAACAGGUAAAUUUUGAAGCUGUUUCAAAAUGAAUGCACAUAAAAAUCCUUGUUAUUUUUAGACACUUUAGAAUUUUGCUUUUACAAUUCUUUAAGCUUUUGUAUCUAACAGAAUUAGAUGAAGUUUUUAUAAUAAUUUCUGAGAUGGCACAUCCUGACCAAAAGCUGCUAUUUAACUGAGUGAUGUGGAGUUUGAUCAAAUACAAAAUGAUCUGAGACUCAAUGCUUUUAAAUUUCAGGCUUUACUUUUUGUAAGUGAUCUGCAAGGCAGAGCUCCAGAGUUUACCUGGGGCCUUAUGUCUCUUAAGGUUAUGGAUGGAGAGGAGGUGAAAUUUAGAUGUGAGGUAAGAAAAAAUUGUGGACAUCAUCAUUAAAUUAUUUAUCAGAGUUUCAUCUUUAUCUCUCUGUCCAUUAUGAUAAAUAGUCCAUUCUUAUAACUUUGUCGGUCAAUUAUGAUAAAUAGUCCUUACUAAUAACUCUGUUGGUCCAUUAUGAUAAAUAGUCCAUACUGAUAUCUCUGUUGGUCCAUUAUGAUAAAUAGUCCGUACUGAUAACUCUGUUGGUCCAUUAUGAUAAAUAGUCAAUACUGAUAACUCUGUUGGUCCAUUAUGAUACAUAGUCCAUACUGAUAACUAUGUUGGUCCAUUAUGAUACAUAGUCCAUACUGAUAACUCUGUUGGUCCAUUAUGAUACAUAGUCCAUACUGAUAACUCUGUUGGUCCAUUAUGAUAAAUAGUCCAUACUGAUAACUCUGUUGGUCCAUUAUGAUACAUAGUCCAUACUGAUAACUAUGUUGGUCCAUUAUGAUACAUAGUCCAUACUGAUAACUAUGUUGGUCCAUUAUGAUACAUAGUCCAUACUGAUAACUCUGUUGGUCCAUUAUGAUACAUAGUCCAUACUGAUAACUCUGUUGGUCCAUAAUGAUAAAAGUCCAUACUGAUAACUCUGUUGGUCCAUUUAGGAAAACAUCAUUAACGUUGAUUUAUGCCUGAUAAAAACAUUACUCAGUUUACAGCAACUGUUUGUCAUGAGUAUGGUGAACUUAAUGUCUGUCAUAGUCUAAUGAAAUACAAUAAAGUGUAUUAGAGUUAAAGCCAGGAAAUUCACAUCUUUUCAUUUGUCUGUUCUUGAGUCUUACAUCAAUGUAUUAAAAAGAGUGUAUUAAAAAGAGCAUUCAGUGUGAAAAAAGUGCACAUGACCUCAACUUAUUAACUUUGAUGCAGGUCAUUGGUGAACCCAUGCCAGAGAUAUCCUGGUACCAUGAUGACAAAAUCAUUACAGAAAACCAAGAUUUCAAUUUAACCUACGAUGUGGAGAGCGGGGCUUGUACGCUCCUCAUCGCUGAGGUUUUCCCCCAGGAUGCAGGAGAGUACAAGUGUGUAGCCAUAAACCCCUUCGGUGAAGCUGUCACAAGAGCAUAUCUAGAAGUGGAAUGUAAGUUGGCAGUAUUUCUUUUGCAUAAAAGGCGUACCGGUGGCUUAUGUAUUUCCUUUCCUUUAAAAGUUUAAGAAAAAUAUAUAGCGUAAGUAAAAAAUAAAUGAAUAAAAAAUGAAUUUGUUAUUUGAAAAAGUAAAUGUGUUUUUGCUAAAUUUUAAGAACAUUAAACAAACCGUUAUAAAGCUUUUAAUGGAUUGCAAUACAUAAACAUUAGUCUCUUGUUUAAGGCUCAUAUUUUAGAAAUAGAGACGGUCGAACACCUGCCAACUACCCAUAAAUGAAUUUAUUUAAUGAGGGUUGGGUGAGAAUAUGAGUUAAUAGUGAGACAUAAUCGUCUCCCACUUUUAUUUUUCAGCUUAUGAAUACAUGGCAGAUACUGAGGAGGCAUCUGAUUCCAUGAUGUCCUCUCUCGAACCUUCUUCCCCUAAGCCAACACCAGCUGACUCUGACACUGAGGUUGUCUCUCAUUCAAAGGAAUUUGUGGAAGAGGUUCAAAAAUUACAGGAGAAGUUUAAUGAGCUGACUGAAGGGGAAUAUGAAGCCCCAAGAGAGGAAUACUUUGAGACUCACCAAGCCCCUGAUACUGAAGUUGAACAGCCUGCCGAGUUGGAGCAGGUCAAUGAAAUUGUUGAAGAAGUGUCAGAUACUCUUGUUGAGGUCCAUGAAUCAGUUCCCACAACUGAAGAAGCUCUGGUUGAAGACACACAUUAUCAGGCUGAAGCACUUGUUGCUCAGCAGGAGGCUGAAAGUGCUGUGGAAACAGACACGACAAUGUCACUUGAUAAUGUAACUGAGCAACAUGAGAUCCCAGAACUUUCAGUAACAAAUCAAGAAGAAAAAACAAAGUAUGAGGUUAAUGUUGUUGAAGAAAUAAUCUCUCAGCCUGAAGUUACUGAUGUUACAGAGGCAACAUCUGAAGAUGUCCAACCUUCUGAAAUAACAGUACAGUUUGAGAAACCCUCUGAAGAACAACCAGACACAUACAAAACUGAAUUUGUUCAGGAAAUCAUUUCUCAAUCUGAGGUUACUGAUGUUACAGGGGAAACAUCUGAAGAUGUCCAACCUUCUGAAAUUACUGUACAAUUUGAGAAGCCCUCUGAAGAACAACCAGACACUUACAAAACUGAAUUUAUUGAAGAAAUCAUUUCUCAGCCUGAAGUUACUGAUGUUACAGAGGCAACAUCUGAAGAUGUCCAACCUUCUGAAAUUACUAUACAGUUUGAGAAACCCUCUGAAGAACAACCAGAUACAUACAAAACUGAAUUUGUUCAGGAAAUAAUUUCUCAAUCUGAGGUUACUGAUGUUACAGAGGAAACAUCUGAAGAUGUCCAACCUUCUGAAAUUACUGUACAAUUUGAGAAACCCUCUGAAGAACAACCAGACACAUACAAAACUGAAUUUGUUCAGGAAAUCAUUUCUCAAUCUGAGGCUACUGAUGUUACAGAGGAAACAUCUGAAGAUGUCCAACCUUCUGAAAUUACUGUACAAUUUGAGAAACCCUCUGAAGAACAACCAGACACAUACAAAACUGAAUUUGUUCAGGAAAUCAUUUCUCAAUCUGAGGUUACUGAUGUUACAGAGGAAACAUCUGAAGAUGUCCAACCUUCUGAAAUUACUGUACAAUUUGAGAAACCCUCUGAAGAACAACCAGACACAUACAAAACUGAAUUUGUUCAGGAAAUCAUUUCUCAAUCUGAGGUUACUGAUGUUACAGAGGAAACAUCUGAAGAUGUCCAACCUUCUGAAAUUACUGUACAAUUUGAGAAACCCGCUGAAGAACAACCAGACACAUACAAAACUGAAUUUGUUCAGGAAAUAAUUUCUCAACCUGAGGUUACUGAUGUUACUGAGGAAACAUCUGAAGAUGUCCAACCUUCUGAAAUAACUGUACAGUUUGAGAAACCCUCUGAAGACCAACCAGACACAUACAAAACUGAAUUUGUUCAGGAAAUCAUUUCUCAAGCUGAGGUUACUGAUGUUACAGAGGAAACAUCUGAAGAUGUCCAACCUUCUGAAAUUACUGUACAAUUUGAGAAACCCUCUGAAGAACAACCGGACAUAUACAAAACUGAAUUUAUUGAAGAAAUAAUUUCUCAGCCUGAAGUUACUGAUGUUUCUGAGGAAAUAUCUGAAGAUGUCCAACCUUCUGAAAUAACUGUACAGUUUGAGAAACCCUCUGAAGAACAACCAGAUACAUACAAAACUGAAUUUGUUGAAGAAAUAAUUUCUCAGCCUGAAGUUACUGAUGUAACAGAGGCAACAUCUGAAGAUGUCCAACCUUCUGAAAUUACUGUACAGUUUGAGAAACCCUCUGAAGAACAAACAGACACAUACAAAACUGAAUUUGUUCAGGAAAUCAUUUCUCAAUCUGAGGUUACUGAUGUUACAGAGGAAACAUCUGAAGAUGUCCAACCUUCUGAAAUAACUGCACAAUUUGAGAAACCCUCUGAAGAACAACCAGACACAUACAAAACUGAAUUUGUUCAGGAAAUAAUUUCUCAAUCUGAGGUUACUGAUGUUACAGAGGAAACAACUGAAGAUGUCCAACCCUCUGAAAUUACUGUACAAUUUGAGAAGCCCUCUGAAGAACAACCAGACACAUACAAAACUGAAUUUAUUGAAGAAAUCAUUUCUCAGCCUGAAGUUACUGAUGUUACAGAGGCAACAUCUGAAGAUGUCCAACCUUCUGAAAUUACUGUACAGUUUGAGAAACCCUCUGAAGAACAACCAGAUACAUACAAAACUGAAUUUGUUCAGGAAAUAAUUUCUCAAUCUGAGGUUGCUGAUGUUACAGAGGAAACAUCUGAAGAUGUCCAACCUUCUGAAAUUACUGUACAGUUUGAGAAACCCUCUGAAGAACAACCAGACACUUACAAAACUGAAUUUGUUGAAGAAAUAAUUUCUCAGCCUGAAGUUACUGAUGUUACAGAGGCAACAUCUGAAGAUGUCCAACCUUCUGAAAUUACUAUACAGUUUGAGAAACCCUCUGAAGAACAACCAGAUACAUACAAAACUGAAUUUGUUCAGGAAAUAAUUUCUCAAUCUGAGGUUACUGAUGUUACAGAGGAAACAUCUGAAGAUGUCCAACCUUCUGAAAUAACUGUACAGUUUGAGAAACCCUCUGAAGAACAACCAGACACAUACAAAACUGAAUUUGUUCAGGAAAUCAUUUCUCAAUCUGAGGUUACUGAUGUUACUGAGGAAACAUCUGAAGAUAUCCAACAUUCUGAAAUUACUGUACAGUUUGAGAAACCCUCUGAAGAACAACCAGACACAUACAAAACUGAAUUUGUUGAAGAAAUAAUUUCUCAAUCUGAGGUUACUGAUGUUACAGAGGAAACAUCUGAAGAUGUCCAACCUUCUGAAAUUACUGUACAAUUUGAGAAGCCCUCUGAAGAACAACCAGACACUUACAAAACUGAAUUUAUUGAAGAAAUAAUUUCUCAGCCUGAAGUUACUGAUGUUACUGGGGAAACAUCUGAGGAUGUCCAACCUUCUGAAAUAACUGUACAGUUUGAGAAACCCUCUGAAGAACAACCACACACUUACAAAACUGAAUUUGUUCAGGAAAUCAUUUCUCAGCCUGAAGUUACUGAUGUUUCUGAGGAAACACCUGAAGAUGUCCAACCUUCUGAAAUAACUGUACAGUUUGAGAAACCCUCUGAAGACCAACCAGACACUUACAAAACUGAAUUUGUUCAGGAAAUAAUUUCUCAGCCUGAAGUUACUGAUGUUUCUGAGGAAAUAUCUGAAGAUGUCCAACCUUCUGAAAUUACUGUACAGUUUGAGAAACCCUCUGAAGAACAACCAGACACAUACAAAACUGAAUUUGUACAGGAAAUCAUUUCUCAAUCUGAGGUUAUUGAUGUUACAGAGGAAACAUCUGAAGAUGUCCAACCUUCUGAAAUUACUGUACAAUUUGAGAAGCCCUCUGAAGAACAACCAGACACUUACAAAACUGAAUUUAUUGAAGAAAUAAUUUCUCAGCCUGAGGUUACUGAUGUUACAGUGGCAACAUCUGAAGAUGUCCAACCUUCUGAAAUUACUGUACAGUUUGAGAAACCCUCUGAAGAACAACCAGACACAUACAAAACUGAAUUUGUUCAGGAAAUCAUUUCUCAAUCUGAGGUUACUGAUGUUACAGAGGAAACAUCUGAAGAUGUCCAACCUUCUGAAAUUACUGUACAAUUUGAGAAACCCUCUGAAGAACAACCAGACACAUACAAAACUGAAUUUGUUCAGGAAAUCAUUUCUCAAUCUGAGGUUACUGAUGUUACAGAGGAAACAUCUGAAGAUGUCCAACCUUCUGAAAUUACUGUACAAUUUGAGAAACCCGCUGAAGAACAACCAGACACAUACAAAACUGAAUUUGUUCAGGAAAUAAUUUCUCAAUCUGAGGUUACUGAUGUUACUGAGGAAACAUCUGAAGAUGUCCAACCUUCUGAAAUAACUGUACAGUUUGAGAAACCCUCUGAAGAACAAACAGACACAUACAAAACUGAAUUUGUUCAGGAAAUCAUUUCUCAAUCUGAGGUUACUUAUGUUACAGAGGAAACAUCUGAAGAUGUCCAACCUUCUGAAAUUACUGUACAAUUUGAGAAACGCGCUGAAGAACAACCAGACACAUACAAAACUGAAUUUGUUCAGGAAAUCAUUUCUCAAUCUGAGGUUACUGAUGUUACAGAGGAAACAUCUGAAGAUGUCCAACCUUCUGAAAUUACUGUACAGUUUGAGAAACCCGCUGAAGAACAACCAGACACAUACAAAACUGAAUUUGUUCAGGAAAUCAUUUCUCAAUCUGAAGUUACUGAUGUUACAGAGGAAACAUCUGAAGAUGUCCAACCUUCUGAAAUUACUGUACAAUUUGAGAAGCCCUCUGAAGAACAACCAGACACAUACAAAACUGAAUUUAUUGAAGAAAUCAUUUCUCAGCCUGAAGUUACUGAUGUUACAGAGGCAACAUCUGAAGAUGUCCAACCUUCUGAAAUUACUGUACAGUUUGAGAAGCCCUCUGAAGAACAACCAGACACUUACAAAACUGAAUUUAUUGAAGAAACAAUUUCUCAGCCUGAAGUUACUGAUGUUACAGAGGCAACAUCUGAAGAUGUCCAACCUUCUGAAAUUACUGUACAGUUUGAGAAACCUUUUGAAGAACAACCAGACACAUACAACACUGAAUUUGUUCAGGAAAUAAUUUCUCAAUCUGAGGUUACUGAUGUUACUGAGGAAACAUCUGAAGAUGUCCAACCUUCUGAAAUAACUGUACAGUUUGAGAAACCCUCUGAAGAACAACCAGACACAUACAAAACUGAAUUUGUUCAGGAAAUCAUUUCUCAAUCUGAGGUUACUGAUGUUACAGAGGAAACAUCUGAAGAUGUCCAACCUUCUGAAAUUACUGUACAAUUUGAGAAACCCUCUGAAGAACAACCAGACACAUACAAAACUGAAUUUGUUCAGGAAAUCAUUUCUCAAUCUGAGGUUACUGAUGUUACAGAGGAAACAUCUGAAGAUGUCCAACCUUCUGAAAUUACUGUACAAUUUGAGAAGCCCUCUGAAGAACAACCAGACACUUACAAAACUGAAUUUAUUGAAGAAAUAAUUACUCAGCCUGAAGUUACUGAUGUUACAGAGGCAACAUCUGAAGAUGUCCAACCUUCCGAAAUUACUGUACAUUUUGAGAAACCCUCUGAAGAGCAUCCAGACACAUACAAAACUGAAUUUGUUCAGGAAAUCAUUUCUCAAUCUGAAGUUACUGAUGUAUCCAUUGAAAUUUUACAGGAUACAAAAGAAAGAGAGGUGUCUUUGGAAUUUAAGACCACAGUUGUUUCAAAACCUGUGGAAACAAUUAGUGAUGUUUCUUUUGAGAUUUCUCAAGAGCCUCUAGUUCAAGACAUUGACCAGCUUGAUAGUACUGAGGCCAAAGUGGUUUUAGAAGAAUUUGCAGAAGAGUUAGCAAAGAAAGUAAUAGCUGAUUUGCAAGAAAUUGAGCCCAAAGAGGUGGAUAUUUUCCCAGAGGAAGUUCCAAAAGUAGAAGAGGAACAACCAGAAGUUCCUGAAGAGGUUAGUGUUUAAAAAUAUAAAGUAUCUAAAGCACCGUUUUUUAUUUGACCAGGCCUUAAAAAAGUUUUUUUUGUAAAAUCUCUUUAACCGAAAUUAUUUAAUUGUUAUGAACAAAUUGAAAUAGCCGGUGAAAAGUAAAAUUAUAAAAUUAUAACUUUCUGAGAAAUACAUUGACAUACUUUACUGCAAUUAUUAAUACCUACUGGUAAGUCAAUUUCAUGGAGUAAUGCCGCUUGUUUUGUGUCUCCUUAUUGAUCAAAUUCUCACACUUUGAUUAGGCAUUUUUCUUUUGAUUAAUAAUUACAUGAAAAUUUUGAAGAUAGAAACAAUAUUGCAACAUUGAGGUUUUUGGAACAGGUGGAGCAUCCAGAAGCCCCAAGAUUCAUUACAACACUGUCAGACAUUACCAUCAUGGAAAACACACCCAUGGUCCUGGAGGUCAACUACACAGGCUUCCCCAUGCCUAAAGUGACCUGGUUUGUGGAUGAUGAGGAAAUUAUUCCUGCUGAUGACCUUGACAUUGUGACUGAGACUAACAGGACUGUCUUGACAAUAUCUGAAGUGUACUCUGAUGACGAGGGCGAAUACAAGGUGGAGCUCACCAAUGAUGUCGGCCGAUGUACUAGCACCGCCUACAUCACAGUUAUAUGUAAGUACACCAACAAUUUCUUUUUUAUUUCCCCACUCAGUGUUGUCACAGCUUGGUUUAUAGACAUAUAGAACUAUGCUGCGCUAACAAAUUAAAUGAGGCAACACAAAGUUUAUAGUUAAAAAUAAUAUCAAACUUAUUUUCAGUUAUAACAUACUUGUCAAUAUCCACAAAAAAAAUUGAUUUCCAUGGCAGUGAAUGCUCUAGAACAGUGGUUCCCAAUCUUUUUGAAUCGUUGGGCCCUUUUUAGAGUUAAUUUUUAUGGGGGAGCCCCUUAGCCUUGUCUAUAUCUUAUAUUGAAUUAAGAAUUUACUGGAGCCCUCAGACUUGCACUGUUAUAGAAUGUGCCAAUGAAUGUGUUUAUUUUUCCCUGUUCUGCUUAAACUAAAGCAAUGUAGAUUUCAUGAAUGCCAGAGUGAAAGAAGUAUUCUUCUAAGGUGUUGAUUUGGAAUUUUUUGCAAAGCUUCAAGCUGGUUUUAUUUGAAUCACUUUUUCACUUUCAAAUCUUGAAAUGCACUUGGGCUGAACACUUCAGUGCUUAUGUACAACUUUUUUUUCCCCUCAUCUCAAGCACCAUCAGUUUUUCCACACAUAAGGAUUGCUGAGCUGUUCACACAACUAUAAUGAAUUCUUGUUUGAUUUUGCUUUUGCACAUAUUUUCUUUACACAUGGAGAUACCUGUUCAAUUAUUAUUAUUUUUAUUAUUUUUAAAUAAUCCAUGAAAAUUUCAUCAAACUAUCACCAUUUCACUUGGCAGCUUUGUUUCAUGAAAUGCUGCAAAUUUUUAGAUGUGCUUUCCCAUCGCGAAUGUUGGUGUUGUAUGCUUCGAUCAGCUGCGGUAUGUUAUCUCCGUUCCGGCGCCAUUUCGUUUCUCGCCUUUAAAAAUAAAAUGACAAGACACUCGCAAAAAAAAGAAAGGUGAAUUAUUAUUAUUUUUUUUUUUUUGCUUUCAAAUUCCUGUCCCUGUCUUGUCAACUUUUUGACAUUAUAAUUGCUUAUGGUGCCUAGUGUAAUCCUUGUUCCUAGACCUGACCUUAAAGAGGUAAUACUUGCUUUUGCCAUUAAUUUUAUUCUAAUCAAGUUAUAAUCAAUUAACAUUUAGUCCUCCCAAAGACAAUGUGUAUGCUCAUCCUUUGACCACAACAUCAAAGCAAAAUUCUGCAAGGCCUUAUAUCAUAAUACACCCUUUGACCUAAGCCAAAAGCUCAACUUUUGCCAGAAGGGUAUAGCAUUCUAUAUAUUAAGAGAAAAACCUCUUGAACAUCUCUUGAUAUAAAGAAUGUAGGUAAAAAUCACUUGCAUAAAGAAAUUGACUGUGGUCUAUGUAAUUAAUAGUUGUAUCCAUUAUCUACUUACCCUUUUUACCUCCUCCUUGCUAGUGCCUCUUAAUUAAAAGUAAAUGGCAAGUAUAGACAAAUUUAUGAAGUUUUCAAAAUGUAAAUGUAUUCAUUAAUUUGUUUUAAAAGUUGAUUCAAUCAGGCUAACAAAUGAGACCAAAGUUUCAAAAAAUGAAUGUUUAAAAUUAUUCAUCUUGCAUGUAAAAUAUUACUUGCUGGUAAGGAGUUGCAUAAAUAAUAUUAUAUUAAUUUAUUACUUUAGAGCUAAAAUGCAACAAUGUAUAACACAUAUAUUCAUUUACCAAUAGAAAGCAGUUACAUGGUCAUUAAUGUUAAAUGUGAACUUCAUUUAUCAAUUAUUAUGAACAUGUUGAAAGAAUAGAACAAUAAACUUUUAAUAUGGAGUGCAUUCUUUUUGCAGUCAGAUUAAUAUGAUUUUAAAACUAAUUUUUAGGCCUAUAUUAAAGGCCAAACAAUCUUUUUAAAUAAUUAAAAGAUCAAAGUUAUUAUUGAGUGUCUCAUCUGUAAACUUUCAAAGUUAUUUUGAUUUUUAGUGAAUUUUAAAAAAAACUGACUUGUUAUAAAAAAAAUAUUUAAAUUUAGAGGCUACAAAUCAAUUUCAUUUAAUUAAAUAAGGUAUUAAAAGAAUAUGUUGACCAUGUAAUUGAUGUUCUCCUGUGCCAGGGUUGUUUUCAUUGUAAGAUUCAGGCAGAUUCAGAUUCUAUUGAUCUGUCAGAGAAGUUUUCUUAUUUUUAUGAAAAUUGUAUCACCAGUUGUCCUUCUUAACUGUGUCUUCUUAGCCCAUUGGAUAAGGCAACCCUGGCAAGCAUGAAAAUAUAUUCCAAGUUAACAAUUACUCAGUAAUGACAUACCAUUUAUUAAUGAGUCUCUUUUUAUUUUUUAAUUGUCCAAGUCGGGGAAAUGAAUGUUCUUGUAAUAUUUCACACAAGAUUUCUUGUUUUAGAUCAUGCUAGAUUCCUAGUAUUGCAGUAUGCGCCAAAAGUAGCAGUACUGAAACUGCAUGCAUGCUUGCAUUUGUCAACUGUGCAUAGCUUCAGCCGCCUUGUGUUCCCUGAGGUGUCAAGAAAGUUGGAAAUGUGUGUCUCUAUGGAGGAAAACAAUGUCAAAUUUGACCAUCAUUUUCACUCAUACAUUAGCGAUUAAAUAAUUAUGAAAGGGGAUCAUGUUUGGAAAAAGGGGGAAGAACAAUUCCAAGAAAGAUUUAAUAAAUAAAUAAAUAAAUAAAUUUAAUAAAUUAAAAAGUAACAGUUAUGCUUUCCAUUGUUAGGAACUUUGUUAAGGAAGUGUAUUGUGUCCAUUAUGGAAGGGGAAGUCCGAGAGACCUUUAAUUUUUUUAGAUAAUGAUAAUCAUGAUUGUGUUUGUCCCUAUGAAAUCUAUGAGGAACAUUCUUCAAACUGAACAUCAGCCAUAUGUUAGUUUGUCACUUGUUUAUACAUAGGUGUAUUUUUGAACCUGAUAUAGGUUGCAAAUGCUUGGCGGAGCCAGUUAUGUGAGCCAGGAUGAUGCGUUGGGGAAAUUUCUGGCUAUGGUGUUCGAGGUUCAAGAUUAUUUUAGGAAUGAGUGAUUUUCUGUUAUCACAUUCAUUAACAUGUCGAUCAGACUGUCCCUUCUGUUUAUAGAGUACCUUUCCAGAAUAUAAUUGCUUGGGGCCUUUAAAAAAAAAAUCUUUCUCCUAAUUGCUGUUCACAUUUUUAUAAAACUUGGUCACACUUUAAUUUAACUAAAGUAUGAGCAAAAAUAUUACUCAACUAUGAAAAUUUUAUCUUUUGGGGAGAGAUCCAUUAUGAACUUAAAAUACCAAACAUAUAACCCUUUUCACAUCUAUGGACACGUGGUAGCUGGACCUAUGCACCAUUGACAAACGCAAGUACGCAUUCAAGAUGCAAUGAUUUCAGUACCUCUAGUUUUGUUGCAUGCUGUACAUCUCAUAAGAUAUACAUCAGAGUUAUACAUUUAUAUAAAUAUGUUGAUUUUUCUCCCCAUAUUACUUAUUUAUGUCCUUUUUAACAAAAAUGUCACUUCCAUUUUUCCUUGCCUGAUUCCAGUUUAAAUAGAAUUAGCAAAGAGGGUUGCUCACAAGAUUUAAAAUUAGAUCCUUAUAUUUGUAUAUUAGAUUUAUCUUUAGAUUACACCACAGUCUGCUUUAAUAGUGUGCCACUUUUCAUUGAGGAUUUGGAAAAUUGCAUUGACACAUUGUAAAGUUGCGUUGAGAUUUAUUAUGACUAUUUCCUCCAUUUUAAUCUUGGAUACUCAUUUCAAUCUCCAGGCAAACAGUUUAUGUAGACAUGCGCUGUACAAAACUCUCAAAUAACAAUCUGAAAAGAAAAUAUUUGAUGUUGUGUUAACUUUUUUCUAAUUUUAAAAUGAAUAAUAUUAAGUGUGUACAUAUUAAUGAAUUGAAAUAUUCUUUAAUAAUACAAGCCAAGUACACAAUCCAUCAAUGCAGCAUUGAAACAUGUUUAAUCUUUUGCAGUCUCAGUAAAUAAUAAUAAUAAUAAUAAAGUUGAUUUCAAAAAUGCACCCCCCCCCCAUUGACACCCCUGUUUGUAUUUCCCAAUUCUUCUUUCCUUAAAGAUAUCUCCAAAUUUCAUACAAAUGUUUUUUUUUCCAUAGCCCAACCUUAUUUCAAAUAUAAGACUUGUGUUAAUGAAAUCAAUCCUUAUAUCCUGUCACCACCUCCUGUAAUCCAUUCAAUGAUGGAGUGCUGAUCUUGUUUACCCUGGUGUUGCCAUACUUAAGAACAAAAAUAUUAAUUACUAAUGUUCUAUAGUCAAUUUUGUCAGUUGCAGUUUCUUUACAAUAAAAUAUUUUUAAUAACUUUACAUCUUGUUACUACUUAUUAAAUUAUGCUUCUCCACUUCUUAUGAUUAAAUAUCAUUUAAGUAAAUGAUAAUUUAAAGAAAAAGAGUAUUUCAAUAAUUGCACAAACAGGCUCAUCAUUUUUAUAUUAAAGUUAAAUAUGUCACUAACUGAUCACAUAAGCAGUUAAAAAAAAAAUAAUUACUAAAUUUAAUUAUUUAAUUUUAAAAUUUAAAAAAAAAAUGUUUAAGUUUGUUUUUCUUAUAAUCGUGAAUUUCAUGUAAGCCAUUAAUGAAAUGCAUUAAAAGGCAGCUGCACUUUUUUUUCUCCCACUUCUGCUUUGCUGCUCAUUAGAUCCCAUUUAAUAAAACAUCUGAAAAUUGUAAUAAUUUAAAUGUUAACACCAAAAAAAAAAAAAAAAGUAAGUUUUAAUGAAGUUUUAUGCAUAUAUAUAUUUCUUCCACUUUAAAAAGGUUUUGUUUAUCAUUAAUGAAAUUCAUUAAAAGGCAGCUGCAUUUUUUUUUUCCCCCCUUCUGCUUUGCUGCUCAUUAGAUCCCAUUUAAAAAAAAAUCUGAAAAUUGUAAAAAUUUAAAUUUUAACACCAAAAAAAAAAAAAAAAGUAAGUUUUAAUGAAGUUUUAUGCAUAUAUAUAUUUCUUCCACUUUAAAAAGGUUUUGUUUAAGUUUAUGCUUAAUUUUUUUUCUUUAGACAAUACUAUACAAGCAUCAAUAUAAUCAUUUUAUUACCUUGAUAAAUUAGAUUAUUUUAAGGUCACAUUAACGAUUCAUUUAUUUUUUUUCUUUGUUGCCUUUAAAACAGCCAGCUCAACUACUACAGAAGAACAGACAAUCUUCAGGGAGGAAAUCACCCUUGCACCUCAAGGACCAACUAUAGAAUGCGAGCUACCUGCUCCUCAGGAUAUUUUAGAAACUGAAAUAACUGAAACAUUCCAGGUAACACGUAAACAGGUUAUCAGUGAACUUGAAGUACCCACAGUUGAGUCAGAGGUUCCUGCGCCAAAGGAAGUGACAGAGGUUGAGAUAAAACCAAUUUUGAAGCUUCAGAAAUUUCCAGAGGAAAGUUUCACAGAGGAGUUGGUGAUAGGACCGAAGCCUCAGAAAUCUGAGGUCACAUUUGACAUCAAGAGGGAGAAGAUCUUCCAAGAAACACUGGAGAUUAAUCAGCAGCUGGACACAUCGGUUGAAGGGACAGAUAGAUUUACUCAAGAAAUUAGUUUCAACAUUGGUAAGAAACAGCCUGAAUAUAAUGAGAUUCAGUUUCAGAUUGAAACCAAACAGCAAGCAACAACUCUUCAGGAGAUCUCAUUUGAUGUGACACAAGAGGACAGGUUGAAGGAAACUCUUCAUAUUGAUGAGGAGUUUAUCUCAGAAGUAUCACAGGUACAACAGUUCAAGGAAGAAAUUUCACUUGACAUUUCUAAACAGCAGAGAAAGGUAACUGAAAUUCAGCUGGAUUUUGGAGUAUGGAGGCCAACGGAAUUCAAGGAAGAAAUCACAGUGCACUCUGAAACAGUUCAGCAGGAGGAAAUAACUGAAGUUGAGCAGGAAAUGGUUACAGAAAAGCCAACAGAGGAGAAAAUCAUAGAAGAAAAAGAUGUGAUUGUGGUUGAAUUGGGCAAAGCAAUAGACAUAGAAAGGGUUGAAGAGUCUGUUGAAGAAACCCAGGAAUUUGCAAUAGACCAGCCUCAAGAGGAAAUUAUUGAAGUCUCAAAAGAAACAAUUCAUGUGGAGAGAGAGAGGCCUAAGAAAAAAGAUGAAAUAGUUGAAGAAGCUGAUGACGCAUUGUAUAGAGAAACAGUUGAGAUUGACAUUGGGACUACCAAGGUUGAAGAAAUUGAAACACACAAGGAAACUAUCUUAGUGGAAUUUCAAAAACCUCAGGAAGUGGAACAGUCAAGUGAGCUCUCUGAAAUCUCUACUACUAUUGAUAGCCCUCAAGGGAUUCAACUUGAGAGGCCCAAAAUUGAAAUUAUAGAGGAAGAAAGAGGAAUUAUUGUUGUUGACUUCAAAAAGCCCCAGGAAGUUACAGAGUUGACUGAACAAAUAGAAGUUCCAGUGGAUGAAGAAAAAGAUGUUGAAAUUGAUCAGCCCACAGAGGAAACACUUGAAGUUAUCAAAGAGACCAUUACUGUUGAAAAGGAGAAACCUCAAGAAGUGGAAGAAGUUGUUGAAGAAGUAGAAACAACUACUUAUGAAGAAACUAUUGAAUUUGAUAUCAAACAGACCAAAGAAGAAGAUAUAGUUUUUGAAAAGGAGAGCAUCACUCUUGAAUUUGAGAAGCCUCAAGAAGUAGAGGAAGUUGUUGAAGAAGUAGAUACAACUACCUACCAAGAAACUAUUGAAUUUGAUAUCAAACAGACCAGAGAAGAAGAAGAAAUUGAAGUUCAGAAAGAAACCAUUACAGUGGAAUUUGAGAAACCACAAGAGGUUGAAACAGUAUCUGAAACCACUAGUGUUUUGACAACUGAAGAAACUCAGGAAGUUGAAAUUGACCAACCCAAAGAGGAAAUAAUUGAGGAAGAGAGAAGUACCAUUGUCAUUGACUUUGAGAAACCACAAGAGGUUGAGGAAGUUGAAGAAGAAAUUGAAGCACCAAUUAUUGAAGAAAGCAAAGAUGUUGAAGUUGAUCAACCAACUGAAGAUACAAUUGAAGUUGUCAAAGAGACCAUUACUGUUGAAAAGGAGAAACCUCAAGAAGUGGAAGAAGUUGUUGAAGAAGUAGAAACAACUACUUAUGAAGAAACUAUUGAAUUUGAUAUCAAACAGACCAAAGAAGAAGAUAUAGUUUUUGAAAAGGAGAGCAUCACUCUUGAAUUUGAGAAGCCUCAAGAAGUAGAGGAAGUUGUUGAAGAAGUAGAUACAACUACCUACCAAGAAACUAUUGAAUUUGAUAUCAAACAGACCAGAGAAGAAGAAGAAAUUGAAGUUCAGAAAGAAACCAUUACAGUGGAAUUUGAGAAACCACAAGAGGUUGAAACAGUAUCUGAAACCACUAGUGUUUUGACAACUGAAGAAACUCAGGAAGUUGAAAUUGACCAACCCAAAGAGGAAAUAAUUGAGGAAGAGAGAAGUACCAUUGUCAUUGACUUUGAGAAACCACAAGAGGUUGAGGAAGUUGAAGAAGAAAUUGAAGCACCAAUUAUUGAAGAAAGCAAAGAUGUUGAAGUUGAUCAACCAACUGAAGAUACAAUUGAAGUUGUCAAAGAGACCAUUACUGUUGAAAAGGAGAAACCUCAAGAAGUGGAAGAAGUUGUUGAAGAAGUAGAAACAACUACUUAUGAAGAAACUAUUGAAUUUGAUAUCAAGCAGACCAAAGAAGAAGAUAUAGUUUUUGAAAAGGAGAGCAUCACUCUUGAAUUUGAGAAGCCUCAAGAAGUAGAGGAAGUUGUUGAAGAAGUAGAUACAACUACCUACCAAGAAACUAUUGAAUUUGAUAUCAAACAGACCAGAGAAGAAGAAGAAAUUGAAGUUCAGAAAGAAACCAUUACAGUGGAAUUUGAGAAACCACAAGAGGUUGAAACAGUAUCUGAAACCACUAGUGUUUUGACAACUGAAGAAACUCAGGAAGUUGAAAUUGACCAACCCAAAGAGGAAAUAAUUGAGGAAGAGAGAAGUACCAUUGUCAUUGACUUUGAGAAACCACAAGAGGUUGAGGAAGUUGAAGAAGAAAUUGAAGCACCAAUUAUUGAAGAAAGCAAAGAUGUUGAAGUUGAUCAACCAACUGAAGAUACAAUUGAAGUUGUCAAAGAGACCAUUACUGUUGAAAAGGAGAAACCUCAAGAAGUGGAAGAAGUUGUUGAAGAAGUAGAAACAACUACUUAUGAAGAAACUAUUGAAUUUGAUAUCAAGCAGACCAAAGAAGAAGAUAUAGUUUUUGAAAAGGAGAGCAUCACUCUUGAAUUUGAGAAGCCUCAAGAAGUAGAGGAAGUUGUUGAAGAAGUAGAUACAACUACCUACCAAGAAACUAUUGAAUUUGAUAUCAAACAGACCAGAGAAGAAGAAGAAAUUGAAGUUCAGAAAGAAACCAUUACAGUGGAAUUUGAGAAACCACAAGAGGUUGAAACAGUAUCUGAAACCACUAGUGUUUUGACAACUGAAGAAACUCAGGAAGUUGAAAUUGACCAACCCAAAGAGGAAAUAAUUGAGGAAGAGAGAAGUACCAUUGUCAUUGACUUUGAGAAACCACAAGAGGUUGAGGAAGUUGAAGAAGAAAUUGAAGCACCAAUUAUUGAAGAAAGCAAAGAUGUUGAAGUUGAUCAACCAACUGAAGAUACAAUUGAAGUUGUCAAAGAGACCAUUACUGUUGAAAAGGAGAAACCUCAAGAAGUGGAAGAAGUUGUUGAAGAAGUAGAAACAACUACUUAUGAAGAAACUAUUGAAUUUGAUAUCAAGCAGACCAAAGAAGAAGAUAUAGUUUUUGAAAAGGAGAGCAUCACUCUUGAAUUUGAGAAGCCUCAAGAAGUAGAGGAAGUUGUUGAAGAAGUAGAUACAACUACCUACCAAGAAACUAUUGAAUUUGAUAUCAAACAGACCAGAGAAGAAGAAGAAAUUGAAGUUCAGAAAGAAACCAUUACAGUGGAAUUUGAGAAACCACAAGAGGUUGAAACAGUAUCUGAAACCACUAGUGUUUUGACAACUGAAGAAACUCAGGAAGUUGAAAUUGACCAACCCAAAGAGGAAAUAAUUGAGGAAGAGAGAAGUACCAUUGUCAUUGACUUUGAGAAACCACAAGAGGUUGAGGAAGUUGAAGAAGAAAUGGAAGCACCAAUUAUUGAAGAAAGCAAAGAUGUUGAAGUUGAUCAACCAACUGAAGAUACAAUUGAAGUUGUCAAAGAGACUAUUACUGUUGAAAAGGAGAAACCUCAAGAAGUGGAAGAAGUUGUUGAAGAAGUAGAAACAACUACUUAUGAAGAAACUAUUGAAUUUGAUAUCAAACAGACCAAAGAAGAAGAUAUAGUUUUUGAAAAGGAGAGCAUCACUCUUGAAUUUGAGAAGCCUCAAGAAGUAGAGGAAGUUGUUGAAGAAGUAGAUACAACUACCUACCAAGAAACUAUUGAAUUUGAUAUCAAAAGGACCAGAGAAGAAGAAGAAAUUGAAGUUCAGAAAGAAACCAUUACAGUGGAAUUUGAGAAACCGCAAGAGGUUGAAACAGUAUCUGAAACCACUAGUGUUUUGACAAUUGAAGAAACUCAGGAAGUUGAAAUCGACCAACCCAAAGAGGAAAUAAUUGAGGAAGAGAGAAGUACCAUUGUCAUUGACUUUGAGAAACCACAAGAGGUUGAGGAAUUUGAAGAAGAAAUUGAAGCACCAAUUAUUGAAGAAAGCAAAGAUGUUGAAGUUGAUCAACCAACUGAAGAUACAAUUGAAGUUGUCAAAGAGACCAUUACUGUUGAAAAGGAGAAACCUCAAGAAGUGGAAGAAGUUGUUGAAGAAGUAGAAACAACUACUUAUGAAGAAACUAUUGAAUUUGAUAUCAAACAGACCAGAGAAGAAGAAGAAAUUGAAGUUCAGAAAGAAACCAUUACAGUGGAAUUUGAGAAACCACAAGAGGUUGAAACAGUAUCUGAAACCACUAGUGUUUUGACAACUGAAGAAACUCAGGAAGUUGAAAUUGACCAACCCAAAGAGGAAAUAAUUGAGGAAGAGAGAAGUACCAUUGUCAUUGACUUUGAGAAACCACAAGAGGUUGAGGAAGUUGAAGAAGAAAUUGAAGCACCAAUUAUUGAAGAAAGCAAAGAUGUUGAAGUUGAUCAACCAACUGAAGAUACAAUUGAAGUUGUCAAAGAGACCAUUACUGUUGAAAAGGAGAAACCUCAAGAAGUGGAAGAAGUUGUUGAAGAAGUAGAAACAACUACUUAUGAAGAAACUAUUGAAUUUGAUAUCAAACAGACCAAAGAAGAAGAUAUAGUUUUUGAAAAGGAGAGCAUCACUCUUGAAUUUGAGAAGCCUCAAGAAGUAGAGGAAGUUGUUGAAGAAGUAGAUACAACUACCUACCAAGAAACUAUUGAAUUUGAUAUCAAACAGACCAGAGAAGAAGAAGAAAUUGAAGUUCAGAAAGAAACCAUUACAGUGGAAUUUGAGAAACCACAAGAGGUUGAAACAGUAUCUGAAACCACUAGUGUUUUGACAACUGAAGAAACUCAGGAAGUUGAAAUUGACCAACCCAAAGAGGAAAUAAUUGAGGAAGAGAGAAGUACCAUUGUCAUUGACUUUGAGAAACCACAAGAGGUUGAGGAAGUUGAAGAAGAAAUUGAAGCACCAAUUAUUGAAGAAAGCAAAGAUGUUGAAGUUGAUCAACCAACUGAAGAUACAAUUGAAGUUGUCAAAGAGACCAUUACUGUUGAAAAGGAGAAACCUCAAGAAGUGGAAGAAGUUGUUGAAGAAGUAGAAACAACUACUUAUGAAGAAACUAUUGAAUUUGAUAUCAAACAGACCAAAGAAGAAGAUAUAGUUUUUGAAAAGGAGAGCAUCACUCUUGAAUUUGAGAAGCCUCAAGAAGUAGAGGAAGUUGUUGAAGAAGUAGAUACAACUACCUACCAAGAAACUAUUGAAUUUGAUAUCAAAAGGACCAGAGAAGAAGAAGAAAUUGAAGUUCAGAAAGAAACCAUUACAGUGGAAUUUGAGAAACCGCAAGAGGUUGAAACAGUAUCUGAAACCACUAGUGUUUUGACAAUUGAAGAAACUCAGGAAGUUGAAAUCGACCAACCCAAAGAGGAAAUAAUUGAGGAAGAGAGAAGUACCAUUGUCAUUGACUUUGAGAAACCACAAGAGGUUGAGGAAUUUGAAGAAGAAAUUGAAGCACCAAUUAUUGAAGAAAGCAAAGAUGUUGAAGUUGAUCAACCAACUGAAGAUACAAUUGAAGUUGUCAAAGAGACCAUUACUGUUGAAAAGGAGAAACCUCAAGAAGUGGAAGAAGUUGUUGAAGAAGUAGAAACAACUACUUAUGAAGAAACUAUUGAAUUUGAUAUCAAGCAGACCAAAGAAGAAGAUAUAGUUUUUGAAAAGGAGAGCAUUACUCUUGAAUUUGAGAAGCCUCAAGAAGUAGAGGAAGUUGUUGAAGAAGUAGAUACAACUACCUACCAAGAAACUAUUGAAUUUGAUAUCAAACAGACCAGAGAAGAAGAAGAAAUUGAAGUUCAGAAAGAAACCAUUACAGUGGAAUUUGAGAAACCACAAGAGGUUGAAACAGUAUCUGAAACCACUAGUGUUUUGACAACUGAAGAAACUCAGGAAGUUGAAAUUGACCAACCCAAAGAGGAAAUAAUUGAGGAAGAGAGAAGUACCAUUGUCAUUGACUUUGAGAAACCACAAGAGGUUGAGGAAGUUGAAGAAGAAAUUGAAGCACCAAUUAUUGAAGAAAGCAAAGAUGUUGAAGUUGAUCAACCAACUGAAGAUACAAUUGAAGUUGUCAAAGAGACCAUUACUGUUGAAAAGGAGAAACCUCAAGAAGUGGAAGAAGUUGUUGAAGAAGUAGAAACAACUACUUAUGAAGAAACUAUUGAAUUUGAUAUCAAGCAGACCAAAGAAGAAGAUAUAGUUUUUGAAAAGGAGAGCAUCACUCUUGAAUUUGAGAAGCCUCAAGAAGUAGAGGAAGUUGUUGAAGAAGUAGAUACAACUACCUACCAAGAAACUAUUGAAUUUGAUAUCAAACAGACCAGAGAAGAAGAAGAAAUUGAAGUUCAGAAAGAAACCAUUACAGUGGAAUUUGAGAAACCACAAGAGGUUGAAACAGUAUCUGAAACCACUAGUGUUUUGACAACUGAAGAAACUCAGGAAGUUGAAAUUGACCAACCCAAAGAGGAAAUAAUUGAGGAAGAGAGAAGUACCAUUGUCAUUGACUUUGAGAAACCACAAGAGGUUGAGGAAGUUGAAGAAGAAAUUGAAGCACCAAUUAUUGAAGAAAGCAAAGAUGUUGAAGUUGAUCAACCAACUGAAGAUACAAUUGAAGUUGUCAAAGAGACCAUUACUGUUGAAAAGGAGAAACCUCAAGAAGUGGAAGAAGUUGUUGAAGAAGUAGAAACAACUACUUAUGAAGAAACUAUUGAAUUUGAUAUCAAACAGACCAAAGAAGAAGAUAUAGUUUUUGAAAAGGAGAGCAUCACUCUUGAAUUUGAGAAGCCUCAAGAAGUAGAGGAAGUUGUUGAAGAAGUAGAUACAACUACCUACCAAGAAACUAUUGAAUUUGAUAUCAAACAGACCAGAGAAGAAGAAGAAAUUGAAGUUCAGAAAGAAACCAUUACAGUGGAAUUUGAGAAACCACAAGAGGUUGAAACAGUAUCUGAAACCACUAGUGUUUUGACAACUGAAGAAACUCAGGAAGUUGAAAUUGACCAACCCAAAGAGGAAAUAAUUGAGGAAGAGAGAAGUACCAUUGUCAUUGACUUUGAGAAACCACAAGAGGUUGAGGAAGUUGAAGAAGAAAUGGAAGCACCAAUUAUUGAAGAAAGCAAAGAUGUUGAAGUUGAUCAACCAACUGAAGAUACAAUUGAAGUUGUCAAAGAGACCAUUACUGUUCAAAAGGAGAAACCUCAAGAAGUGGAAGAAGUUGUUGAAGAAGUAGAAACAACUACUUAUGAAGAAACUAUUGAAUUUGAUAUCAAACAGACCAAAGAAGAAGAUAUAGUUUUUGAAAAGGAGAGCAUUACUCUUGAAUUUGAGAAGCCUCAAGAAGUAGAGGAAGUUGUUGAAGAAGUAGAUACAACUACCUACCAAGAAACUAUUGAAUUUGAUAUCAAACAGACCAGAGAAGAAGAAGAAAUAGAAGUUCAGAAAGAAACCAUUACAGUGGAAUUUGAGAAGCCUCAUGUGACUGACAUUGUUUCUGAAACUGUUGAAUUUUCUUUGGCUGACGAAACUGUAGAAUUAGAAACAGAACAGCCACAGCAGGAAAUUGUUGAUGAAACAAAGGAAACUGUUUUUACUGAAGCCAAAACACCUCUUGAAGUUAAAGAAGUGCAAGAAGUCAUUCAAGUUCCAGAUGUCAAAGAAUCAACAGAGGUCGAAAUGGACCAAUCAAGGGAAGAAACUAUUGAAGACACCCUGGAGACCUUUGACAUCAUUGAGGAAAAGCCCCAAUUAACUGGGGAAAUACAGGAGUCUGUUGAAGAAUUUCAAGCCACAGACACAAGUGAUGUUAAAAGUGAGAGACCAAAAGAAGAUGUUGUUGAAGAAAUUAAAGAGAUUGUUGACAUUGAGAAGGAAAAACCACUAGCUGUUGAUAUAUUGGAGGAAGAUUUUGAAUUUCUUGAAGUGGAGGAAGCCUCUAAAUAUGAUUCAUCCCAACUUGAGGAAGAACUUAUAGAGGACAGAAGUGAGUUUGUGACAGUAGAAGAGUCGAAGCCACAGGAGGUAGAGUCAACCGAUGAAAUUGUUGAAACACAUGAAACAGUAGAUGCCAUUGAGGUUGAUUUUGAUAAACCAUCAGAAGUGACAAGUGAGGAGGUUUCAAACUUUGUAGUUGUUAAAUCUGAGGGAACUCAGAAAGUUGAAGGAGUGGUUGAGGAAGUUGAGCUGUUGGAAAUUAAAGAGACAGCUGAAGCAGAUGCUGAAGUUCCUAGCCAAGAAAUAAUUGAGGAUACAAAGGAAAUGCCAGAAGCUGAAAGCCUGCCAUCGCAAACGGAGGAGACGUUUGAGCUUGUUGAGAAACAGGAAGAGGAAGAAAUCAGUAUGGAAACUGAGCUCUCUAAGAUGACUCCUGAAGUUAUUUUAGAUUCGGUGGACACAGCAAUUGUCUUUCAAGAAGUUCCUUUUGAAGUCAAAGAGACUGUGGAGAAAGAAAUACCUGAAGAUACAGAGGAGAUUACAGAAGAAGAGUUUAUUGAAACUGUACAGACCAAUGUUUCUGAUGAGACAGAAGAAUUUGUCAUUGUGGAUAAGAAACCUCAAGCAAUUGAGGAGGUAUUUGCGGAAAUUCCUACUGAUAAAUUUGAAGAAACUUCUGAGUUCAUUUCCAUUUCAAAAUCAGAGGAGGUCGAGGUAUCAACCACUGUGGAGGAAAUCUCCUUGCAACCUGAGCACAUAACAGUAGCCCCAGUGGCAGAUGAAGUCACAUAUGAGGACGUUACUUCCAUCUCUGUUGAACUGCAGGAAGAUCAGCCAACUCAAGAAGUCAUUGAAGAGUUUGCAGCUAACCUGACUGUGCCAACAAAAGAAAAAUUUGAUGUUGAAACCAGUCAGACUGUUAUACCUGAAGAGAGGGUCGAAGAAACUCUUGUACCAGAAAGGGCUGAAAAGCCAACAGAGGAAAUAGUCACAGAGGCCUUUGAGUUGUCCCAGUUUGUCUCAGAGCAGAUUUCAAGUAUUGAAACUGUGGAGACGGUUGCUAAAACUGAACUUCCCCAUGAUCUACCCUCCGAUGCUGAGCUUACUCAACCUGUUGAAACUACUCAAAUUACUCAAGUUUUAGAUACUGUGCAGGUUAUUGAAGGCAAGCCUUCUCACGUUGCUCCAGAGGAAGAAACAACCUUGGAGGUGUCUGCUGAAAUUCCGCAAGAGCUAGAAUCUCUCCCUGCAAUAAACACAGAAGAUAGUCUAACCUCUGUCACUUUUAAAGAUAUCCAACCCACUUGUACCGAUGUGGAGCUGGAACUCAAACCGUCUGACUCAGUUGUUGAAGAAGUGAUCCCAGCAGCGGAGCAAGAAACAGUAUCUGAAACAGAAACACAACCAGUGCUUGAAGAGCAAAUCCAGUUGACAGAAAUUGAGGUGCAAGUGGUCCCAGAUGAUAAAAAGUGUCCUCAGUUCUAUACCACCCUAAAGAAUAUUACGGUCACUGAAUCGACUCGCGUUGAGCUGGAGGUUUCAUUUUUUGCUAAACCUGCUGCCACUGUGACCUGGCUCAUAGAUGACCAGGUCAUCCGGUCAAGUGCAGAUUUCCAAAUUUCCAUCAGUGAGACCACAAGUAUUUUGGUAAUUCCAGAAAUUUUCCCUGAAGACGAAGGGAUUUAUAAAGUUGUCCUUGAGAAUGAAGUCGGUCGCAUUGAAUCUGUGGCCAGUGUUACAGUACAGCGUAAGUUAAUCAGUUUCCUCUUUUCAUCCCCAGAGCUAUGGUAUAUAAAAUAUACUUCUAGACAAACCAAGUAUUUCAUAGUUCUGAUGGGAGUGAAUAAUAAAAUAAAAAUGGCUGAUAAUUUUUGCAUUGUUUGCUUUUUCUUUAUUGAUAACUAUGUAUCUCUUGAAAUCUCAUUUUUAGAGCCCAACAUUUUGUUCAACUAUUAAUGAUAGCACAUAAUGAUUGCUAGCUUUUAUAUAAAAAAAAAAUAAGACAAAAUCAUAUGAUUGUCUUGUGAGGGGGAAAUUUUAGUAAAUGAAGAAAGAAUGGACAAGUUUCAAAGAGAAGGUCACUAGUAGUGAAAAAGAAAUCUCUUUUACUUUUUAUAAAAAUUAUUGAAUGUAGCAGCUUUUUAAAAUCUUAUGUUUUCCAAUAUUAAUUUGAUCUAUGGCCUAUUUCUUUUACCUAGAAAUAUAAAAAAAUUAACUUCAUAUGUUUUGAACAGAAAAGACACGGAUGGGUCAAAAUAUAGUGGAUUAAAAUGUCUCAUAAAUUUCUUUAAGCAACAUUUUUUUAAUUGGAAUUUUAACAAUGGAAAUCAGGGGUUCAAUUAUAUGUGUAUGCUUUCUGAAAUCUAUAUGGUAAUACAAGUUUGUUUCAUAAAGCAGUCUUUCACAAAGUGGUUUUCCCUUACCGGCGCUGGUCUGCGAGAGCCUUACGUUGCCAGUCGGUCAAAUAUUAAUAUUUAUGGUCAAACAAAAAAAGAAAGAAAGAAUUAAUAAAUUUUUCAUCGGUCUAUGGGGCAAUCAGGAAACACUAUCAUAAAUCAGUGCAACUUUUUAAAGCAAUUUAUCUGGAUUAUUUUACAGCUGUGCUUUGUUGUUUUAUGGCCCUUGGAAUGAAGUACCAGCAUAGGAAAAAUUGUCUCAGGAUUGAUUACUUUAUCUUACUUCCAAUCAAACUUCAUGUUUGGCCUUGUUAUGGGCUGUGUCUUGAAUUGAUGGCAACUGUAUUUUCUUUUUUAAUGAAACUUCAGCUAAAGCUAAAGGGCUUGAGCAGCCAACUCAGGAUGUCACAGAAGAAAUAACAUUGACAACCCAACAAGAAGAGGUUGUUGAAGAAACAACCAGACUUGAUUUCGAGCUAGAGAUCAAGCAAGAUGAGGAAGGUCAGAAAUGGUUUUGUUUGUCGGUGUAAUAUUGAUUGUAAAAUUUUUUUUAAAAAUUUGGUAUCUAUUAAAAUUCAAAGUUAAUGUCAUUAACACUGUUGACCUUAAUUUACGUGUGUUGAUUUAUUUUUAAAAAAAAUUAAAUUGUUUACUGAUUUGUUUACUGUAUGUUGGCUGUCCAGGCAUUCUCCCAUUGUUGCCUGUGUUGCUCCUAUUGCAGUAAUCUUUUUCUGUGAAUCUCCUUUUUGAGACACUCUUUCAAUCUCUCCACUUCUUUCAAAGCCUUACCAUCUCCUUAUCUAAAUUUGUUAUUCUUUGUUGCCAUAUGGAUUCCUUGUAGACUGCCUGGUAGAAUUGAAAUUGGGAUUUCUCAUUUCUAGCACAUCCAUCUCCAAUAUAUUUUAUUUUUCCAUCACCUUCUCCACUAUUUCAAUUCUUAAUCUUUUCCUUAUGACCUGAUUGGGGAUCUUAUAAAACCCCAUUUUAUUAUUGAAAAUUCAGUGCAAACAUUUGUUUGCUGAAACUCUGAGGACUUAUGAUACGUAAUUUCAUUGUUCUCUUUGUGUAACAACCAUACAGAAUAAGAAUAUUUCAACAGAAUAUUUUCACUUUCUUUUUAACAUGAUAGUUUCUUUCCACUUAAGAUCAUAUUUUUUUAAUAGCUCCCCUAGCCAUCUGGAUAGUGCUCUUGAUGUGUCCUGUGUCACCUUUCUUGCUAAUAAUGCUUACAAGAUAUGUAAAAGAUUUAACUUGCUUCUCGUAGUGUUAUUGGCUGGCACUACUUCUCCUUUAGCUCUCAUAUAAUAUUGUGUCAAGACUUGUGUGUCUUGUUUUCAGUCACAACUGAAAUUGUUACUUGUUUCUUCUAGUUUUAUUGGCUGGCAGUACUUCUCCUUUAACUCUCAUAAUAUUGUGUCAAGACUUGUGUCUCUUGUUUCCAGUCACAACUGAAAUUGUUACUUGUUUCUCCUGGUUUUAUUGGCUGGCAGUACUUCUCCUUUAACUCUCAUUUAAUAUUGCGUCAAGACUUGUGUCUCUUGUUUCCAGUCACAACUGAAAUUGUUACUUGUUUCUCCUAGUUUUAUUGGCUGGCAGUACUUCUCCUUUAACUCUCAUUUAAUAUUGCGUCAAGACUUGUGUCUCUUGUUUCCAGUCACAACUGAAAUUGCCUUGCAAGAGAGCCCCAAAGAAGCCCCUGAAGAAGUUGAACUAAGAUUUGAAGUUCCUGAAGCUCCCCGUUUCACACAGACUCUCCAGAGAGAACUUAUUGUGUUUGAAGGCUCCAGCAUCACACUUGUUUGCUUUGUUGUUGGCAAACCUACACCCACUGUUACCUGGUUUAAAGUAAGCAUAAAACCUGUGCCCACUGUUACCUGGUUUAAAGUAAGCAUAAAACCUGUGCCCACUGUUACCUGGUUUAAAGUAAGCAUAAAACCUGUGCCCACUGUUACCUGGUUUAAAGUAAGCAUAAAACCUGCGCCCACUGUUACCUGGUUUAAAGUAAGCAUAAAUCACGUGACAAAUGUUAUAAUGGCAGUGUUUGAAUCUUUUGCACUCUGUUGUAUAACCAGGCUUGUUAUAAUAGUUUAUUUCAUUCCUAUUCAUUUGACAUUUUUUAGUCAUUUUUAUCAUUUAAAUAUUUUAAUUAAAACUGUUUUUUUAUCUGGUCAUCUUUUCAAACUAAAUGUUUACUUUUUUGCCACUAUUAAUCUGAUUUAAACGUUAUUUUUUUUUUUAAAAAUGGCCACCUCUUGUUAUUUUAUAGGAGGAAGAGGAAAUAACGUUUAGUCAGCGGUACAUUUCAACAUAUGAAAAUGGCAAGUGUACGCUGGUAAUCAACAACGUAACAUUCGAUGAGGAAGCAGAGUUUAUCUGCAAAGCUACCAAUGAAGCUGGCUCAACCACAACCUUUGUGGACAUUUUCGUAGAAAGUAAGAGCAGUGUUUUAUGUCUGUUUGUCUAUUUUCUUAUGAAACCAUCACAUAAUACAGUUACAGCCACCAUUGGAAAUGAGAUACGUAUCAUAAUUGAUUAUUUGUUGUUUAUUUAUAAAAAUAAAUUUGAAUCUAUAAUUAUGUUUGUAAAUCUGGGAUCAUUUAGUGCCUCUUAGCUUUGUUGCUUUCAUUGGCAUAUAAGAGUCGGGUUAGAAUUUGUGUCACUACAGAAUUUGAAUAAUGGAAACAAAAUAAAUACCUUAAUAUUGACACUUUCAGGUGCUCAAAACUAUUUUUUUCAUCUUCACUAACAAUAUUUUCUUUCAGUGGCAAUAUUAUUGAGGAAAUUUUUUAAUUAUUUUUUAUACCUAACAGAAAUUCUCUUUAAAUUUUUUCUCAAGAUUUGUGCAGUUAAUUAAAUAGUGUUUGUAAAAGUGUUUUGGUAAUCUCCUUCCCAAUUAUCAGCCCACAUCACCAUAUCAACAAACCACAAUAUGCACCACGAUAUAGUGCCUAUCUGUGUGUUCUCCCAACUUCCAGCACAUGAUCCCUAGGUGCAUGGUUUCAUUCAUCCCUUGCCCUCAAACAUGUACAUCCCAGUGAAUUAAAUGCUUCAUCUGUAUAUAGUCAUAGAAUGGGAAGAAAUCUCAUCAUUGUGGCAGCUGUACAUUUCGAUUCAUUUGAAAACUCAUUGGAUUCUAUGAUUUGUUGUUCUGGAACCAGCUCCCCUUCCAUAUCCGUCAUUGUGAAACCUCGUCCACUUUUAAAAAGUCCCUUAAAACCCAUCUGUUUAGGUCCGCCUAUGACCUGUGAUGCAUCCUCCUUGCCCUGCCUCAUUUUCUGUCUCGGGUUAAUCCUGUAAUAUAGGCCAAAACGUGCCAAAGUGUCCUCGUUUUAUAACCAUUUUAAUUGUUUCUAUAGUAUAGUAGUUACUAUCCUAAUGUCUCAUUUUUAUUUUAUUUAGUUUACAUGUUUUUAAUAAUUGUAAAGCGCUUAGAGCUUUAAGGUAAGCGCUAUAUAAAAAUGCCUAAAUAAAUAAAUUUUAAAAAAGUAAAGCAAUUUUUAAAAUCUAAUUUGCACCCAUGGCAGUGACGAUUUGAUUGACUUGUAGCCAUUUGACACAUAACUAACAUUAAUUUAGUUUUAUGUUCUUUGUUACAACUAUUGGUCAUAUUUCAUUGAUAGAUACUAGUGCAUCAACCUCUCUUACAUUAGUUGUGUUAUUAGAUUCUUUGACUUUACCCAGAAAGUAACAAAUUUUAAUCAUUUUUUAGACAUAGAAACAAAAGAAUCUCUAUUUUGUUUUACACUGCUCCACUUACACCUGUUUCAUUUUGUUUUUCUGUGUCUUUGCAUGUAAACAGAGCGAGGCAGCCCGUUGAGAACUCUUGUGAGAGAAGAGUACUAUCGCAUGGAAAUUGAGCUAGAGAUUCAAUGGCGCAGGGGAAAACUGCCACAAGCUCCUGAUCUUAAUGCUAUCGAUCUUGAAAAAUGUUGCACUAGUUCUGAUGAUAACAGUCGUCUAAGUGCUGACCCAGAUUCAGCUGUUGAACACACUUCAGACAAUGUAGCCCAGGCUUUGGCCCAAUCUUUUAAAACAUUAAUGCCAGACAAUUCCAAACUUAAACUCCAGACCUCUGUAUCAAAGACAGCAUCUUUUGCCCAAAGUAUUUCACUUAAGGGGGAUAGCAACAUAAUUUCUGAUACCGUAAAAGAUGAAACAUUAAAUGCCAGCAAAAUGCCCAAAUUUGAAGUAUUACAUUCCGUAACCAGUGCCCCUCAAAAUACCAUUUCCAACAUAAGUGAAUCAAAUAAAGACCUCAAUAACUUUCCAGGCGCUAGUAGAACAUUACAACAUAAUGUCAUGAAAAAAAUUGUAGAUCCUAAUCUGACUGAAGGAAGUUUGCAAAGCUCUCAAUAUUUGUUUCCUUGUGACCACAGAGUACUAAGACCUAAACAAUGACUAGAAUAAACAAAGGUGUAAUCCUGACCUAAACCAUUUCUCAUUCUGCCAUACAAACAGCAAUUUGACUUCUACAAUACAAAUUGCUUUGUUAAAUAACAUUUUAACUUUUUACAAAACACAUAUUCCAGGGUUGUGAUUGAAAAGGAGGUGAAGUUAGAUUAUGAUACAUAUUUUAUCUGUUUUUUGUGUGUGAACCUUAGAAAGUGUGGAUUUGUUUUAUUUUAAAUCCCAUUAGUUUACCACUUUGAGUUGUAGCUUUUGGUGAUAUUGGAUUUGACUUUUUAUAUAAUCCACUUGUUUAGUUUUUAAUCUUGAGUUAUAGUUAUAAAGCACGCCUAGGUUUACCAUUAGGAGAAGCCAAUGUCCUUUUUGAAUUUAGUUGUCUGCUUAAGACAGUUUUGUUUGAUCUGAAGAUCAUUUCUGGUAAUUACUUCUUUUCUUUUUAUAUACCUCACCUAGUCUUAUUAUUAUGUGCCAAACUUACAAUUUAAAAAAAAUAAUUGUUAAAUUUUCCCCUUUUCCUAUGUAUAGCCAAACGCUCAAAGAAACACUGUGAAAUCACAGUGUCUGCCCCUUCCUUGGAGGAGACAGGCAAAGUUGCCAGCCCUGAGCCUCAGCUAGUUUUGGAUAAGCAGGGAUUUACUUCUCCUAAUACUAACCUGAGGCUGCUGUUAGACUGGAGUGAGAGUGGCAGUUUGCUCAGUGUGGAAGAUGUCAGAAUGCAGAAUGUGUUGCUGUUAAUUCUGGCUGUAAUUUUCAUAGUCCGAUUUAUCUGCUGUGUGUUGAAUUUAGGUGUAUACCUUGUAUCAUUCUUGAUAACUCCCUAACUGGGGACACAACACAGACAACAAUGCUGUAUGAAGCUGUGAUCAAACUUGCCACUGUCUGAAAAGCUAAUACUGACCCUCAUUGGUUUUUCAUUCGGCGAUGUAAGAAGUUACACAGCUAUAGGGGAACAAUUUUCAAUGUAAUUGAUUUUUACGGCAGCAGAAAAAAAUGUGUCUACUUAUGCUCAUUCUAAAAAAGAGGGAAUACAAAUCUUUUUCUAUCAUUACUAAGACCAAAACAUCAUAGCAUGUACAUUCUCAGUUGUAUAAGCAUUAUGUAAUGAUGAUUUUCUUGAGUUGUUGAAAUGAUGCACCUCAUCAUUGCCAAUGAAUUCAGUUCACUUUUCAGGGCUUUUUUGUUUGUUUACCAAGUAAAGCAAAUAAUCCACCUAACAAGCAGCAGUAACCGCUAGUUCAUUUCUCACCUCUUACAUUGCUUGUUGGCCUGCGCAAAUUAAUAAUAGUCAUUUUUAUUCCUGUUUGACAUUUUGACUCAUUCCUGAGGCUAAUAAGUUUGUUGAGCCCAUCAGUGAAAUGAAUUAAUGUUACUAUAUCUCAACUUUGAGCCAAAGCAAUUACUUGUAAUGUGGACAUUGUGAGCAACCAAAUCUACACAAAUUAAACCGCAUGAUUUAAACAAAACAAACUAGUAGUCAGAAAUCGAAAGUAGACAAAGUUUUUUUUGAAAAUUAUCUUUAGAUUUACCCUUUUAUUUUACCCUCUAAAAAUUAAACCGUCUGAAGAACUUAAAUCUUAAUGUGAAAAAUGUAUGACUUCCAACUGUGAUUCCAGAUGCUUUUGCAUUCGAUUCCAUUUUCUGGUGUAAGCCCCCUCCCCCCCCACACCCCCCCCCGACACUUGCCCUUGGUUUUCAAACCUCUUAAAUUUUGCUGUUUUGGUUGAGUAUUUUAAAGGGAUAAAAAUUGUUUGAAACAUUAACCUGACUGAUGGGUGAGCAAAGUGUUAUGUCCAGUUUUGACAAUUUUUUUUUGUUUCAUGCUAUUUUUAUAAAAAUCUAAAGCAGCUAGACAGACACACCUUUGCAUUUGACUUUCGAUGAUACCUUUUGUCUUAAGGAAAAAAGGUUGAACUUGUAAUAUUGAUUUUGCACUGUUUAAACAAAGAUUUCAAAGGAAAGUAUGUUUUUUUACAUUUUUUUUUAAAAAAUAUACAAAUAAAAUCAAUAUAUAUUAAUGUUUAUCUUCUUAUGUCUUUGUUUUAUAGUCAAAUGCUGUAGCUAAUUAGUUAUUAAAAUGAAAUCAAACAUGCAAUAAGACAUACAACAUGCACAGAGAGAAAAUUAGAAGUCUAUGCAUGCACUCCAAAAUGUUUUUUUUUUAAAAAUCAUGUUAAAUUUAUUGAAACAGCAUGGCUUUUAAGUUUGGACUGUUGAGUGUAUCUUUUUGCUUAUAGUAUUUUACACAUAUUUUUAUAGUAGCUUUUUAAAGUAAUAUCUUCUAUGAAGAUAAAUUAUUGAAGGAUGAAAAAAAAAACUUUGCUCACCCGAACUAUUGAUGUUGUUUUGUGACUAUUAGUUGUUUGAUUAGUUUUUGCCGUGAUGUUGCCAAUUGCACUUUGUCUGAUGUAUUAACCUUUAUCAACAUUUUUACCAACCAAAGAAACUGUUGAAAGAAUUAAUUAGUGUCUUUGAGCUACAAUCACUGAGAUGGUGAUACUUAUUUUAAAAAAAAAUCAUUUUCCUGUUUUUCUGUUGCAACCUACAGUUAUAUACAAAUGUAGAAAGAACUUUAUUUAGACUUAAACUAACCUGACUGGUUUUGUCUUUUAUAUAUAUUGUGUGUGUUUGAUUUUUCCUCAGGAUAGAUCAAAGCAUGAAUAGCUACCAUACCUUUUUAUUGUUAUUAAUCUAUUACAUAAGUGGUGUUUUUUUUGUUGUAUAAUUUGUUUCAUAAAUGUGUUAUGUUUGCCUGAAAUAAUGAGAUGCUAUAAAACAAAACUAUAUUGAAUUGAAUGCUAGAAGCUUGUAACAUCAUUGCAAAAUUUUGUCUGGUCAUUUUAAGGUUGUUGUUUUUUUGUUUUUUUUUUCAAACUUUUAAAAAGUUAAAUUAUGUUAUCCUAGACUGAGAACAAACUACGUAACAAUUUUGCUUUAAUAUAUUUAAUUUUUUUAGUUUCCUUUAUGAAUCUAAAAAUUAAAUAUUUUAGAAAAAAAUUUGUUGCAUAGUGUGUUGUCAUUCCUGGACUACCAAUAAACUGCAACAAUUUUUUAAUGUUUAAUUUUAGAUUCAUUAAGAUUACCUUGAGAUCAAAUUAUCAUUUAAUUUUCGAUGUAUCAACUUUAGAACUUUAUUCAAGGAAUUUUGUUUUUAAAAUAAUAAGUAAUGGAAAAUAUGUUUCCUAGUUUUGUCCUUUUUUUGGUCAAUUUGGUCAAGCAGACAUUUAAUAUAUCCCAGUAAUUUCUCAGACUGUUUCUAAUUUUGUUACAUUAUUUCAGUGAAUGGUGAACAUUUUUAAGCUGCUCUUAAAUAUGACUUAUAUUGUGACUAACAAAAUAAAUAUUCUUCCUUUCUCCAGGAUUGUGUAACAUUUAAAAAUGCAUGUCCUAAUUCUCCAUUGCAUCCUCACUUGGUUUUCAAGCUUAUCUAGCAAAAGCAUUUACAUAACUGUUCUCAGAAAACCUUUGCACUUAAGAGGGGGGUGGGGUCUUUAAGAAGUAAUAUAAAUUGGUACUGCAUUUAGAAUUGAGAUUUUAAAAAUAUAUCAAUAUCUUUAAAAUGAGAUUUGAAGAAUCUCAAAGUACCCAGCAAGCAUUCUGUCCUUGACUUGAUCUACUGUCAAUCAUUUUAAAAUGUAAAGUUUGAUUUUAAUUUUUGUUCAUUACGAGUGUAGUACGGGUAAAAAACAUUUGAGGAUGCUUACUGAAUUAUUAUAUUAGCUUCUGGUGUCCUUUUAUACUUUUAAUAUUUGUUGUUAUUCUUUUCCAAUUCAAAAGGGUGAUAGAUAAACUUAGUUGAAGAGACAUAUUGUGUAAAUGCAUUAAAUUUGUGGUUUUGUUGCAUGCAUCAUUCCUACUAAAGAAAAUCUCUCUCAGGAUAAGCAUAAGUACAAGAAGAACAACAUAUUAACUCUGGUUAAUUAAUCACAUACGUUGACAUUAAUGAAAAAGUAUGUGAUCACAUUGUUGAGACAAUAUAUGAUCACACUGAUUAGAAAAUAUGUCAUCACACAAAUAAAAUAUUUUAAAAUAUGCACAUAAUCAGGUUUUAUCUAGCUUAAUCCAAUUAUUUAACAAAACAAAAUUGAUGCUCCAGAAUGUGUAUUCACCCCAAGUGAGUUAAUGGGGUUAUUGGAGUUUUGCAGUGGGUUUCAAACACAAAGUAAAAUGAAAAUCUGUGAAAAGCAUUCAUCCAUAAAAUUAAUGGAAUAAAAAAACUGUAUUCCCUUAUCAUAUCAAGUUUAACACAUAAUUCAGGUAGGGGACCUCCAGUAAUGUCUUAGGAAACAAUUAUGUACUUAACAAUUAUAGAAAAAACUUAGAAUGUGAUCCAUUAAAAUAUAUAUCUAAAAUUGCACAGCAGAUUUAGUAAUAUAUCAGUAAAUUCAAUGUAUCUUUACAUUUACUAUGAUUUUCUUUCACGUUGGCAGCAGAAAAAUAACUGGAAAAUUCCUGGCAUAUGUUUAAAAUAAAUAAUAAUAAUAAAUGGACACCAUUUUGAUUGGCCCAAGUAAAAAAAAAACCGCACACAUUCCUUAGGCCAAAGCUUGGGUUUAUAUUUAUUCAUAAAAUAUUGAUGUAUACUCUCAUCCUUUAAAGAAGAUAUUAAUGCCUGUGAAUAAAGAAAUGAAGUCUUACAUCCAUAAGAAAACUAAUGAAAAAAAAAAAAAAUCUAAAAAAAAACAAUGUAAUAUGCUAAAUUUAACUCAAUGCUCAGGCUGCAAUUUCAGUUCUGGAGAAAAAAAAAUACAAUAACAUAUAGUGUAUUAUUGGGUUUAUAUUUAUUAAUAAAAUAUUGAUGUAUACUCUCAUCCUUUAAAGAAGAAAUUAAUGCCUGUGAAUAAAGAAAAGAAGUCUUACAUCCAUAAGAAAACUAAUGAAAAAAAAAAAAAAUCUAAAAAAAAACAAUGUAAUAUGCUAAAUUUGACUCAAUGCUCAGGCUGCAAUUUCAGUUCUGGAGAAAAAAAAAUACAAUCACAUAUAGUGUAUUAAAUUCUGUCAAUAUUUAAACAAGGUAGACCAUGACACAAAUGGAAAUGCUAGUGACUAAACACAUUGCUCAAGUCUUUUGAGUAAAUCAACAAAACAGCCACUGGAGAAAUAGGCAUCGUUGCCAUUUAUAGAUGAAUAUUUCGUAAAACAAAGAUUUAUUAAUGCAAAUACAUUUUGAUUUCAUUGUCUUCAGUUAAUAUAUUUAUUACAACAGUUAAAAAAAGCUCAUGCAAGAGGAAGGGAUGGUUAAACGCAUAAAUUACGUAUCAAUUAGCUAUCUCAACACUUCAUCAGAAAAUUCUAAAGAAACUAAAACUCAUAUGCACAAAAAAAUAAUGAAUUCUAUUCCAAACAAUAGCCAACAAAACAAAAUUAUCAGGAGGUGUUUGAAGUGUGUAAAGAAAUGAACAGAAUUUAUUAGCUGUCCGAUUAGACAAAAUUCUCUUUCUGUAGUCAGGGGACAAUGAAACUGGAUCCAAAAACCAUUUUUAAAGCAUGUUGCUUACAAGAAAACCUGCCCACAUCUUAGUCAAUGUUUAAAAAUCAUGCUACUGUCACGUUUUUAAAGUUGAGUGAUAUGUGUCUAUUAUUUGGUUUAGAGAGAUUGAAGAGAGUUGUUUGUAAGUCGCCCGAAUCUAUUGAUUACGAAGACACCAUAGAUCAUUUUUUUUUUAGUUGGCACAAAUAAAGAAGAUCUGAAACUGAUUCUACCCCCUAAAUGAGCAGGCUUGUCACACAAAGAUUUGUGAAAAUUCAUGGUGAUAAUGCAAGUCAAUUAAUUGUUAUUAAUAUUUACUUCUGACUUUACUUUUUAGAUUUAAUCAAAAGAAGAGAGAAAUGGCUGAAUGACAAACAACAAUGAAAUAUAUUUUACAAUAUUUUGCAGGAUCCCUCCAGUAUAAUUUGUAAUGUAAAAAAAAUGCCCUUUUGAUGCCUUGUCUCUAAAGUAUUUCUGUUAUUCUUACAGCCUUUUCUGUAACUAGGAACAGCAAAGAUGUCAUAGCGCAAGGAUUUCUUUUAAAUCACAUCAUCAGCAUUUUAACAACAUGACAACUUAAAAUUUGCAAACAAGAACACCAAAACAAUCUCAUCUUUAAGUUGUUUAAUAUUCAAUUAUAAAAGUAUAAAAAAAACAUCUUGAGUGAACUGAAACUCCGUAAAGUAUUCUUUUCAAGCCAAGUUAACUGUUUAAUUUUUUUAUUUAUUAUGUUCCUCCCUUCACCACUCUAGAACCAGAGGAGCCCCAAACACCUUCGGCUGAAGUUGAACUCCCCAGAGAUGGACAAACUGAGGCUGAGCAACCAGAGGAGGAGAGUCUGCAAUUCACCAGCUCCGUGGACUUCACCACCUCAGAGUACACAUCAUCUGAGGUCGUCACCACGGAGACCCUUAUUGACAGAUAUGUUGAUAUAACUGAGACGGAGGAAGUUUCCACAACCUCAGAAAUCUCGGCGCCGGAGGUCACAGAGAUUGUACCCGUUGAGAUUUCUCUAGAAGAAGAAAAACCGCGCGAAGAUGUGACAGCGGAGAUUGAGUUUAAAAUCCCUGCUACUGAUACUUCAAUCACUGUUGAUGCUUUUGAAAGUCUGAUCAGUGAGAUAGAGGAAGCCAUCACUGAGGAUGUCACCAUUGAGACCUCGGAGGAUAUUGAUCAUGAGCUUAAACCAACAACAACAGAAGACACUUUCGAAAUUGUACAAGAAGUCGGCGAGAAACCCACAUUUGUUAAAGAACUUGAGAGCGUCGAGGCCACUGAAGGGCAGCCUGUACGCUUUGAAGUUGUGGUGGCUGGUGAACCGACCCCUGAUGUUUCUUGGUUCUUGGAUGGAGAGAUCAUCCGAGAUUCUCCUGUGUACAGAAUCGAACCAGGGCCGGACGGCCGGUGCACGCUUAUUCUACCUGAGUCUUUCCCAGAGGAUGAGGGAGAAUAUGAAUGCCGUGCCACCAACAUUUACGGAACAGUUUCUACCAAAGCUGACUUAUAUGUACAAGGUAAGAUUAGCAGAAUGUGACUGUAUGUAAGAAUAUUUUACUGAAAUACUGAUAUUCUCCAGAAUUAUUGAUAUGUAUGUAUUUAUGUGUAUCAAAAAUAGGUUCUUUAUUCUCAUCUCUGAAUUAUUAGCUCAUUCCUGUCUACAUUAUAUUUUUUAUUCAAACCAAUGGUCUACAACCUGAAAGCUUAUAAAGUUAUAUUGUUGACCCAUACUGAGAAGAGUGAUGUAUUAUGCAAAGAUCAUAUGUAAAAAUGUCAAUUAUAGAAUCAUAUCAUAAAAAACAAUCAUGAUGUUCACUCAUUUAAUCAGGCCACAACUUGGGGACCACUGAUUUGUUACCUUUUUCUUCUUUUCCACACAACUUUGGUAUCAAUAAAUAUGCAUUUAUUUCUUUUUAAUUUAAAAAAAAUUGAUGUUUUGUUUUAUGAUUUUAAAAAAAAAUUGAUUUGGGGUGUAUAGGAAUUAUAAUGAGAGCUUACUUUUAAAAAUACCAUGUGAAAUGUUUUAAAAAAAUACAAGUUUAAGGUAACAAUUUGAAAUGUCAGAAACUAGGGAGGGUUCGAUAAUGUUCACUUGUAUCAGCUUCUAACAUCAACUACGCACAAAUAAGUUUCAUGGUAUAUUACUAAAUUUAGUUCAUUAUAACUUUCUCAUAGCUAAAAUCAAUUAUAAAUCACAAAUUAAUAUUUUUCUGACCUAAAAAAUUAUGACGUUUUUAAAUUAAUGUAAAAUCCCCAUUUAAUAAUGUCUCUUUUUAAGAUCAGGUCAGCCGCUCACAGAUAUAUUUAAGGCCAAUAGAUUGAUCAAUAAAUUAUGGCAGAAAAAAGAUAUAUUAAUGAACGUUGGCUUUUCCUUUAACAUGUUUUUUUUUUUUUUAUCAAUAGGCUCUUGGGUUACUUUAUAGGUACAUGUACACAGUGGUAUUCAAAAUGAAGUUGUUUUUUUUUUUUUUUUUAAAAUAACUUUCUUAUCUUUUCUUUUUACCUUCCUUUGUUUUUUAACAUGUUUUUUUUUUUUUUAUCAAUAGGCUCUUGGGUUACUUUAUAGGUACAUGUACACAGUGGUAUUCAAAAUGAAGUUGUUUUUUUUUUUUUUUAAAAAUAACUUUCUUAGCUUUUCUUUUGACCUUCCUUUGAUUACUUGAUGUAGCUCUUCUCACUGUCACCUUUUAUUUGUCAUGUAUAUUUAUCUCUUCAAUGUCACUCAAUCUUCCAUUGCAAACCUAGUUUUCUCUGACAAGAAGAUUUUGGGGAAAGAAUCAGAAGAAGAAUUUCCAUCUGAUGACGCCCAUGAAGCCACUGAUUUUUCAGAAUAUCUUGAUAAGUCCAAUCUAUAUGAAUUAAGAUUACUUGAGUCGGAAAUAGGUGAAUCAAGAUUGUACAUGUCAGUAGAAGGUGAAAUCAAUAUCAAAGAUAGGACAGCUACUAAAAAAGUCAGUGAAAGGGAAGAAAGGAAAAUCAGUGAAAAGGAAGAUUUAACAUUCAUUGAGACUGAAGAUGAAACAGCAAUCAAAAGGGCAGAUGUGACAUGUUCUGAAAAGGAAGAUGUGACAGUAACUGAGGAAGAGGAUGUGACAAUCAUUGAUACUGAAGAAACAAUAUUAACUGAAAAGAAAGAUGUGAUUGUCAUUGAUACUGAUGAUGAAACAGUAACUGAAGAGGAUGAUUUGACAGUAACUGAAAAGGAAGAUGUGACAAUAACUGAAGAGAUAGAUGAGACUGUCAUUGAUACUGAAGAUAAUACAGUAACUGAAAAGGAAGAUUCGACAGUCAUUGAUACUGAAGAUACAACAGUAAAUGAAAAGGAAGAUUUGAUAGUCAUGGAUACUAAAGAAACAACAGUUACUAAAAAUCAAGAUCUCACCAACAUUGAUACUGAUGAUACAGCAGAAACUGAAAAAGAAGAUGUUACAGUAACUGAAAAGGAAGAUGUGACAGUCAUUGAUACUCAAGACACAACAGUAACUGAAAAGGAAGAUGUGACAGUAACUGAAAAGGAAAAUUCGACAGUCAUUGAUACUCAAGAUACAACACUUACUAAAAAGGAAGAUCUUGCCAUCAUUGAUACUGAAGAUACAACAGUAACUGAAAUGGAAGAUGUGACAGAAACUGAAAAGGAAGAUUUGUUAGUCAUUGAUACUGAAGAUACAAAAGUUACUAAAAUGGAAGAUCUCACUGUCAUUGAUACUGAAGACACAACAGUAACUAAAAAGGAAGAUUUGACAGUCAUUGAUACUGAAGAUAUAACAAUAACUGAAAGGGACAAUAAAACAGUAACUGAAAUGGAAGAUGUGACAGUAACUAAAAAGGAAGAUUUGACAGUCAUUCAUACUGAAAAUACAACAAUUACUGAAAUGGAAGAUGAGACUGUCACUGAAAAGGAAGAUGUGAGAGUCAUUGAAACUGAAGAUACAACAGUAAUUGAUAAGGAAGAUGUGACAGUCAUUGAAACUGAAGAUACAACAGUAAUUGAUAAGGAAGAUGUGACAGUCAUUGAUACUGAAGAUACAACAGUAACUGAAAAGGAAGAUUUGACAGUCAUUGAUACUGAAGAUACAUCAGUAAAUGAAAAGGAAAAUUUGACAGUAAAUGAAAAGGAAGAUGAAACUGUCACUGAAAAGGAAUAUGUGAGAGUCAUUGAAACUGAAGAAACAACAGUAGUUGAAAAGGAAGAUAUAACAGUCAUUGAUACUGAAGAUACAACAGUUACUAAAAUGGUAGAUUUGACAGUCAUUGAUACUGAAGAUACAACAAUUACUGAAAAGGAAGAUUCAACAUUCGUUGAUACUGAAGAUACCACAGUAACUGAAAAGGAAGAUUUGACAGUCAUUGAUACUGAAGAUACAACAAUUACUGAAAUGGAAUAUGAGACUGUCACUGAAAAGCAAGAUGUGACAGAAACUGAAAAGGAAGAUGAAUCUGUCACUGAAAAGGAAUAUUUGAGAGUCAUUGAAACUGAAGAUACAACAGUAAUUGAUAAGGAAGAUGUGACAGUCAUUGAAACUGAAGAUACAACAGUAAUUGAAAAGGAAGAUUUGACAGUCAUUGAUACUGAAGAUACAACAGUAAAUGAAAAGGACAAUUUGACAGUAAAUGAAAAGGAAGAUGAAACUGUCACUGAAAAGGAAUAUGUGAGAGUCAUUGAAACUGAAGAAACAACAGUAAUUGAAAAGGAAGAUAUAACAGUCAUUGAUACUGAAGAUACAACAGUUACUAAAAUGGAAGAUUUGACAGUCAUUGAUACUGAAGAUACAACAAUUACUGAAAAGGAAGAUUCAACAGUCGUUGAUACUGAAGAUACCACAGUAACUGAAAAGGAAGAUGUGACAGUCUCUGGAAAGGAAGAUUUAACAGUCAUUGAUACUGAAGAUACAACAAUUACUGAAAUGGAAUAUGAGACUGUCACUGAAAAGCAAGAUGUGACAGAAACUGAAAAGGAAGAUGAAACUGUCACUAAAAAGGAAUAUGUGAGAGUCAUUGAAACUGAAGAUACAACAGUUACUAGAAAGGAAGAUCUGCCAAUCAUUGACGCUGAAGAUACAACAGUAACUGAAAAGAAAGAUUUGACAGUCACUGAAAAGGAAGAUUUGACAGUCAUUGAUACUGAAGAUACAACAGUUACUAAAAUGGAAGAUACAACAGUUACUAAAAUAGAAGAUUUGACAGUCAUUGAUACUGACGAUACAACAAUUACUGAAAAGGAAGAUGAAACUGUCACUGAAAAGGAAUGUGUGAGAGUCAUUGAUACUGAAGAUACAACAGUUACUAAAAAGGAAGAUCUCACCAUCAUUGACGCUGAAGAUACAACAGUAAUAGAAAAGAAAGAUUUGUCAGUCACUGAAAAGGAAGAUUUGAAAUUCAUUGAUACUGAAGAUACAACAAUUACUGAAAAGGAAGAUGAAACUGUCACUGAAAAGGAAUGUGUGAGAGUCAUUGAUACUGAAGAUACAACAGUUACUAAAAAGGAAGAUCUCACCAUCAUUGAAGCUGAAGAUACAACAGUAAUAGAAAACAAAAAAAAUUGGUCAGUCAUUGAAAAGGAAGAUUCGACAGUCAUUGAUACUGAAUAUACAACAGUAAAUGAAAAGGAAGAUUCAAAAGUCAUUGAUACUAAAGAUACAACAGUAAAUGAAAAGGCAGAUGUGACAGUCACUGAAAAGGAAGAUGUCACCGUCAUUGAUAAUGAAGAUACAAACGUAACUGAAAAGGAAGAUGUUUCAGUAACUGAAAAGGAAGAUUUGACAGUCAUUGAUACUGACGAUACAACAAUUACUGAAAUGGAAGAUGAAACUGUCACUGAAAAGGAAUGUGUGAGAGUCAUUAAUACUGAAGAUACAACAGUUACUAAAAAGGAAGAUCUCACCAUCAUUGACGCUGAAGAUACAACAGUAAUAGAAAAGAAAGAUUUGUCAGUCACUGAAAAGGAAGAUUUGAAAGUCAUUGAUACUGAAGAUACAACAGUAAAUGAAAAGGAAGAUUCAAAAGUCAUUGAUACUGAAGAUACAACAGUAAAUGAAAAGGCAGAUGUGACAGUCACUGAAAAGGAAGAUGUCACAGUCAUUGAUAAUGAAGAUACAAACGUAACUGAAAAGGAAGAUGUUUCAGUAACUGAAAAGGAAGAUUUGACAGCCAUUGAUACUCAAGAUACAUCAGUUACUAAAAAGGAAGAUCUCGCCGUCAGUGAUACUGAAUAUCUCACUGUCAUUGAUGCCGAAGACAUAACAGUAACUAAAAAGGAAGAUUUGACAGUCAUUGAUACUGAAGAUACAACAAUUACUGAAAAGGAAGAUUCGACAGUCAUUGAUACUGAAGAUACAACAGUAAAUGAAAAGGAAGAUUCAAAAGUCAAUGAUACUGAAGAUACAACAGUAAAUGAAAAGGCAGAUGUGACAAUCACUGAAAAGGAAGAUGUCACCGUCAUUGAUAAUGAAGAUACAAACGUAACUGAAAAGGAAGAUGUUUCAGUAACUGAAAAGGAAGAUUUGACAGCCAUUGAUACUCAAGAUACAUCAGUUACUAAAAAGGAAGAUCUCGCCGUCAGUGAUACUGAAUAUCUCACUGUCAUUGAUGCCGAAGACAUAACAGUAACUAAAAAGGAAGAUUUGACAGUCAUUGAUACUGAAGAUACAACAAUUACUGAAAAGGAAGAUUCGACAGUCAUUGAUACUGAAUAUACAACAGUAAAUGAAAAGGAAGAUUCAAAAGUCAAUGAUACUGAAGAUACAACAGUAAAUGAAAAGGCAGAUGUGACAGUCACUGAAAAGGAAGAUGUCACCGUCAUUGAUAAUGAAGAUACAAACGUAACUGAAAAGGAAGAUGUUUCAGUAACUGAAAAGGAAGAUUUGACAGUCAUUGAUACUCAAGAUACAUCAGUUACUAAAAAGGAAGAUCUCGCCGUCAGUGAUACUGAAUAUCUCACUGUCAUUGAUACCGAAGACACAACAGUAACUAAAAAGGAAGAUUUGACAGUCAUUGAUACUGACGAUACAACAAUUACUGAAAAGGAAGAUGAAACUGUCACUGAAAAGGAAUGUGUGAGAGUCAUUGAUACUGAAGAUACAACAGUUACUAAAAAGGAGGAUCUCACCAUCAUUGACGCUGAAGAUACAACAAUCGCUGAAGAUUCGAUUGAAACUGAAGAGACAACAGUAAUUGAAAAGAAAGAUGUGACAGUCAUUGAUAAUGAAGAUACAACAGUAACUGAAAAAGAAUAUGUUUCAGUAACUGAAAAGGAAGAUUUGACAGUCAUUGAUACUGAAGAUACAACAAUUACUGAAAAGGAAGAUUCAACAGUCGUUGAUACUGAAGAUACAACAGUAACUGAAAAGGAAGAUGUGACAGUCUCUGGAAAGGAAGAUUUGACAGUCAUUGAUACUGAAGAUACAACAAUUACUGAAAUGGAAUAUGAGACUGUCACUGAAAAGCAAGAUGUGACAGAAACUGAAAAGGAAGAUGAAACUGUCACUAAAAAGGAAUAUGUGAGAGUCAUUGAAACUGAAGAGACAACAGUAAUUGAAAAGGAAGAUGUGACAGUCAUUGAUACUGAAGAUACAUCAGUUACUAAAAAGGAAGAUCUCACCAUCAUUGACGCUGAAGAUACAACAGUAACUGAAAAGAAAGAUUUGACAGUCACUGAAAAGGAAGAUUUGACAGUCAUUGAUACUGAAGAUACAACAAUUGCUGAAAAGGAAGAUUCGACAGUCAUUGAUACUGAAGAUACAACAGUAAAUGAAAAGGGAGAUGUGACAGUCAUUGAUACUGAAGAUACAACAGUAAAUGAAAAGGAAGAUGUGACAGUCACUGAAAAGGAAGAUGUCACCGUCAUUGAUAAUGAAGAUACAACAGUAACUGAAAAAGAAGAUGUUUCAGUAACUGAAAAGGAAGAUGUGACAGUCGCCGAAAAGAAAGAUGUGACAUUUACUGAAAAGGAGGAUGUGACAGUGACAGAAAAGGAAGAUAAACCUGUCACUGAAAAGGAAGAUGUGAAAGUCAUUGGAACUGAAGAAACAACAGUAAUUGAAACGGAAGAUGUAACUGUCAUUGAUACUGAAGAAACAACAGUAAUUGAAAAAGAAGAUGUGACUGUCGCUGAAAAGGAAGAUGAGACUGUCACUAAAAAGGAAGAUGUGAAAGUCACUGAAAAGGAAGAUGAAACUUUCACUGAAAAGGAAAAUUUCAGAGUCAUUGAAACUGAAGAAACAACAGUAAUUGAAAAAGAAGAUGUGACUGUCGCUGAAAAGGAAGAUGAGACUGUCACUAAAAAGGAAGAUGUGAAAGUCACUGAAAAGGAAGAUGAAACUUUUACUGAAAAGGAAAAUGUCAGAGUCAUUGAACUUGAAGAAACAACAGUAAUUGAUAAGGAAGAUGUGACAGUCAUUGAUACUGAAAAUUUAACAAUUACUGUAAAGGAAGAUGUGAGCAUCAUUGAAACUGAAGAAACAACAGUAAAUGAAAAGGAAGAUGUGACAGUCACUGAAAAUGAAGAUUUGAAGGUUACUGAAACUGAAAGAGUUGGAUGUCCUGAAGCCAAGCCAAUAAAUGACAGUCAAGCACUAAUUCAUGAGAUCAUUGUCGGAGUAGAUUUUUCAUUUUCAAAAUCACCUAGUGUUUUGAGUACAAAAGAAAAGAUGUCAGUUAAAGAUGAUUCUGUCAGCAUUACUUCUGUGGACCUGUACGAUGAUGUGUGCCCAGACAUCACUGAAAAAACUUCCUUAUCUUCAGAGGUUAUUGAAGAUAUUCACCUCCUUGAAUCCUUUGUUCCCACUGUUGAAAAAUCAACAGAAUUGAUUGCUGAACAAUAUACUAAUGAUAGUCCAGCUGAUCUUAAUACAUCCUUUGCAGAGAACCCUGAAGAAAUCCCAUCAAUAGUGAACAUUUCAUUCAAAAAAUCUCCCUGUGUCAUAAGUUUGUCAGAGAGAAGCUCUCACACUGAAGAAACGUUCAGUACUACUACUACCACAGAGAGUCUCUCUGAUGAAUAUUUUCCAAAAAUUUUAGAAAUAACAUCAUUUGUGUCCUCCCUUGCCAAUGAUUUGGACACAGCCCCUAAAGGUGAGGUUAUAAUUGCGCUGAGGCCAGCACUUGAGGAAAGUGAGUCCCCCAAAAACAAUCUUGCACAGCCACAAACUGAACUAGGGGAACUGAAACCAACUGACGAAGAAAAAAGUCAUUCAAAUUCAGAAUCGGAAGAGGCAGUUUUAGAAUCGUCAAUUUCUAACACAAACAUAAAGGAAACUGAAGCUCCAAGUCAUGAGAUAAUAGCUCAAAUAAGAGAUUCAUUUGUUUCAACCAAUGAUGGGGAAGAAAAUCAGGCCAAACCAUUUAUCAAAAAGCCAAAGCGAAUCACCUCGACCAAUUCUCCAGAUGAAAACGAAAUUAGUAAGUCUGAGACAGGUACAACAUCACCAUUGAAUGAGAAUGUUUUGGUUGAUGCACAGGCACUGCCUCUGACUAACCAGGAAUUUACGGAAGGUGCCACAGUUGAACAAGCUAAACCUAUAGCUAGCCUCCCAAACGUUGUCGUGACAGAGACAGUCAGUGUCUCCAUCACCACUUCCAAAAUCACAAGUCACAUGAUCAUUUCUCAAGUUCUGCCACAUCCAUCUGGAAGAAGCACGAGGCCAGCAUCACAAAUAGAUGGAGGCAGAGAAUAUCCAUCAGAUGCCAGGGACACUCAGCGGACAGAUGAGAUGAUGAGUCUAAAUGAAAAUGACACUGACUUAUCAGGUCCUGAAAUAUUGUCUGAUGCUGUGACACAUUUCCUAGCAAUAGAUAGACCUCCCGCAGAUCAUCCCCAGCAGAUAGAAGUGAAAGUCCUAAAGCCAGCAUCUUCCAUGGAUGAAUCUGAUUCAAAUGUUGGGUUUGAGAUUUCUAUCACAAAAAUAUCAUAUCUAGGUGCAUCAGAGAUGUCAGUGCCUGCUGGUUCCACAAAUGUGACAAAGAUUUAUGAUAUUACUCGUGAUGGUUCACCAGAAAUUGCAGAUAUUUCUGAAGAGGUAUCUAAAACAAAUCUUGUACUGGACACUUCCAUAGACAAUCAGCUAGCAGAUAACUUAAGUGAAAUUGAUAAGGAUGUGAAUGAAGCUCAACUUGAAAAGCUUAAAGAAAAUAACAAGGAUCAGCUAAAAGGUUCCCUUGAGUCUUCUCUUGUGCUUAUGGACAUAGAUGAAGAAUCAUUUGCGACUGAAACAUGUCUCAUUGCCAACAUAGAUGACAGUAAUGAACUGUUGGAUGUGACUGACACUCUCCUUUCUACUGUUGUUGAGACAGUGAAUGCUUAUGGUGAUGUGGAAAAUAUUAAGAGAGCAGAUCAACCUACCGUUAAUGAAAACGAUUUGUUGAGGAGAUCUUCAUUUAUUUCUGUCUCCAGAAGACUGUCCACAGAUGCUAGUAAAACUUCACCACUACAGACUCCUGUCUAUGACAGACAAUAUCCCACUAAUACAAGGCGAUGGUCUGAUUAUGAUGAGCUGGUAAUGUCUGAUGAUGAAACACAGAUCCAUGAAAUUGCCCCCCCUUCACAUGAAGUUCUUGCUCAUACCAGAGAAACUAUUCAUGAAGAUAAAAAGAUAACAACUGCAAAGACUGUCAUUGUGAUGCCAGAGUACAAGAGGCCUCCAAAAACACCGUUAGUCAAUAUUGAUGUCUCCCUUGAUGAAGAAAAAGCUGAACGAAUUCUACGAAAAAUCUCUCGCCAACCAGAAAUGACAACAGUCACAACAACUUUAAGAGAAAGCAAUGUCUUCUCUCCUGAUGAUGAGGACUUCUCAAGCAGAACUUUGAACAGCAGCCAGGAAUUGUUUGAACUGUUCAACAGACCAAGUAAAGAAUCUACUCCGAUGCCAGAGUCUAGAUCAAGACGGGCUUCUUGCAUUCGCAGGAACUCUGAAACAGUCAUCAUGGAAUCUGUCGUGACAAAGCCCCAAGUGUUACAGCCAGAGGAAAUUGAAGAGGAAAUGGAGGAGCAAAUUGAGGAUGAAGACGAUACGAUACUACAAAUUAAUAUCUCUUUUGAUGGCCUGAGACAAAGAUUAAGUACUGAAACAGUUCCAAAGUCUUUGGGGAGAAGGAGGUCAGUGUCCAGAAAUUUUGAACUUGAAGAUGAGGAGGAAGACAUGAGUUUCAGAGAAAAAUCUCCUUUCAUGGACUUCACACCAUCAUCUGCUGAUAGAGAUGGGAGUCAUGGGGAUAGAAGAAAAUCUUCAUGCUUUGAAUUGCCUAAAGUCACUGUUGAAGCAGAUUCAGAUGAGGAUGCUGAUGAACAUGAGGAGACUGUUCUAGAAGUGGCCAAUUUGGUGACUGUUACUGUCAAGUCGGAGAAGGCCACCAACACUAUCUCUGAUAUUAGCAUAAAAAUUGCAGCUAAAGAUUUAAGGGCUGGUGUUAAUAGGCUGGGUGGAUUGUUGGGGCUGCCAGAAAUAUUAGCAGGCAAUUUUUCCAAAAUUCCAUCUAAGGCUGAACAAAGGCCAGAAAAUUCUCCUUCAGGCAACGUAUGUCAAGAAGGAGAAACAUCCAACACUGAAAAUAAUGCUGGUCCAAGUCCUGGAGAGACACAAGGAGGUAAACAGGAAACGAUGAGAUCUUCUCCUGAGUUAGAGGACAUUGUAGCUGAUGUAUGGCAGGCAGAAAUGGCAUCUAAAGAAAUUAGAGAUAAAGCACCCAUUUUUGACAAGCAAAAUACAAAAGAUAUAGAAAAUACAACUGCUAUUGAAAAAGGUGAUGAGAAAACAAAACAAAACAUGGCUUCAGUUCUUCAAGCUGAUGCACCGAGGGGUGCAACUGAACAUGUUUUACAUGGGGUGACUGAUCUUAGAAAACUCGAGGAAGGCAAAACGAUUGAUAAAGAAAUAAAAGAAAUUGAGGCAUUGGAAAGGGAAGUCUUCAGUAAUGAAUCUAUGAAUAUUAACCAACCAAGUGAUGAGCAAAAAUAUUCAAAUCUUGAAGGUGCAGAAAGCAAAAUAAAAAGUAGCUCAACUGUGUCUGAAGAUGAUUUGAGCAAUGGCAACCAAGCAUACAUUUUGCCAGAAGAAAGCAAUCUGUACAGGUCACAGGUGGACAAAAUAAACAAAGCCGGGGAAAAUGACCUCACAGAAACAGACAUUAUUCACAAGGAGACCAAUGUGGAAGAAGAAAAAGUGGACAUCCUUCCAUUGCUAAAGGAGGAAAGCAAAGAAUUAGAGGACAGAGAUAUGUUAGUUGAUAUUCAUGUGGAUGUUUCUGAAGAUUACAGUCCACUGCAAAGUGAUACGACAACUGUUGAAGAUGAACAUGAUGAGUUUGAUAUUCAUUCUUCAAGUUUUAAAGCAUUGGAUGGAACUACAACAAAGUCUCCCAUAACGUUUGAUGAAUUUGUAGCUGAAACCUUUAGAAGUGUGUCACCAAUUUCAUCAUUGUCAGCAUCCUCCGAAGAGUCAGGGGAGAUACCUUACCCCACUGAUGAUACACCUGACCUGUCACAGCUGGUGGAGAAUGUUUUGCUGAAUAGCAUUUCAGUCAGUCAACUACCUGUAGAUGGUGACGACCAGACUAAGCAUGAAUACACAUUAGGCAAACCACAAGCAUUGGCCAGGGAUGUGACAGAAGAUGAUGACACAUUUGGCGUUUUAUCUGCCAUACCAGAAUGCACUGAGGACUCACUCACAAAUCCUUAUAAGGAUAGUGCAGAAGAAAAGGAUGCGACUGGUACAAGAUCUUUGUCAGAAUUCUCUACAUCUGCACAUGAAUUGGAAGCUCAGCUUUCAGGAAGAGAACAUCGUGAACCCGUGGAACAACUAGUCCUCUCAGACAUAUCUAAUCAGGACAGAGAUUCAUUUGAUGGUCUUGAUGAAUUGGAGGAGAUGGUGAAUACUCAGGAAGAAGGAGAUUGGUUUGUGAAGUAUAUCCAGGAACAGAACGAAAGUGAGGAUGAAAGUAUUGAGCUUCAAGUGUCAGAAUCAGUUGGCUCUGAUGAGAUCGAUGUUUGUUGUAUGGACAAAGACAGUUCUAUAGAUUUUGCUGAAAGUGGGGACCUAGUAGAUGACAAUGCUUUAAAGGAGAAAGAUGAAGGUAUGGAUGUAAAAACAUUUCAAGAAAGAGGUGAAGAUAGGACUGCAAGGUCUAUUUCAGACAUCUUGGAGCAUGGCACUUUUAAUUCUUUCACUGAUUUUGAGACUCUGAAAAAAUCUGACCUAAGUGUUGUGAACCAUUGGUGUGAGACUGAAGCAUCUCCAUUUACAUUGGAUAAAAACAUGACUCAGUCAGGAGCCACAUGCGAAAAAGUUGGAGAUUGGGUAGACAAUCAAGAUAUUCUUAGAGAAAAAUCAGUGGCGAGAUCAACUUCUACAGAUGAAGAAGACAUUGAAGGUAUACUUGAUGGAGAAAAGCAGCAAAAUUUGAUGUUGCAUUCACUCACAAUGUUUCUGGGGCAUACAGCAUGUUGCCAUGAAAACACUUUUUUUUAUAUAUAUGCAUAUAUUUAUGACAUAUUUAACAGAUGUUUGAAAAGAAAUAAAAACAAUUGCUGUUAUCUAUGAUUUAUUAUUUUUAUAAUACUAGGCAAGACACAGCCAGUUUGCAUGACCACUUCUCACAUCUGCACUGGUGAAUUACAAGCACUUUGACCCUAAAGCACAAAUAACUUUGGUGUUGUUCUUUCACAGCCCACAGUAUCUUUUGGAACCUGGACUGGAAAAUGAUUUCUGUAUUUAUAUAAAGGGAAAUACUACGUUUUUAAAGAAAAUUUAACAAAAUAUAAUAAUUUUAGAUAUUUUUAUUUUUUAAAGCAUGUAAAUAAUUUAGAAUGACCAAACAAUGAGAACUAGAUACUCCAGUGUAUUUUUUUAAGAGCUCUUAUUUGUUCAAAUUUUAUUCUAAAAAUCAGUCAUUCAAAUCUAAUCCCCAUCCCCAAUGGCAUGAAUAUACAUAUAAACACUAAACCAGCGUAUGUAUUGGGAGUCAUGAACAAAAGAAACAAAAAAAGAAAUGUUUAAAAUAAACCUCAAAAAAAAUGUUUAAGCAGGGAAGGGUAACCAAGGAGGUAAAAAAUUAUGGACAAUAAUUAGAAAACGGGUUGAGAAAUGCUGCCCCAAACCAAGGAUGUGUCUAUGGUUUUAUAAAUAGUUGAUAUACAUUGAUGCAUAUUAUGAAUCAUUGGUUUUUAUAUCAUAUUUGGUUUGGUGUCAUAAUAAAACACUUAAAAUUUAUUGUUGAUUUGAAACAAAUUUUAUCACUCACUACUACUGGAAAGCUGUAUGUCUUACCAAAAUGUCAUUUGCUUUAGCCUAGCCAUAACACUUUUUUUUAAUAUUCCAACAUGUCAAUACAUUAUACUGUAUUACACUCCACAGGUUAUCAUGGUUUUUAUCACUGUUGUAAUUACUCAAAUAUUCAUACAAAUAAUUUGAUGUCUCAUCCUCACAAUUUAUUGCAUGGAUUAUACAAAGUCGAUUAUUAAAUUAAUCCUCAUUUAUUUGUUCUCUUUGAUAUUUGAUGUCAAUGUCAUGUUGCUGAAAUACUUAUAAAGUUCUUAUGCUUUAUGCUAGGAUUGUUGGCUUUUACAGCCACUCUUUGCUCAAGGAUAGGUUUUUUAAAAAUUAAUUUUAAAAAGGAACAUUUUACUUUAUAGUUUUUUAUAUGGACAAUUUUUAAUUGACAAAGUAGAGGAAAUAAUUAUUUUCUGAAUAUUCUACUUGCACUACUAAUAACAUCACUUCUAAUCAAAAGCACACCUAAUUGUUUGGAAAAAAGAUGAUAACUCAAUAUAAAUUGUUUCAACCAAAUAUGCAGUGUUUUAAAAGUAACAAAUAUCAAAUGUCUUCUUAGAUAAAUUUAUUUGGCAUAUUAAAGAUAGUGUAUAAUUAAUUUUUUGUAAUCAUGAGUUUAAAGAUUUUGAGUUCUCUUUAUACCUACUUUUUAAACUAUUAAAAUGCUAUGACACAUACAUCGAUGGAUAUGUAGUGAUGAACAUUUCUUUUACUACAUUUGUGCUAUAUUUCAUAUUGUGAAUGCAUCUCAUUUACCAUAGUGAAAUUCAGCAUUAAAAUUAAACUGUUUUGUUAUUUUUCUCCUCAGUGUUGGCAGAGAAAGCAGAAACCUUGUCUGAGAAAGAGAAAUUAGUCACAGCAGGUAACAUACGAUUCCUUGUAGUUUUCUCAUUAAUAACUGACACAAUGUCAUUCUUUCAAAUGAACUGUUCGUUUUAUUGUUUGGAAAAUCUUUGUUUGGUGAGUAAAACAGUUGUGAGUGUGUUAAGUUUUCAUUUUUAACUAUCUUAUUUCUUUUUAGAAAUUGAGAAGGAAGAAGAAUCAGAUGAAGACAAGAAAGAGAUUUCUCCCACACGACUUGAACAAGCUGUUGUUGAAGGUGAUUUUAAAACUUGAUUAAUUGCAGCAGUUGUUUACCAUUAAAGUGCUGCUAUUUCCUGUACUCCUAUAAUGGGCCAUUUAUAUAUCUAUAUUCAUAUUUCAGAAGUAAAAGAUGAGCGCUUCGCGCCAGUUAUCAAACAAGGGCUUGCUCCCAUCACAACCAAAGAUGGAGGCCAGGCCCGGUUUGAAGCAGAAAUCGUUGGUCUCCCAGUGCCCACCAUCACAUGGUACAAAGAUGAACAACUCAUCCAUCCAUCUGAGGAGUUUGAGAUUGCUUUCAGUGAAGAAAACAUUGCCUCCCUUUUCAUCCAUGAUGUGUUACCUGAAGACGCUGGCAAGUAUGUGGUGGUGGCCAACAACGAGAUGGGAACAGCAACAACUUCAGCUAACUUGGAAGUAGAGGGUAAGCUAAUCAGCUGGUGUAUCGUGUUUGUUGUUUAUCAUUUUAAUUUAUUAGUUUUUACUUACAGAAACAGUGAAAUCUGUGUAAGCUUUUUUUUUUUAAAGUAUAUUUUAGAAAAACAGAAGUUCAAUUAUCCAUACUAAUGGUGACCAAUUAGGAUUCCUGUGAUAAAAAAAUCAGAAUAAAAGAUCAAAUGCUAAAAAUGAUAAAAUAAAAGAAGUUUUUAUGUAUAACUGCUGGCCAUAGUUUUGUGACCAAAACAAGUUAUUUACAUUUGUUAAUCGGGGAUUUUAGCAAUAUUAAGCAUUAAGCAAUACAAAAAAAUACAAUAGUGAUUUUAUAGUCAUUGUAUCUCUGUGGUUAGUCAGCUCCCUAAAACUGUACAGUAUGGAAGGCAGAUGGCAAACAGAGAGAAUUAACUAAUUAUUGGGGAUUUUUCUCUUUCAGCUGCUGAAGUCAGUGAUGUGUCCCAGGAGGAGACAUCCGGCAUAGCUCCAGUGUUUACCAUCAAGCCGACCUUCCAGUUAGUUGAUGAGACAGAGACUGCAACAUUCACUGCUACAAUUGAGGCAGUGCCCCAACCCCAGGUUAGAUGAGCGAAUGAGAUUCUACCUUUUUGGGUUAACUGUAUUUGGAAGAUUUAUGUUAUGACGAUGUGAAGAGGUUGUGGAGAAAUCUUUUAGUAUGAAAUAUUAUACUUAAAAGUUUACUUACCUUAAGUAAAAUUAUUUGCUUAUCCUUUGGUGUAGAUUUUGUGGACCAAGGACAGCAGUCCCCUGCCUGAUGACGACAGAUUUCAGACUUCAUUUAGUAAAGACGAGGACACCUACCACACCAGCCUUGUCAUCACAGAGACACGACCAGAAGAUGCAGGAACAUACAAGGUCACUGCCACUAAUGACAUUGGAGAGGAGGUGGUUAAGGUGUCCCUCAUCGUUAACAGUAAGUUCAGGUUUUUCUUACUUUUAAGGAAUUUUUUUUUUUUUUUAAGAUUCGGACAAUUUUUUAUAAUUCACAAUAAAUUCAAACUUGUUUUUUAGAAUAAAAAAGAAAACUUAACUUGGUCAAAUAAUUUGUAUUAUUGUAGCUGAAAAAUUUGAAAGUAGAUGUUAAUCUUAAGAGGUUGAUUCAACAUUGAAUGAGAUCUAAUGAAGCACAUCACCUAGUAGAUUUAAUAGUUGAAUUGAUUAAUUUAUUUAAAUAAAUCUACCAACUUGUACAAUGGGUGCAUGACUCUUCCUCAUCCCAUCACCCUUUACAAUAAUGUUUGUAUACACUCUCUCAUCCUGUUGUGUGGAUGUCAAGGUUGCUUUGUUUUCAAUGCAAGACAUCAAGUUAAUAUUAAUAUUGCUAAUUACUGAAAGCUUUUUACACAAAAGUCUUAAGAGCAAGAUCGCAGCAAUUAGGUCUUUCCCCACCAAGAAUCUUUCAUUUAUUUCCAAAGAAAUUGUAGAAGAGAAGAAAGACUUCCGCGACCAACUGGCAACUGCAACCUUUGAAAUCCCACAAAAACCAGAAGAAGUGGAACAGGUUGACUUUAGAGAUAUGCUGCAAACAGAAGUGUAAGUAGAUGAAUGGAGUUUGUCAGGAUGGAUAGCUUUGAUCCGGUCAGGAUGGAUAGCUUUGAUCCGGUCAGGAUGGAUAGCUUUGGUCCGGCAUGUUUCUCACUUUCUCAUGUCAUGGUUUUAUUCUUACUGCUAUUUUUUUUUUUUUUUUUACAUUUUUUUAAAGUAUAAACUAUUUUAUUGAGCAUGUGUUUGCAUUGAGGGAGGCAGAAUUGUAUUUAAAAGAGAUUUGAGUAUAAAAUGAUUACUAUCAUCAGCUCCAGGUUUUAUGUCAAAUGAAAUAAAGACUAUGUCAGGGAAAUUUCUGAUGGAACACUGCACAAAGUGGAAUCAUAAUUUAAAAUGCUUGAUUGUCAGACAUCUUAACAUCCUGUCAUACAUUGUCUCCCUUCUUUUUUCCAGUUAGUUUAUUUAUUUGAAUACCUUAUUUAUUGCAUGCAGUGUUUCUUUCAGACUAUUUGUUCCGAGUUUCAGAAGUUUGGAUGGGCAGUGCCAGUGGCGUAGGAAGGGUGGGCUUGAAAGAAACACCGAUUGCAUGUCUAACUUCUCUACUUUUCUAAUGAGUGCUGUAACACUACUUGCAAAAAACCUUGCCUUCAUAGAACCAAAGAAAAGUUAGCACAAAAGAUAUAGAGCAACCGUUUCAAACAGAUAAACAUUUGUACCUUGUCAAUACAUUAGCCAAUGAUUAAACUUAGUUUCAUGAUUUUAUCAAAUUAAUAUUCACUGACUUUAAAAUCUGAAAAUGUUACAAAAUGUUUGUACCUUUUAGAAUAUUGAUGGUUUUUAUAAAUUUAAAAUUAAAAAAUUAAGAUUUUAUCCCCAUAACCCUAUAUACUAUCUUUGUAUCUCCUCCUUAAGCAAAUGUAAGAGAUGAGAUGUGGCAAUUUUUUUGUUGUUAAAUCCAUUGAUUGAAUUCAAGGGUUAAAAUAAUAGUGGAAGACUGUCACUUUCUUUUCUUUUUUCUUCUUUUUUUGGUGUGUGCAUGUAAAUGCCUACUAACAUGCAACUUUGCAUUUCAUCAACAUUUGCAUGCUAGGAAAACUAAAGUUGGAGUCCGUUUUGAAACAGAGCAGUUGGAUUUCCGUCAUUUACUUAAAUCUUCAAAAACGAAAGCAAAGUAAGUGUUAGCUGAUAGGGUUCUUUUGAUGAGAGAUGAGAAAACUAUUUGAGAACCACUGGAACAAUAUAAAAACUGUUUAAAUUAUUGUAGAAAAACUGAUCUCAAAUCUUACUGAUACACAACUGCCUGAAGUAAAGAACUAUAAACAACCAUUGCCAAUUUUAUUAUAUGAUUAACUAAAAAUAAAUGAUUAAAUGGCUUUUCAAACCAAGAUGCCGUAAUUUGUUUUUAUAGUCAUUUGUUUCCAUCGUGUUCAUCAGGAAAUUUGCCACUGACGUAGAAGGGGAAGCCACUGUUACACAAGAAUUACCAGAAGCUGAACAGGUUGACUUCAGAACAGUCCUAAAGCGACCAGUAAGUGCAACACAUUAAGGUUUGAGUUUUGGAACAUAAUGGAUGGCAUCUAGGUUUAUAAUGAGGAUAACAUAGAGAAAUGUUAUUACUGUUUUUCAAAAUAAAUGGUGUGUGUGUUUGGUGGAUCAAAAGGAUAGUUAUAAACAUAAAUUAAAACGGCUCUUAAAUAUAUCUAUUUUCUGCCCUUUACAGUCUGUAGACAAAGAAGAACCCAAGAAGGAAUCUCCAGUAUUUGUCAGGCCUAUCGAAGAUGUUAAUGUUCGUGAGGGGGAAUCUGCUAGAUUUGAAUGCAAGGUCACAGGCCAGCCAGCACCACAUGUCAUGUGGUACCAUGACCAGCAGCCGAUAAAAUCAGACACAAUCUACCAGAUAUUGCCUGGGGAAGAAGGGGAGUUUACUCUGCUCAUUUCUGAAGCCUUCCCUGAGGACUCUGGUGUGUACACAGUUAGGGCCUUCAAUGAUGAAGCUGAAGUUGAGUGUCAUGCUACUCUCACUGUUGAAGGUUUGUUUAAGCUUUUUUUUUUUUAAAUGUUUAGCUCUGUUAUUAAGCAAUAUUUUUUCAAUGUUAUGAGUUAUCAAAUUUUAUAAAACCCAUAUUCCUAUAUCGAAAUGUUAUUUCAAUUUUUUUCUUUAUUUCAACAAAAAUGUUGCAAGUUUAAAAAAAGAAUUAUGUUAGUAAUGUAAAUACUCAUUGAUCACCCAUAGCAUAUCUCUGCUCCUAGUUAAAUUAUUGCUAUUGCUAUGUACAGUACUUUUCUCAUGGCCAUCAGCCAACUCAUCUCUUUAAAGAUGAAACUUUACAUUGUGCUUGCAAAUCAUUUAGAAGAUGUUUACAAUCAACUCACCCCACUAAAUAUUGCGUUUUAAUUAUCCUAUUUGUACUGUGCUAUAACAGAACUGGUAUCUGAGACCAGCUCAGUCACAUCUAAAGAAGACAAGCAGGAAGAGGAGGAGUCUGUUAAAGAUAUCCAGGUGGAAGCUGUCAUCAAGAUCCAGUCUGCUUUUAGGGGCUAUAAGGUUAUGACCAUUUGUAUUUCUGACUCACUCUAUGUGAUGAAGGGCUUUAUCAUUUUUGUUUGAGAGUGCAGGUGAAACAACUUACGGACACUUCUUACAAGGUUCAAGGUUAUAGAGUUUAUGAUAACAAUAAUAAUGAGAUCGGGGGGAAAAUGAUUAAACUAAUACAGAAAAAUUAGAUACAUUUCAACUUUUAAUGACAUUUCAAUAAAUAUCUGUUUUGCUCUCUGUAUUGGUAUACAUGUUUAGCCCCUACAGUAUCUUAGAAAAAAAAAAAAAAGAGUAUGUGCUACCCAUGUAGAUUUAAAACAUGUGAUUUUUAUCAACCUAAUUAACUAUAUAACUAAGGAUUUUGCUAAGUGAUUUUAUAGGAAUAAACUUAAUAAAUGAGGAGUGCCUGGAUUAUAAGAUUUGUUUACUGCAGGCCAGAGAAGAAGUAAAACACCUAAAGGAGACACGUUUGACUGCCACAUCAGAGUUCACCGUUGACUCGACUGUCACUGUAGAGGAGCAAGAGGUAAGGUCAUUUUAGUGACACUUUCAGUAAUAGAAACAGAAACAAAUAUCUAGUAGAGAUUUAAAAAAUCCUUCGACUGUCACUGUAGAGGAGCAAGAGGUAAAGUCAUUUUAGUGACACUUUCAGUAAAAGAAACAGAAACAAAUAUCUAGUAGAGAUUUAAAAAAUCCUCCCCCCCCCCCCACCCCUCUCUUUAAAUAGAUUAUUUAGAUAUAAUUGCAUUUUGGAAUUCAAACACCCAAAAAACUGAGAAACAAUGAAUGAUCAAGUAUCAUUUUAAAUGUGUAGCUCAGGCAAGAUAAACUUUUUUAAAAAGUCUUUACAAUAAAUUAUUUUAGUGGGUGCUGUUGUUUUUUUUUUUUAAUUGUCUUUUUUGCAAGCCUAAACAUAUCUUGUUCCGUUAUUGAUGACUAUUUAUUUACUUCAAAUAGCUUGGGGUUGAACGCAGUCCCCCAGAUAUUAUUAAUAUUGUUUUAAAAAUCUUUUGUUAUGAGCUCUAAGUGUAUUGCUGUCAUAAUAAUUUACUGACCUCUACUCUAUGGUGGCCAUUUGUUUUGUUUAUACUGAUGUUAACCUUGAAACGGUCAAUGAGGCAAAUGGUCAGCUUGAUCAGCAUUUUGUGCAGAUACAGUUUAAAACAGAAAUUCAUGCAAAAAUCUGUAUUUGCAAAAUGUUUGUUUGUUAAUUAUGUGAUCAUAAUUGUGUGUAAUGAGGCGAUUCUUUUGCUUUCUUUGACUUAACAGCAUCAGCAAAGUCAUUCCAUUUCUAAAUCUGAAUAAUAGUAUUAAUGGUGUUUAUGUGUUCAAGGAACUGUUUGUGGUAUUCCUCAAACAGCCAACUCACACAAUAAUAGGCUUAGUUUAAACUGCUUCUAUGUGCACAGUUGGUUUAUUGCAGCAUCUGAGACAAACUUUACUAUUGACUUAUGUAAUCUGAAAACUUGAUUUUUAAUAAUUGCCAAUAAGAUUUGUAAACGGAAGAAAUUCAAGUAUUUGCUGUUGCAUUUCCCUUAAUUAUUUUUUUUUAACAAAGGAGUUCACAUGAUUUUCUAUUUAAAAAUUAUUUUUAAAAAAAAUGGAAUUCCUAACUUAAUAAUCAGAUAUUAAUGAUUAACACUGUUUGGCAUUAUCAGAUGAAUGAAGCACACAAACAUUGAAUAUAACACAAACAAAUAACUACAAAAGGCAUUUAAAAAUCCCCAUGGCUUUAAAUGUGUUUCUGCUUCUUUAAAAAAAAAUUAAAAUCUUUUAUGUCACUUUUAAAUAAUUGAUAAACCCCGAUAUGUAAAGUAUAAUUAAUGUCUACAUUUAAGCAAUGUAAGAUUGUAAAGUGAUGAAAGAUCAACAUUUUUUAAAUAACAAACAGUAUUCAGAAACUAUAGCUGCUCAUGAGUUCUUAGCGGAGUCAACUUUUAAAUGCUGAAUGUAAAUAGGAUUCAUGCAACAUAAGUUUCUAUUAUCAUGCUGUUUAUCACAUCUGUAUCUAUUUUCAUAUUCAUAAUAUAUUGCUCUGAGCUAAUUUGUUUCACAAGACGUUCGUAAAUACUGCAUAAGUCUUGAUCAACAUCUUUAUUGUAUGAGCUUAAAUUUUUUUGUCACCCUCAUUCUGCAUGUAUGCUCUCUUUUUUAAAAAAAAAAAAAAAUCUUUUAACUUGUGGGAAAAUAAUUGUUGAUCUGCUAAUGAUCAUACACUGAAACAAUUGUUUCUUCCUGCUGGUCAACAUCUUGAAUCUCCUUGACCUAAUUAAUACACUCCAAAUAAAGCAUGAGCAUCCCAUCUGCCCCCCUACCUGUCCUGCAUGUUUGCAGUUUCUGCUUUCAUUCAACACACACAUGCUGACUGGCUGGCUUUCACCGGAUGUGGGUGUGAUUUGAUAAACAAACAAAAAACAAAUACUCAACCGAUUAAUCCACUGGAUUACAAAUGUCCUAAUGGUUUCAUGACUUUCUUGAAGGAUCAACGAAUAGUUGAGGAUGUUCCCAUUAGUCUGGACAAACGUGAAAGCCCAAGAGUAGAUGAAACUGUCCAGCUCAAACCUGUUGAGGAAUUAACUUCUGACAUUGAGCAGGAGGUCCCAGAGGAAACCGUUGUGUUUGAGAUGCCACACUCGGUCACAAAAACCGAUGAAGUUGUACCAGAGAGAUUGGCAGCUGAAGUAGAUUCACAGGAAGUUAGUGACACUUUAGACAAAAUUCAAGAGCAACCUGUUCAGUUUGUAUCAGAGUCUGGGGAAUCUGUGGUGGAAGUUGUGGAAGAGGUAAGUGUUGAAACACGAACUGAUGAAGAAAUUGAGCAGACAGAAGUGUCUAGACAUGUUAGUGAAAUAGACAUCUACCCCACUGAACAGAUCACUGAAAUAAGACCACAGAUCAUCAGAGAAGAAUUGGUCAUUAUAAAAGAACAAGAGGAGAUGGUACCAGAAGAGGAGGAGGUCCUUGAAGAAGUUGAAACAGAAAUCUUUGAGGUCUGUUCUGAGAAAGUUGAAGAAGAAAUUUUACCGCAGAAAGAAACAGAAAAACCAUCACUUACUACGAAAGAAAUACAUGUAGAAGUCAGUGAAGAAGAACAAGAAGUUGAAAUAACAAAAGAAAUACUCCUAUAUCCAGAAGAGACCAUCACAGAAGAGAGAACCCAAAUCUUUAAAGAAGAAUUGGUCGUUGAAAAGGAGAAAGAAGAAAUGGCACCAGAAGAUAUUGACGUCACUGAAGAAGUGCCAACAGAAGAGAUUGAGAGUAUCCCUUCAGAGAAAGUUCAUGAAGACAUUGUAUCAUAUGACUUUGGAGAACAGCCGUCCAUCACUGCAGAUGAAACAGAGUUUGGGGUUACUGAAGUAGACAAAGAAGUAGAGGAAUCGAUGAAAAUUGAAGACUAUGCUGAAGAGACUGCAACAGAAGUUAUCUCACAGAUAUUCAGAGACAGGUUGGUCAUCGAAAAAGAACAAGAAGGACAAGCACCAGAAGAAGAAGAGGUGGACACUGUAUUGGAGACAGAUGUUAUUGAAGUGAAACCAAUUGAACGCAUUGAGGAAGACAUGUUACCAGAAGAUGUUUCAGACAGACUCACAGUAACUAUUGAUAAAGUACAUGUUGAUGUCACAGAAGUAGAAGAGGAAGAAGAGGUAAGCAAAGAAAUUCCCUUAUAUCCAGAAGAAAUCGUUACAGAAGAAAGAAUUCAAAUUUUCAGAGAAGAACUGGUUAUAGAUAAAGAAAAACCAGAAAGUGUUCAUGAAGUGGAAGAGGUAACUCAAGAAAUUCAGUUGGAGGAAUUUGAGAUCACACCCGCAGACAAAGUUGAAGAAGACAUGGUCCCAUUUAUGGAAGCUGAUAAACCCAAUGUCAUAAGAGAUGAAAUACAAGUGGAAACCACUGAGGGAGAAAAAGAAGUUGAUGUUAUCAAUGAAAUUCCUCUUUAUCCAGAAGAAACUAUCACAGAAGAGAGAUCACAAAUCUACAGAGAAGAAUUGAUCAUUGAAAAAGAGGAGCCAAACCAAGCACCAGAAGAUCAAGUGUUAGCAGAAGAAGAACAGCUAGAAGUCUUUGACACUAUACCUUCAGAGAAAAUUGAUGAAAAGGCAGUACCUUUUGAAGAGGCUGAUAGUCCUUCCAUCACAACAGAUGAAAUACAAGUUGAAGAAACUGUAAUAGAAAAAGAAGCUGAAGUUAUCAAUGAAAUUCCUCUUUAUCCAGAAGAAACUAUCACAGAAGAGAGAUCACAAAUCUA